CGGGGUUCGCGUGAGUGACACCUGAGUGCGGCCAGUCGUUGGGCCCCGGAGGUGGAGCCUGCGCCGGGUCCAGCCACCUGUAUCACUUGCUCUGAGCUUUCGGGAGCGGAGGCAACAUCCUGCGAGGAGUUUUUAAGAAAGAAUAAAGAGCGUCAGGUACCGGCUGUGGGUGGCGGGACGGGCUUGUUGUUGUUUUUUUGUUUCCCUUAUGUGGUAAAAAAUCUCAAAAUAUGCGUCCUAGGCUUUAUCACAUUAAAAAACCCGAAGCGAGCCACUCUCUGAAAAUAAGAAGGACGUGCAGACCCCAAUCCUGAGAGGAAGCUUUUUCGGGGUUCUUUUCUUUCGUCAGAAACUUAGCCCUGUUGAACUUAGUGGGCUUUACGUCGGCCUGAAUCCGGCUCCCAAGGCAGGGCCCCGCAGCUGGAGGAGUAGCAGAGCACGUGUUUCCCUUGGGAAAGUUCCCAGGUUUCAUCCCAGGCAUCUCCCUCAGAAACGUGAGGGGGGUUGGGGGGACGGGACGGACGGGGAAUGGGUCAUGGUAGAUCUUGGCCCCCAAACCCUGGAGGGUCGGAGAAAUAAACCGCCACAAUGCUCAGCGUGGAGCAGUGGGGCUGCUAUGAGGAGGCUGCUUUCCUUCGUUCACGCAUCUUAUCUGUGUAUGGCCUGGUUUGUUGUGUUUGCUUCUUUCCAGAGCCUUUCUAGUCUUGCUUUUAAAUCUGGAUUUCCACAGCAGCUCACAGAAUGAUAAAACUCAUACAAAUAGCGCAGGCGAGAAAGCCUUCAGUUAAUGAGGAUUUCCACUUAAGAUUUUGUUGACUUCUAAGUGGGGCUUGCAACAAAAUGUUGCAGCGUGAAGCACUCUCUUCAGAUUUCCAGCCAGCCCCAUCAUUAGGCUGAGUGAGGCAAAAGAAGCUGGGGGAGGGGGAAACAGUGUUAGCCCCCCUCCCCUGCUUCUGCAGAUCCUCCUGAGCCACCUGGCCAUUCCAUUCUGUUGGAGAUCAGAGCUAUGUGUGCCACAAUUUGUUGUGUUUCCCUCAAUUGAACUUUUGCUACCUUCAGGUGUACUGGAGGGUAAGCAGUAAAGAUACGCCAGAAAUUUUCUGUAUGACAUUUCAUUGUUUAAUAAACUUAAAGUUCUGGGUAAAAGAAAAAAUGCCUACCAGACUCUUAAGACCUUAUUAGCUCCAUAUAAGAAAGGAUGAAAUUAAUGAGGAACCAAAACCAAAAAAAGAAUAUAGGAACAAAUGCUGUGGUUGUCUUCUGUUUUGCAGAUGACAGUAUUUUGUGUUUCUCUACCAGUAGCUUAGUUUAAUUGAAUAUUGGUGUGUAAGACUUUAUCAUAAACCAAACAUAGGGGGGGAAGUAAUGCUGAUUUGUUUUCUCAUGCAUCUUAAAUCUAAAAUCAAAUUCAUCUGGUUUGUUUUUCAGAGUUGUAAAAGAAAGCCACACAAGAACUUGGUUGUCAUGAUGGGGUAAGUGUAGUCAACCUCAAAUGACCAGGUCUAAUACAUGGAAGUCGGAGUGACACAGAUUAACAAGGUCUGGCAGCCAAACUGAAGGGCUGCCAGCUGUUUCAGGACACAGACUGGAAGGUGAAGCUUUUCUAAGCAUGGUGACAGGGCCAACCCAGUACAUUUUGGUGCCUGAGGUGAAACACAAAAUUGGUGCUCCCCUCCCAGCGAGGGAAGAGGGGUUGAUAUACUUUAGGAACAGUGGGGCAGGGAAUAAAGAUCUACCAUAUUUUUCGUUCUAUAAGACGCACCAGACCACAAGAUGCACCUAGUUUUUGGAGGAGGAAAACAAGAAAAAAUAUAUUCUGAAUCUCAGAAGCCAGAACAGCAAGAGGGAUUGCUGCGCAGUGAAAGCAGCAAUCCCUCUUGCUGUUCUGGCUUCUGUGAUAGCUGCACAGCCUGCAUUCGCUCCAUGAGACGCACACACAUCUUCCCCUUACUUUUUAGGAGGGAAAAAGUGAGUCUUAUAGAGCAAAAAAUACGGUACAUCAGGAUCUGCUGCCUCUGUGGAUCCUGCGUCCUUCUAAGGCAGGUGCCUACCUUGUGUCAUGCAUGGGUGGGUUGGUCCUGCAUAUAGAUAAGCAAUGUAGCCAGUGUUUGCAGAUCACACUGCUGUUAAAAAGCUCAUAACAGGCCAGGCAGAAAUCUGGCAAGCCAAAAUCCCUAAGGCGUUUUACCAAAUAAUUUUAUUGAAAUGAAUCAGGUUCUAUAUCAGGAAAUGAAUACCAGGUUCUAUAACCAUUGUUUAGUCGUGUCCGACUUUUCGUGACCUCAUGGACCAGAGCACGCCAUUAGGAAUUUGCAUAACUUAAGAAAAAACUUGCCAAAUUUGCAUCUUAGUAAACUUUCUCUUGUAACUUGCUGGCCUAGGAAACCUGUAGUAGUGUUAUUAUGUUUGCAUGGGCAUAGGUUCAAUGUAAGCUUUAACACUUGAUUUUUUAAAAAAUGUAUUGAUUAAACAUGUAUCUCCCAAUAUUCAGUUCUUGUUCUGAUCAUAUACUCAGCAGUGCACAUAAAGUCAACAUGCAGUAGGAAAGCAGAAUCACACCUCUUCAUCCUCCCUUGGGAUUGGUACAGUCUAAAAGUUAUAUACAUGUAUUUGUUCCUAUGUACGUGUCCUAUUUAUGUGCAUUUUUAGUAAGUCUCUCCUGUACUGAGCUUUAAAGUUUGUGCAUUUCUGAUAGGCGCAUAUUGAACUGCAUAUGUUAUGCUGACAUGUGAAGCGGAGACAGGAAGGAAGGGUGUGGAUAUGAUUCCAAUGUCCCUCCAUGUGUUGAUAAUGUCUUCAUUCUUUCUAGUUAUUUUGUCCUCUUGUUGGGAGAAUGAUGGGAAGUUCUGGUGCCUCAUUUCAGUCAUCCUAUUGGCAUACCUUAACGGUGAUGGCCAAACUUGGCCCUCCAGCUGUUUUGGGACUACAAUUCCCAUCAUCCCUGAUCACUGGUCCUGUUAGCUAGGGAUGAUGGAAGUUGGAGUCCCAAAACACUGGAGGGCCAAGUUUGGCCAUCACUACCUUAAAGGUUGCAAUAGCUGCUCCUGAAGAUUGUUUUGUUGACGUUUCUGAAUUGUUUUGUUUUGUUUGUAAAGCUUUUUAUUCCUUUUUAUAAUGUAUAUAAAACAGAUAAAACAAUGAUAACAGAUGAAAAUCAAAAGAUGAAAAACAAAACUAUAAAACAGACAUGUAGAAUGUGUAGUUACAUAUGAGUUAAAAUAAUAACGUCCAAGUAAAAACUACCAACUUUAGCAGAUCAUGAAGUACCAGCAUAUUUCCAGAUUUAUCAGGCUUGUGACGAAGUUUGUCUGUAUAUGUCAUAAAGGAAUCCCAAAUCACAUAAAAAUUGUCUGGAGGUUCUAGUCCUUGCUGAAAUCUCAAAUUAUGGACGAUUUUAUCCAUUAUAGCUAUAUUCCAGAGUGAGUGGUACCAAGUGUCCAGUGUAAUAUUUUAGGCUGUUUCUCAUUAAGCUGCAGUUACUAUUCAUGCUGCCAAGAUUUCUGUGCUACUGAUAGUCAUUUACUUAGUGGGUUUAAAAAAAAGAGUGGUAUUCAGAAGUGAAUGACAUUUUCUGCAGAGCGGUAUAGUAGGAACUUGCUUUUCAUGUAGGGAACAGUGAACGUGAUCUGUCAGAGUGUCAGUUACUAAAUAAUAUGUUUAGUGCUUGAUAAACUUUCCUUCUGAUGGGUACUUAAAUUAACACUUUUCAUACUAGCUAAUCAAUGACAGAAAUUUCACACAAAUGUGUUAAUCUGUGACAGACAUUUCAGAGAUAAAUAUGGUCUGGUUGAACCCAGGGGAAAAGACUCUUCCUUAGGAAACUAAUUAAGGGCCUUUCCACAUUUACUAUUGAUAGAGGUAUAAUUUAUGGGGGGGGGUUGGAUUUUUUUGCUAUACUGUCACAUUAAAUUGUCUUUAUUCAGCUAGUAUUCCACUGUACUAAUACAAUGUUUUGUUUUUUUGAAAGAUCUGGAAUGGAUUCUCAAUAUUUUCUUUUGUGUGUCAUGCGUACAAGCGUCAUCCAGGUUUCUGUGUAGAAGGGGAGGUGGCUAUUGAGCAUGAUUUGGGAGGCAUCUGUUUUAUGCCACUUUCUCUGACUAGUAUGAGAAAGAUAUGGCGGGUAGAGAUGAUGAUUCUGAGUCAAAGUACAGGCACACACACCCCUUACACGUGUUCUAUUCACGUGCUACCCCAUAUAUGUGUGACGCUGGGAAAUAAUUAAAUAAAUAGAACCAUACCAGGAAAUGGUGGGAGAGAGCUAGAGAGUCAUUGUGAUUCCCGAGGAGACCCUUCCUGGAGCCCAAAGAGGGAGUCAGUGAGGGAAGAAGCAGCCCCGAAAACACCUGGGGCAGAGCAGAGAUUUGUUUAGGCUGCUCAGCCUCCCCGCCUGGCAGCUGACAUGCAAAAUAGUGUAGCAGCAGCUGCUUUGCCACACAGCCUCCAGGCUCCAGCUUGCCUCAGGACUUCAGCUCUUUUUGAAGAGAGAGUUGUGUGGAAAGCGAGGGGGAGAGAGAGCUGGAGAACAGGAAAAAAUGGGUGUUCAGAGGCUUUUUAGAGGGUGUUCCCCCUUCAUAUGAUUUCAUUUAUGUGUGCUGGGGCCCAGAACGUAACCCCUGCAUGGGGGGGGGGGGCAGGCUCCUGUCCCUGGCAGCAAUUAUUGGCUGUGAACAAUAUUUCAUCACAAUAACCAGGUUUGUCAUUGUUCAGCUAGACACGUAGUUCCUCUUUUAAUCUCCUAUAUUUCCACAAGAUUAGAAUUCUGGAAUACUAGCCCCCCCCUUUUGUUUUUGUAACAUGCGAUGGAAAUGGGACAGAUUUUUCAUGAGGUUAUUCUGGCCUCUCCGUACUGCAGACCAUCUUGGUAAGAUCAUCAGUGCACCUCACAUCACCAAAGAGCAUCAAUUGCUAAAGAAGACACCUCUUAGAUGUUUUCGAUCUCUUGUAAUUGAAUACAGGUGUUAAGAACUGCUAUGAGCUUAUAUUUGGCUGAACUUACUGAAGAAACUGCUUCUAUUUCAUUUUCUAAAUAUCCUGCAUCCUAUUCAGUUGAGUUCUUUAUUUAAAUGAACUAUAAGGCUUACAAAACCAAAAUCAUUCUGUUUGUCUGUAAUAGUUAUUUUAUAUAGUUGUAUUCACGUACUCAAGAAUGUAAUACUAAUGGGUAUUGAUAAUAAGAGUGUGUGCCUCAAGGCCUAGAAGAACCAGGUUCCUUGAGAAUAAGGGCUCUCAGAAGCAAGGAACCUUGAAAGUUGGGCUAACAAGUUGAAGCUAGGUCUGGACGACUAUAAACUACCGUAUUUUUUGCUCUAUAGGGCGCACCGGACCAUAGGACGCACCUUGUUUUAGAGGGGGAGAACAAGAAAAAAAAAUUAUCCCCCUCUCUGCCCAGCGCCCCUUCAGCAAAGCAGCAGGAGGCACUGCGCAGAGAGGGGGAGAAUUCCCCCCCUUGUUCUCCCCCUCUAAAACAAGGUGCUGUUCAAGGUGCGUUCAGUCGCCUUCAGGCAGCUACCUUGGAAGCCUGGACAGCGAGAGGGGUCGGUGCGCACCAACCCCUCUCGCUCUCCAGGCUUCAGGUUCUUUUCGAGCUGCUCUUUGGGGCUGGCAGGGUAAAGCCCACCGCCAGUCCCAAAGAGCAGGUCGGGGAGCAGCGGAAAGGCAUGCAGCCUUCCGCUGCUCCCCGAGCUUGUGGGGGGAAGCGCUGCUUUCCCCCACCACCAGCCCCAAAGAGCAGGUCGGGGAGCAGCGGAAAGGCGCGAAGCCUUCCCACUGCUCUGCGAGCUUCUUGAGGCUGCCGGGGAAGCCCGGGACUAUGGCUUCUUUAGCCCCACACACCCUCUCCCUGCUGGUGAAGUGGUGCACAGCUAAAGAGGCUGCUGCCAUAGCCACGCGCCACCUCUCCAGCCGGGAGAGGGUGCGCGGGGCUAAAGAAGCCCCGCACACUCUCUCCCGGCUGGAGAGGUGGCGCGUGGCUAAAGAGACUGGCCACGUCAGUCCCUUCUCCCUCCUGAGGAAAAGCCCGCAAGAGCAGCGCGGAGCUUGUGUGCAGCUUUGGGGGGCUUCUCCUGCCUGCCUCCCCCCUGCACUUGCUCCAUAGGAUGCACACACAUUUCCCCUUCGUUUUUGGAGGGGGAAAAGUGCUUCCUAUAGAGCAAAAAAUACGGUACAUCAUGUUCCAUUUGAAGACUGUUAGUUGUGGAACAAUAUUGAUUCUCAGCUGUGUGCAACCCAGUUUCUGGUUGCUUCCCUGGCUGUCACCUACUAAUACCUUGCUCUUGGACUACAGUACUCUGCUGUGUUUGACCUUGACUUUGUUUCAUGAUUCUGCUAUUGGACCAUGCCCACUUUUGGGCUGCCUCACUGUGGACUGCUCAACCUUGACUAAUUCUUAAGACCUUGUGUAUUUGAAUUGCUUUGUUACCCAGCUGCUACCUUGGACCUCCAGAGUUUGGCCAGGCCUUGUCCUGGGAAUGUAACAUCCCUGGGCUUUUUUGGCUCGGGGGCCAAGCCAGGACCAGACCAUUACAUGUGGAUGGGUACAUACUCUUAACUGAAUUGAAACUUGGAGGAGUGUCACACAAAGGCUGAAUUGCAGUAGGUGCAUUCAUUGAGCUGGUUACUUGAACAAGGUCUAAAAUAAUUUCAUUUUUCCCAUUCACCUUGGAAUAUGGUAUUUCCCUGCCUUAUGAUUCAGUAGGUGUACACUCUUCACCAUGGGAAUAUUCUUAACAAUUGCAGGAGGACCUCUGUGUGUGUGUGUGUGCGCAUGCGCAUGUGCAUAUGCAUGCAUGCGUUGCCAAUGACUUAUUUGUUUAACCGUAUACAUUUAAGUUCUUUACAUUUUGUGUGGCUAUGCAACUCUUGCUUCAGACUGAUACUUCAGAGAUGUUUAAAACUACAGCCCUUGCUCUUUUUUAAUAAAACUUUUUCAUGACUCUAGAGUAAGGCAACACAAGAGGGUGCUAUAUUUCUAUUAACGCAAGAGGAGAAAGCAGAAGCAGUUAUUAACACCCUGCAUUACUCCUCUCCUCUAAGUUACUCUCUUAUUUUUUUUAGUUAAGUAGGUGUUACACUAGGUAACUUGGAGUAUGGAGUACAUUAAGGUAGAAGAUGACACAAGCAGAGCAACCAUUUAACAGUUGUUUAUGGUACAAGUAUCUGGGUGAUAUUUGAUUAAUUCAUAUAUGGAAUGGACUUAAAGGUCAGUCAUGACUAUCUUAAGUCCAUUGAUUUCAGUGGAUCUACUCAGAGUAUGACGUAGUUGGCUAUAGCAGGCUGUACUUGGAAAUGAUUUAAGACUACAGCUAGAAUUUAAUUUAAAUUUAAGCAAUACAUAGAGUAACUCCAAAAGGCCCUAUCACAAAAAAUAUGAUAUGUAAGAAUGAAUUUGCGGGUUCUCAACCCAACUUGGAUGAACAGCAUUUUUAAUUUCUGUCCUAAGUAUACUUUAUUGGAAGCAAAUACUUGAUUUAUAGUUACAAUCAAAAUUAUUCUACCCCCAUUGCAAAUCAGCUUUAUUAUCAAAUUUUACAGAUUUCAGCUGCUUGCAAUGAGCAGAUCAAACAAAAGCAAUUGAAAUAGCUCAACACAAUGGAUACUUAAAGUGAUUUCCCCAAAAUCAGCAGAAAAUGCAACUUAUACUGGCUUCUCCAGUCUCACUAUUAUUUCACCCCCUGAACAGAAUCCUUCACAGCAGCACAAAUACAGCAGGUGUUGUCUCAAGCACACUUGAUGCAACUAAUCAAGGGCUUCGUUAGUUGCAACAGGUGUGCUUGAGGUGGAACACAGCAAACCCCUAGCCAGCUCAGGUAUUUCAUGAGUGUCAAAUUUGGCUGCAUGUUAGAAAAAUGACUAAGUUAAGAGAAUGGUCCAGGAAGGUAAGAGAAGAGAUAAUUGCCCUUCACAAACAAGGAGCAGGAUACAAAAAGAGAGUAAAGGCACUGAAUGUUCCUAGAGACACCAUUGGAAGCAUAGCUCGCAAGUUCAGUUAAAGGAACAGUUGUUACACUACCUCAGGCAUAGGCAAACUCGGCCCUCCAGAUGUUUUGGGACUACAAUUCCCAUCAUCCCUGGCCACUGGUCUUGUUAACUAAGGAUCAUGGGAGUUAUAGUCCCAAAACAUCUGGAGGGCCAAGUUUGCCUAUGCCUGCACUACCUGGACAGGGCAGAAAAAGGAAGCUACAGUAAGUGCAGCCAACUUACUUCCAGAUAAAUAUAUUCAGGGCUGAGAUGUUUGACAAACUUCACAAGAUAGAUAAUAGCCAAAAGAUGCAAUCCUAACCAGUCCCUGCAAUGGGGUGAGCUCCUGUUGCUUGGUCCCUGCUCCUGCCAACCUAGCAGUUCGAAAGCACAUAAAAGUGCAAGUAGAUAAAUAGGUACCGCUCCGGCGGGAAGGUAAACGGCUUUUCCAUGCUCUGCUUUGGUUCUCCAGAAGCAGCUUAGUCAUGCUGGCCACAUGACCCAGAAGCUUUUAUGCCAGCUCCCUCUGCCAGUAAAGUGAAAUGAGCGCCACAACCCCAGAGUUGUCCACAACUGGACCGAACGGUCAGGGGUCCCUUAACCUUUUUACUUUUGAGUAAACUUGGCUAGAAUUGCAGCCUAAUCUGCAACAUUGGGUAACCAUAACUAGGGCCAACUCAAACUUAGGGAAUGGGAAUUUGGGAUAAAAGAGAAGAAGACACUUGAGCUGAAUGAAUUACUGUUGCUAGACAUCUUUCUUGUGUAGAGGUUCUUUUGCUCAGACAGACAAAUACUGAAGUAUAGCAACCCACAAAUAUUCUAGUAAGCCAUCCAGCCUGUAUAUACAUAGUGUUGCAGGGUGACAGCAGGGGCCCUAGCAAGGUUUUCACUUGGAAGAAAUUAUUACUUCUUAUAGACUAGCAGACAACUAGAAGCGUACAUUAACCAAUGCCACACAUUUGAAGUUUAAGCAGAUGGAUUUUUCCUUUCUUUGAAGCUUAAGUGGCUAAUUUGGUCUGACAAUUCUCAGCUUAGUGUUGUUUUUUUUGUUAUUUUCAUAGUUUAACUAUAAAGAAAAAUUGUGGUCAUACACAUUUUCAUUGUUGGGUAGUAAUCACCAUCAGUGUUUUCCAUCAUCACAUCUGCAUCCCACCCCCUUAUCUGUUUCUAGAGAACUAAUCUCAUGAACAAGCAAUUGCCUUUUUGCAUUUCACAUCAGGACAGCUAAUAACAUUAUACAAAUUAUGUAACUGAGGGCAUCCCCACAGCCACAAGAAGUAUAUGUGUACACAAAGAACAAAACCAGGAACAUGCAUCAAGCCGAAAUGGAUUUUUUUUAUUAUUAAAACAAGAAAAAUAGCAAGCAGUUUGUUAUGUGGGUCAAUUGGUUCUAAAUUUCUUCCUUCCAGUAGAGUUAACUGGCAUUUUGGGUUAUGGCAGUGGCAGCAGGAGCUUCUUGUCAGCAGCAGUUGUCAUGUACUUGCAGACUUCAGUAGCAACACCCAUUAGUUAGCACUUGCCUGGUUCAAGCAUGUGUGCCUAGAACUGCACUACACAGAAUGUCUGCAAAGCAGUGUCUUGGAAUGCUGCCCCACAAUUUCUCACCCAAAUUGUUUCUUCCCUCUGGUAGUUGGAAUUAUUUCUGAUCUUGAUGCCAAGCAGGAGUAAUGUGGCUGGAAGGAAUGGGUUGUGAGGGGAAAUCAGUGAGAGGCAGAAAGGUUUGACACCCCUUACUUGACUUACAAUCACUUCUCUAUCUUACCACUUUAUCUUACCAUAACCUGUGCUCUGAGACAUGGGUCAUAAAUGUUAUGUUUUACUUUGGCACCCAUACAAUUGGUCAUGAGCAGUGUAGUAGCAUUACACCUAUUGUCUCCAGUGUUGCCUGCUCAUCCUUUAAAAAAUACUAAAUGUCAAAACCCUUAUGAAGCUGACAUCAUCCCACAGUUGCAUGCAGUAGUCUGCCUUUAUCUUCUUAACCCCACCUCUCAUUGCUCCGAGGUCUUUGGAAAUUAAGUCAUGCCAGUAGCCUUUUGAGUCCCAAUAAGAGAGUCUGUGGUUUUUGGCUAAGUUAGGAGUAAACAUUCCUUCUGACCUUGAAUGCAUUUAAUAGUAACAGACUUCACCAUGGCUAAAUCAUAUCUUAUUGUUUCCUUUAAAAGUAUUUUCUUCUUUGUCUGAAAUUAACACCACAUUAAGGUGGAAUGAUAUAUGAAAAAUUGCAUUAUAUGAAAAAUCUCCCUUGUACACUCAUUUUUUGAAAGAAAAAUCAAGGGUAACAUCUUUUGAUGGGAUUUUAUUGAAUAUAUAAAGGUAAAGGUACCCCUGCCCGUACGGGCCAGUCGUGUCCGACUCUAGGGUUGUGCGCUCAUCUCACUUAAGAGGCUGGGAGCCAGCGCUGUCCGCAGACACUUCCGGGUCACGUGGCUAGCGUGACGAAGCUGCUCUGGCGAGCCAGCACCAGCACAGCACACAGAAACGCCGUUUACCUUCCCGCUAUAAAGCGGUAUCUAUUUAUCUACUUGCACUUAGGGGUGCUUUCGAACUGCUAGGUGGGCAGGAGCUGGGACCGAAAGACGGGAGCUCACCCCGCCGCGGGGAUUCGAACUGUCAACCAUACGAUCGGCAAGUCCUAGGCACUGAGGUUUUACCCACAGCGCCACCCGCAUCCCAUUGAAUAUAUAUAAAGAGAAAUUUACAUUGGCCUUUUCCACAAGUCUCUCAAGAAAUUUGGGAUAAGUAAGGUCUAAUUGGUUGAAAAUAUUUCGUAAUGUAAUAUAGAGCCUUUUAUUUUUGGUACUCCUUGUGCCUCUGAUAGUUUCAGUUAUAGAUUUAUGUUUCUGUAUAUCUUGUAAGUCAUGUGUGCCACACGUCUUGUUCUCCCAUUUCUUAUGAUGGUACCCUCCACUUACCUGUCUGUAUCUUAUCACAAGCAUCCAGAUAACCUGCUUUAUUAUUUUUUCUUGUGAAUGUAACAUCUCAUGCCACCCUUGGUUUGGUUUAGUUUUUGUGUUUGUCUCAUGAAAUACUAUUUUGUUAUUUGGAUAACAUUUAAUAAAACUAGAAAGAUGUUGAUGAGUAAAGAUGUUGUAUUUGAGCUCUGCAGUAUGUUCUAAUUCUAGAGUGUUUAUAUUUUGAAUAGUUUUAAAGUCAGUUGGCUCAGCAGUGUUAAUUGCAAUAUGCAGGCAUGUAGCAUAUCUGUAUUAUCUGUUUUACUUUCAUGCAGCCGUAAAAGCCAAAUAGAAUCAUAGAACUGUAGCGUUGAAAGGGACCACAAGGGUCAUCUAGUCCAACCCCUGCAAUGCAAUAAUAUUUUUCCCAACGUGGGGUUUGAUCCCCUGACCCUGAGAUUAAGAGUCUCAUAAUCUACCAACUGAGCUAUGCCAGCUGCAUAUUUUAAUUGGAGAACAGACUCUGGGAAAGUAGUUGUUUUGGCUCAGCAUUUAGCUGAUAAGGAAUGUUUAGCUGCCUCAUCUUGCCUGAAGUAUGGUGAUAGACCAUGAGGAUUCCCUGGGAACUUUUGUUGUUUUUAAUUUAUUUUUGCUUUUAACUUUUUAGUUUUUUUAAAUGAUUUUACUGUGUAGUUUUAUGUUUUUAUAUAAACUGUUGGAAUAUAUAUUUUGAUACAGUGGUAUAUAAAUAUUUUUUAUAAAUAAUAAUUCAAAAAACAAAAUGCUGAUGGUCCAGAAAAGCUGAAAGGUGAUCAGUAAGGAAAUUCUUUCCAAGUGUAACUAAGCCUCUGCUGCAUGCUUGUCCUCCAGAACAAUAUGAAUUUCUAAAAUAGUAUAUUAGUGCACAUCACGCAGCAUAUGAAAAAAGGAACUGUGCCAGUUUUGAGUAUUAGCAUUGCCCUUUUAAUCUCCCCACACCCCCAUACACAGGCAUCAUUGGGCCAUUAUUCCUCAGAAUUCUUGCGACUAACUGCUUUAAUACUGCCUUGGUCCAAAAGAGGCCAUUAUACUCUUUAGUACUUAAGGAGUAUCCUGCAGCUGAAGUACAAGAGGUUUCAUAUGGGGGAAGGUUGCCUAUCUGAAGGUGUCUGUCUGCCUACUCAUGAAAAUAAUGAUUUUGAUGUGGAGUGUUUUUAAACAAGCUACCUCCCAAGUGAAGUUGACAUGGUACAAGAGGUGAGAGGACUUCACCAUGUAGCCUCAGUGGAUAGAAGUGCCUUUUACUGACUGACUGGUUCAACAGCUGUGGUCAUUCCUGGACUUUUUCAGUACUUGCCACAGUAGCUGCUUUUAGUACUGUACAGUACAUUGCAACAUGAAUGCUCCAGGAGUGAGACUUUUGUUAGAAUAUAACACCUGUGCUCAGAGAUCUGCACCGGCUGCCAAUUUGCUCCUAGGCCAAGUUCAAGGUGUUACUAUUAGUAUAUAAAGCCCUUAACAACUUGGGACAUGUUUAUUUAUGGGAUCGCCUUACCUUACAUGUGUCCACUCAACCACUUUCAUCAGUGGAAUUGGUACUACCUACAGGUGCCACAGGGGACGCGCGUGGCACUGUGGGUUAAACCACAUAGCCUAGGACUUGCCAAUCAGAAGGUCGGCGGUUCGAAUCCCAGCAACGGGGUGAGCUCCCAUUGUUCGGUCCCUGCUCCUGCCAACCUAGCAGUUUGAAAGCACAUCAAAGUGCAAGUAGAUAAAUAGGUACCGCUCCGGCGGGAAGGUAAACGGCGUUUCCGUGUGCUGCUCUGGUUCGCCAGAAGCGGCUUAGUCAUGCUGGCCACAUGACCCGGAAGCUGUCUGCGGACAAACGCCGGCUCCCUCGGCCUAUAGAGAGAGAUGAGCGCGCAACCCCAGAGUCAUUCAUGACUGGACCUAAUGGUCAGGAUUCCCUUUACCUUUACCUUUACCGGUGCCACAUAAUACCUGUUUUGCAUUUGUAAGAACUUGAUAAUUUAGUGUAGCAGUUCCUGAACUUUGGAACUCCCUGUCUAUUGAGAUCAAGCAGGCAGCCUUCACUGUACUGUACUAUUUUUGACACCUGCUAAAAACAUUUAUGUUUAGACAGACCUACCCAGAUGCUUAGAAAGUUGGGAUAGUUUUAAUCUGUUUUAGUAUUUUAACUUUUGAAUGUUUUAAAGUAUGGUUGUGAAUCUUUCUUGAUUUUACUGUUUUAUCUUUUGUAAACUGCUUUCAGGGUCUUUUUUUACAAUCAAGCAGUGUAUAAAUUUUAUCAAGUAAAUAUAGUCAAUUCAUGCACGUUACAACUUGCCAUUAGUACACUGGAUCACAAGCCAGGAUAGAACCAGAGCAGUCCUUUACUGAUGGCAUCAGCUUUGUUAGGACACUUGAGAGUUAACAAGUUUAAUCAGAAAGGCUUUCACACCAUGUCAAGAUCCUGUUGCAAGCAAUGUGAGUUUACUUGCUGUUUUUCAAGUUGUCUGUAGGAAGAUGAGGAAUGUGCAGUCUUUGCUAGAACAAAUAUCCCAAGCCACAAAAAUGAAAAAAAAUAUUUUGUUCAAAUAGGCAAAAAACAAUGCACAGAUAUGACCUCCAGCUUUUCUGCAUGCUAGAAAACUGGUUCAUCUUACUCAAGUGUUUCAGGCAGCUGGUUUGCUGAGCUGUAGAUCAAAAUAUCAGUCUUUUAAGGCAGGGUUAAUAGUUUGACUGGGAACAAUUCCAGAAAUGCAAAACCUCUAACCCAGCCAUUUAUCUAUUUGAAACAUGAGAUUCUAUGGGUGGAGUCUAGCUUUCUUUUAAAUAGUCUGCUGUAUAAUUCAAGGCAACCAUAUAGCUGUCUGUAAGCAAUUGCAUCAGACACGGCAACCCAAUGUUAUUAAAAUGGAGAUGAAGGAGUUUGUGCUAAUGGAAGACAAGAAGUAUUCAGAACCCACACAAAAACAUGGGAAACAUUUUGUUUAAAAACAAGUAUAUACUUGCAAAUCCUAUUUCACUAGAGCUAACAGAGCAAUGGGUUGAAUGUUUACACGCGAAAGGAUAAGGCACAGUAGAACAUGGCUGCUUAAGGCAGAAGUUCUCUCAAACUUUCUACUCACAGGGCCCACUUGAGAUGGCUAAAAUUUAUUAAGGCCCAUUAGUCUCAAAAUGGUGGUACAGAGGUAGAGCACAAAAUGGAGAUAAAAUUUGACAUAAUCAGGUAGCAAUUGCUGACAUUACUUUCUAAUGAUAUCUGUUCCAUCUUUGGAAAUUGCUAAGUUCUUCAUCACAAAAUUUUGCUUGUGUCAAGGAGUUCCAUAGUUCAGCUUUCCUCAAGCUAAGUACAGAGGUUUGCUGUAGAGGUAUAUAUCCAGAUAUUUUUACUCAUGUCCUGUAAUUUCUUCCAUACGCUUUUUAAACUAAAUUUUUACCUAAUUCCCAGCCCAAAUUUAUUUCAUUAAUCAUCAUUGGUCCUUUUGCAUUCACUUGUUCCUCCUAUAAAAGCUUUUACACUAUCUGGCUAGGUCACUUUCCAGUUCAUAUGAGGAAGCUGUUUUUCCAUGUCUCCAGGGUCAGAAAAGAGACAUCUGCCCAUAGAUAUCAAUGGAAAUUAAAUAUUUUUAUGUAGAUGGAAUUAAAUAAUUUAAUGUAGUGUGCCCACAUCCACAGUCUCCCCCCAUGCUGACGGACUGUUGGGGAGUGGGAAGAAUUAGGGCUGUGGAAUGGGGAGUUUGGGACCUUCAAUAGAAGCAUUGCAACAUUUUGUUGCAAGAGCUCACUUGCCUAUAUAGUAGUAGCUGUAUGUUGUCCAUGGCUUGAGCAGAUUUGGCUACAAAAGUAAGGGAAAGCUUGAAUUAGUAUUGGCAGACUCAAGGUUACUUUGUUAUUUUUAAGUGUCCUAAGGGACAGCUUCCCAAAUACAUCCAUACAUUAAAUUGUUUAAUUUCUGCAUCUGGGAAUGACAUAGAAACCCCUCAAAAUGUUGACUGACUGUUAGAGGAGGAUGAGAAAAAUGGUGGGCAGGGUGUGGAACGGUGUUAUUCAUUUUAAAAUAUUUUUCUGUUGCCUUUCAUUUAAAAACCACAAAGUGAUGUACAGCACAAGGUAAAAACUGGAAUAUUAGCAUCCAUACAAUAAUCUCUUUAAAAAAGGGAAAACAGGGAAAACAGUAAUCGAAAGCAAACAAAUUAAGAAGAGAUUGGUAUUAACUGCCGGCAAAGGCUUGGAAGAAUAAAUGAGAUUUCAGCAGGUGCAUAAAUAUAAUCAGUGUGAGUGCCUGUCAUAACUCAGAGGAGAGAUGAUUCCAUUAAGAGGCCACCAUAGUAGAAAAGCCCCACCUCGUUACUACAAGAUGGAUCCCUGCUGAUGACUGUGCAACCAUACUGUCCAUACUGCUUCACUACUUUUAUUAGCUGUGUGAGAUUACUACACCAAUAGAUAGAUUCCCAAAAAGAACAGUAGCAAGAAUUUCUAUAUAUACAGGUGUAGAAUAGAUGCUUGGUUGGGAAGCCCCAGUUUUUUUAGAAAGGGAGGUCGGAGGUUCUCCAACUUCUUAACACAAGGGCCUGCUUGAGACUGCUGAAAAUUAUAUUCUACUAAUAUAUAAUUCAUAACUGGGAAUUGCUAAAUUCAUUGUCAAAAUGUUUUGCUUGUGGCAAGGAGUUCCAUAGCUUAGCUUUCCUCAACCUAAGCACAAAAUUUGGUCUGGAGGUAUUGUGAGUGAGCACCUACAUUUUAGGCAAAAUAUUCUAAUCCAGAGGUUCCAAGUGCAGAAGCCUUUUAAAAAUAUUUUUUCUCUUUCCGGCACCACAUAGCUCUGAAUGCCCCCCCCAAUAUUCUGUAAUUCCCCCCCCCCACAUUCUUCUUUCUCAGUCAACUUGUGCCUUAUUCCUACUCCCCUGCCCCCCACCCAACCCCUGCUGCUCCCCACCCAACCCCUGUUUGUUUCUUUUAUCCUUUCUCACUGGGCCUUUUUAUAUUCACUUAUAACAGGUUCCCUCUCUUUUCCCAUUCAUUUCUUUUCCCUGUUUAUUAUUAUUAGUAAUAUAUUAUUUCAUUUUUUAAUUUGCUUCAACACCACCUCUUGCCCUUUUCUCUCAGAGGAGGGAGACCUUACUUCCCUUCCCCUCUUUUCCAGGCCACCUUUACUCAGCAUGCAAGAAGAUGCUGUUGCUGGCAUUGCUCCUACUAGAAGGCUAUAGCAUGGCUGGAAGGCAUGGCAGACAAAUAAGGAGGCACUGCCUUGGCACAGAAGCCCAUCUGAAAGUCUUGGCCCAGGGCCCACUCUUUGAAAAACACUGGUCUAAAUUGCUUGAGAAACACUGAAGGAGAGAUAACAGGAUGCAUCCUGAUCGCUGUCAUAUCACCUAACAGUACCCUUGCAGCUAUAGGCUAGAAAGGCUAUUAUUACCCCUCAAGGUGAUUUGCAUAGCUGAAGGCCAGUUGGCAUUGUUAUUCCAUUUACCCAUUAUUUCCCCCCCAGUUCACUAGCCUGGAUGGUUUGCCAACAUCCUCCAUAUACCCUUUGCUUGCUUGUUAAUUCAUAUGUUUAGAAAACUUUAACCAGAAGGUAAGCUUUCAAUACUAGGUAAGACUGUUUUGUAUCUCAUGUUUUAUUUCUAAUUUCUGUUAUGCAAAAUACUUGUUUCAUAUAGUACCUGAGCACCUUCUCUUUGGGGAAUUUUUUUUUUUUUAUUACUUGCAUGAUGCUAAAAAAAAUAUUCUGAACUACUUUACUAAUGUAGACCCUUGAAAUGUGCAUAGGCCAGUAAUACUACCAGUGAAGGCAUAUAUCUUUUUCCAGUUACUUUUGAAAUACAGUCUUCUGUCUGUCAACCUUGUGGACAUAUUCUUCUCUCCCCCAUUUCAGAAACAUGUAUGCUGCUCCAGUCUCCUAUCUGGUACAGUGAACCAUCUGCAGCAGCUCUCUGACUCCUUUGUAGUAUGCAUAGUUGAGCAGCCUACUUCUGUAUGCAUCUAUUUUUCCUUUUCAUAUAGCUCAUGUUGCCUGUUUUCUUCUACACAGCUUUUUCCUUUCUGCCUGAACAUGUCUCAGCAAUUACUGUUUUCAUGUCUUGUGGACAGAAAAGCAUCUUCUUUUGUCUGUGUCAGGCACUGGCUGCUCUUCAGGGAGAGCUCUUAUUUGUAGUGUUGUGGGCCAUAAGUACCAUGUGUGGCAUUUUCUGGGAGCAACCCUCCCUCCCUUCUGCCUUAUGGGUAAUAAUGCACUCUCUCUGAGGCAAUCUGUAAAGAGAAGAAUUGAGGGAAAGUGCCAUGUUUCUAGAGUUUUCUACUGGCUUGUGGUUGAUUGAAAAAACAACAACUCUUCUCCCACAUCCUUCUGUUUCUUUCUAGGCUUUGUUUUCAUGGUUUUCAACCCCCACUUCAUCUUUUACCACUUGGGUUCUUCAGACUGCUACUGAUUAACAUCUCUGACUUUAGCCCUCUAUUUCCGCCUUCCUGCCUGCCCUUCCCAUUUCAUUGUUGUUUUUCUACAGCCUACACUCUCAAAUAGCCACACCCCAGGAAAAGCAAUUGGCUAAUCCUGCAGUAGGCCAUGCAUUUUAAUGGCCUUUUAUUACAGGAUAAGACACUUCAUUCACUGAUUGCAGCAGGGGUUUUUUCAGUUGCCUUAGCUUGAAGCAUGAAAGCUUCCUUGCUUUCAACAGCAUAUAUUGUUCCAAUAAAAUGUACUUUUGCCUCUCAUUCUUUUUGGGACUUGGCAUGCAAGAUCAUUCCAAAUGGGGGAAGAUCAAGCUCCAAUAUUUCUUCCACUUUCCUAAUUUAAAAUACUUAAAGGAUAUGUUUACCAUAGUGAGAUAAAUCUGCUGUUUGCCUCUGAGUUCAAAACAACAUGAACUACCUGAGAGGGCUCCCCAAUUAGUCUUUGUUUUUACUGGCACUUAAAAGCCCUUUGCUUUAGCUCAGUAAAGCAUUUUGUUGUUUUAGAAGAGCAGAACUUGAGGCCUCAUCUAGCUAUUGCUGCUAUUAAAUUACUAGCUGAUAUGUGACCAAAUCCUCCCUCCAGGGACUGAAUGUGUCACUUUGGCUAUGUGCCCAGCCACCAUCAGCGCCAUUGCACUCCCAGAGCCAGGACGUCUUUCCCACAGAGAAUCAAACUGUAUACCAGUUGUAUUUGUUUGGGAAUGUUGUUCUUGAUAUGAAUAACACUGAAGCAGAGCUGCCAGUGAAAUAAAGCCACAUGGGCAGCCUCCAUAGUGGACUCUCUCUCUCUCUCUUUCUUGGCUUCCGAAUCAUUAAAACUUUAAAGCACCAAGAGUGAAUAAGAGCUACAUGUGCAGUUUGCAAAAUGCUCCUCUGUAUUAGACAGGGCAAGGCAAAGGAAGCUUUGUCUACAGCACUGACACUGCUGCUAGCAGCCAUUUUGGUGUUAAUAUGGGUGUGCAGUCCGCUGGGGGCAAUUGUGCUUGGAACAUGUGUACAGUCAAGUACAAAUUAAAUAUCUGUUUAAAGUUCAUAAAAUGAAUUCAUGGUGCAAAAAAUAGCCACAUUCCUAUAAUAAUCUUUCCCCCUCAGGAUGUAAUAAUUCAAGUAAAUAUUAGUUGCUCAUUUCUCAUUGUUAGAAAAGCACCCUUGCAGUUUUACAAGUGGUGAUUACAUAUAAAUGCUAAGCCAAAGCUAUGUUUUAGUAAGCCACACUGUGCAUGUAGCUUGGGCACUUUCUCUUUCACCCCUUCCUUUGUGCAAGUGGGUAAACAAACCACCAAGGGCUUAGUGUGACGUCUGAACCCAAAUGUACUUUGUUUCACCAGAACAAACCCUGAUCUCCAGCUAGCCUUAAACCAUGAUUUUCUGUUAGCGAUUGUGUGUGUGUUUUUAGGGCAAAAGCUACCCUAGGUACAGGUUUAUACAUGAUGCUAAACAAACCCCCGUCAUGGUUUGUUGACUUCCUAGUGGUGCAUCAAUAAAACUGCUAGCACAUUUGCAAAACUAAACAGGGUCUGGUAUGGUUUUAAAUUGGAUGGGGGAUUGUGUGUGGAGAUUCCUGCAACCUUAAGUAUUCCUUCCAACUUUACAAUUCUAUGAUUCAUACAAAGGGGAGGAGCAAAGCACUCAGAACGCACAGCUCAUGUGCCAAGUGGCUUACAAAACUAUUGUUUAUGGCAGAGAUGGAAAACCUGUUGCCUUCAGGCAUUGUUGGACUACAACUCACACAAUCAUCCUUGACCACUGGCUUUGCUGGCUGAAGCUGAUGUGACUUGUAAUCCAAUAGCAACUGGAAGGCCAUAGGUUCCCCACAUGCCUAGUAUAUGGCUUAGCAUUCCAUGUUAGCAUUAGACUUCAAAGACAUUAGCCUGUUGAUUCGUGCCCCCCCCCCCCAUUCUUGAAAUGUCAUAUAUUAUUGACACAACUGCACACUAAAGCUGUAGCUAAGUAUUUCCAAGAAAUGUGUUAUACUACAUGAGCAGCAUUGUCUUGUACUGCAGAACUAAAGGAAUAUUCUUUCCUUUCUCUACCUGCAAUGAUUUGAUCCCUUUGGUUUGCAUGUUUUACUGUUUGGACUCCCUCCCGCCCCCCAUCUACCACCAGGAAGCACCCUUUAUAAUUGUCCAUUACAGUGUUGGUUGUCUCAGGUCUAUGUUCAGUCUCUCCCAUUACAUGGAUAGAACGUUGCUGUGCUUUCAGUCUCUCCCUAUCUAAGAGCGAGUGUAUUUAUUUAUUAUUUACAUUUAUAUCCCUCCUUUCUUCUAACAUGGAACACAAGGAAGCAUACACAUAGUUCCCUGGAGGCUUCACAGGCAGGCAUUGAUCAGACCCAGUCCUGCUUACCUUUAGCAAGGUGGUGCCCUCCUAUGUCUUCAGACCAUAACCAUACCUUCAAACUUCAGUCCUGUACUCUCCAGUAUAACAGCCAUUUGAAAACACGACAGCUGUAUGCGUUAUAUGUUGAUUGUGGGAAGAGGCUGGUUGUGCUUUUUUGUCCCUUUUAGUCAUCUUCACUGUCACAACACUUGUACCAGUUGACCAUGUUGGGAAGAGGAGGUGCAGUAGAGCUAGAGGGGUUUUGGCCUGAUCCAGCAGGCUCUUCUUACGUUCUUGAUUCUUGUCCUAAAGUGUUUUUCUUAAGGUAGUGUUCUAAAACACGACCACAUUUCUAACUGUUGUCAGAGCCAGCCGUUACAAAUGGCGCAGUUUAGCAUAAAAUAAAGACACAGAGAGCCAGCAAUAUUUUCAGGAUGGUAUGUGCAGCUCCUUUCGAACUUCUCUCUCCUCCCGUAGCUUUUUUAUUAUCCUUUGUCUCUCUCCAGCCGCAUGGCUGUUUGCCAAUGUCUCACAUUACCUACAUCCGGUCAUGGCUUUAACCCACCCACAAACCAUAUAAGGUCAUCACUGCCCAGAGGAAACACAACUCCAUUUAAGGUCAAUACAUUCCAAUACAUUGUAAAGCUCAGAGUGCUGGUCAGCCGAGGUCAGGGGGCACCCUGCAAUAUUACAAGCCUUUGCCGUGGCUUUAUGACUCCCACAUGCCCUCUUUCUUUAUUUUAUUAAUCAGAGUCAUAUAUGUCAGUACCAAUACCAAUACCAAUAUCGAGCGCGAUAAGCGACUCUUGUGACACCGGAAGCGGGCCGCGGACUGAAGAACCAUGCAGUACAUAUAGAAAUUAAAGACGGAAUACAUUGGAUACAGCAACACAGAAUAAUGCAAAUAACUACUAUAAUGAUCACUAAAAUCAAUAAAUGUCGAAGCCAACUCCCAUCUGGGAGCCAAGAAUAUAAGAAUUCUGAUUCCAAGCUGCAUGGUAGGCUUCCUUUCUAGUUUAUUAGCCAUGCACUGGUGUCACUCCUAUAGCACUGAGAUUGGUCACUGUAUGUUCCUGUAAGAGAACAAGAGCUAUUAAAAGUGAAAUUCAAUGUAUAUUGACAGUUUGGAUAUAUGCCCCAUGAUUCUUUCCCCUCUUUAAUUUGAAAACAAAUGGGGGCAGGCUCAUGGAGGGUCAAUUGUACUGGAGGCCAAAAAGUUUGCUUAGGGGAUAUAAUAUUAAUAAAUUGAAAAGAUCCAUUGACAGGCACACCAUGAAGCAUUAUGCCGGAAUGACUGGCAUACACACCCAACAUUUAGAAGCAUGCAAUAAACUGGCAAACAUAAUCAUAUCUUGUACAAAAAUAUUAUCCCUCCAUAUCUUAUGAUAAUUUUCUCCCCUAAAAGUCUUAUUCAACAACGCUGUUCUUCUAGUUCGAAAGUGGCUGAGCCGUGGAUACUGCCAGCCAGAGUAGGAAGCUGACAACAGCUGCUUGCCAGCCGAUGAGGUGAAAUAUGGUGGUUUCAACUGGACUGGGUCGUCUGCUGGAUCCUUGUAUAACGGUGCAGCAAAGGAUGGCAAGGCAAAUGUUUAGGAAGGCAAACACUGCCAGAUGCAGCUUGUGUGCAGCACCCCUAGGUGGCGCAUGCGGAAAGGUUUCAAUGCUUCACCCACAAAAUGUUGACAAAGUGUAGGGGAGUUCCGCAUGCCUUGAGGCAGGACAACCCACUGAUAUCGCUGGGUGGGCUGCGAAUUGUUAUAUACUGGCAAUGUAAAAGCAAACCGUUCCCUGUCUGCUGGAGCCAGUGGGAUGAAGAUGGUUCAAUGUGGCCGAAAGUCAAUUGUUCAGAAAUAAGCUGGUCAGAGAUAGCUGGUGCCGCUGCUGCGGAUUUUCUUUUGGUAGAGGCCACUGUUCUACCCCCACUGGGGUAUCGGUGAUCCUGGUUUGCCACACUGGAAACAAGUUGUAUCGGUGGCUACAGGCUGGUUUUCAUUUAGCGCUGUUGCCAGCAGAUGAGCCUUAUGGGUGGCUGUACCUACAGACUGACAAAUGCGAAGCAUGGCUGCUGUGUCUGUGGCAGGAUUGUGUAUUAUCGGUCGUAACGCAACCUUACAAUCCUCAUUGGCAUUUUCAAAGGCCAAUUGUUUGAUAAUUAUUUGUUUGGCUUCAGGAUUUUCAAUUUGGCGACUCACUGCUGUAAGCAGCCUGUCCAUAAAGGAAGAAUAUGAUUCUCUUGCCUCUUGCCUGAUUGAACCCCACCUUGAUUGAAUACUGGGUUCUGGGAUUUUUCUCAUUGCUUGUUUAGCAGCAAGAGCAGUGUCCCUCAAUAAGAUUUGCAGCAGUGUGGCUUGCACUGAAGCUUGAGCGAAGGGACCACGCCCCAUCAUGGCAUCUGUGACGUCUGCGAGGGUAACAUUUGGAUUAUUUCCUCUGACUUGUUGUAACAAGGCUGGAGCAUAAGCACGGCAGGCAGUUUCCCAUUCGUGGGCAAACAAAACACCAGCUGAUGGGGGUAACACUGUAUGGGCCAAAAGCUUGAUGUCCUCUGGAACCAAGAGCUGGGCUAAUGUGGCUUCUAAAAGCGCCUGCGUAUAUGGGGCUUGGAGUCCAUUGGCCUUUACUGACUGUUGCAGCUCUUUCAAAAUCUUAAAGUCAAAAGGUUGGUGUUGGGCUUGGGUGCCUGCUGGGGCACCAGCAGGGGGCACAAUAACAGGGAAUGCCAUAGUAUCCUGAAUUAAGGAACAGGCAAGGACUGCAUGUUGAAAAGGGGUAGCUGGUUCUGCCGCUGAAAGAUUAGGAUCAUUGCCAGCCAGACCACGGUAUUUUUGCAGGAUUGGGUCCUCAGGUGAGGAACUGUAGUCCGGAGGUUUGGGGUCUGGAGCUGCUGGCAAGGCAAGUAUUGGAACAGACUGUAACACAGCAGGCUGGACUAAGGAAGCUGGAGGUUGUGUUGGCAAUGCAGCCAUGGAGAUAUUUUUUGGUGAUAAAGAGCCCAUGGCGUAACGAACCUUGCACCAUGCAUUUAGAAUCCGAACACCUAUGCUGGGGUGCCCAUGAAAAUGUGCCCCAAUCUUGUCCCAAAGUUUUAAUUCCCAAGUCCCAUCUGCAGGAAACCAGGGGGAAUGCUCUUCGAUGGCCAGAAUGAGCUGUAUCAAAUCACCCUCCGGAACUUCCAAUUUGUUGGAGAGGAGAAAUUUUAAGUCUUUUAAAAAUUUCUGUUGGGGAGUAGACAAAGAGCUGCCCAUUUUUCUAAAAUCAAGAUAGAAAAAAGAGAUCGAACUCACCGGGAUCUUUUUAAGAUGAUUAGCGCUUGCAACCCUUGCCGGGCGUGGUGAGCCGAUGAUAUGUUUUGCUUGGAUCGAAAAACCUCACACGGUUUUCUUUUAAAAGCCUCAGACAUAUUCUUUUAUUCAGCCUCACAUGGUUUUCUUUUAAAAUCCUCUUAGUCUGCCUCAGACUGUUUUCUUUAAGUUGCCUCACACGGGGCACCACUUGUCGGAGCCAGCCGUUACAAAUGGCGCAGUUUAGCAUAAAAUAAAGACACAGAGAGCCAGCAAUAUUUUCAGGAUGGUAUGAGCAGCUCCUUUCGAACUUCUCUCUCCUCCCGUAGCUUUUUUAUUAUCCUUUGUCUCUCUCCAGCCGCAUGGCCGUUUGCCAAUGUCUCACAUUACCUUUAACCCACCCACAAACCAUAUAAGGUCAUCACUGCCCAGAGGAAACACAACUCCAUUUAAGGUCAAUACAUUCCAAUACAUUGUAAAGCUCAGAGUGCUGGUCAGCUGAGGUCAGGGGGCACCCUGCAAUAUUACAAGCCUUUGCCGUGGCUUUAUGACUCCCACAAACUAUCUGAAAUAAACUCCUAUUGGAUUAUCGUUUGAUCUAUAAAACCACUGGAUACAAAGAAUUACCAGAAUAAUAAUAAAGAAUUCAGAUUAAGUGUGUGGUCUUUUAUUAUUCAGUAGUUUCAAAUACUGAAUAAUAUCCCAUAGAUUAGCAGUACUAUCUGGUGAUUCCUUCUUUCUCCUGUAGGGAAUGAAUUUGAUCCUGUGUGGGUUGUCACCGCCCAUUCCUUUGCAUUUAGAUUAGAAACACAGGUUUCUGUACUUUUAUCAGGAGUUGCCAACAAGGUGCCCUCCAGAUGUUGCUAGACUAAUCAUGGUUCCUACUAGCUAGGAUUAAUGAAAGUUGGGGUCCAGGAACCUCUGAAGGGCACCACAUUGGGUAUCCUAAAAUUAUAAAACCUGUCUCUGAGACUCCUGGAUAUAAACAUGCAUAGAAUCAUAAAAUUGCAGUGUUGGAAGGGAUCCAAGGGUCAUCCAGUCCAACCCCAUGCAAUGUAGGGAUAUCAACCAAAGCAUCCAAGACAGAUGGCCAUCCAGUCUCUGCUUUAAAACAUUGAAAGUGGGAGAGUCUACAAUCUCCCAAGGGAGUCCGUUCCACUGUCAAACAGAUCUUACUGUCAGAAAGUUCUUCCUGAAAUCUUCGUCCUUGUAACUUGAAGCCAUUGAUUUGAGUCCUACUCUCGAGAGCAGGAGAAAACAAGCUUGCUCCAUCUUCCAUGUGACAGCCCCUAAGAUACAUGGCUUUCAUAUCUCCUGUCUCCUCUUUUCCAGGCUAAAAAUACCCAGCUCCGUCAACUGUUCCUCAUAAGACCUGGUUUCCAGACCCUUUAUUAGGUUGGUUGCCCCCCCCCCACAUUUCAGCUUAUCGACACCCUCCUUAAAUUGUGGAGCCCAGAACAGGACACAGCAUUCCAGGAGUAUUCUGCUCUCAGAUAGUAGAAAACCUAGUAGAUUUGCUAUUUCCAGCUCCCUCUUGCUUCUAAAAUGGGGUUAAAAAUUCCACCCCCACUGGUGUACAGCAAGCCCACAAUUUACGUACAUUUAACUUGUGCACAUUUAACUUGGCAAAAAAGGGGGUUAAAAAGGAGGCGGGGUUCCAGGAAAAAUGACUUUAGCAAUCCCACCCACCAUUGAACCUAGUGUGUUUUGACUAUAUGGAAUUUUGACUUUAGACACAAUCCCUGGAACAUAACCCCCACAUAAGCUGUAGGCUUACUUUACUUCUCAUUGUUGAAUUUGCACAUAUGUAGACCUAUUUCUAAUACAUUGUCACCUACAGAGUAGUAAACAAUGUCCCCAAGUUUUAGCCACAAACACUAUUUUUUUUUUUUUUAAAUGUUCACAAAAGAUUUCACAAACAAAAAGAUUCAAUGAAAUCUGUAGAUUUUUGGCAUUUGGGGGCCUUUUGGUUCCAGGCAAUUGUGGUUUAAAAAUGUCAUAUAUGAAUGACACAGGGAAGCAGAUAAUGUGCCCUUCUGACACAAUACACAUGGCUUCACUGGGGGACAUUUUACUGCCCUUAAACACUUUGGGAUUUUGCUUGGGUUAGCAAAAUUGCUCAGAAAUUGCCUAUCUUAGUUUCCACUGAAGAUGGUUAAGUGGCAUAUAUAUUUCCCCUUUAUUAUAUUGUUCAGUUCCUGCUGCAUUUUGAAAAUGGACAAAAACUGUGAAGGUACAUUCUGAGUUUUGCUGCUCACCAUCCUGAAAAACAGUGAUUAGGUUUUGAAAGGCAAAAAGCUUCUGCCUCGCAGAAACUAGAAUUUUGUAUAUCAAAUCAGUAUUAAACAUAAUUUGCUGGUAUAGCCUGAAAAACAGCCUUGGUGAAGGACAUACAUCUUCUUAGUGGCAUAAGCACUGAGUUUUCCUGUGAAGUGUAAAAAUGAUGGUUAUCUUAGAAAAGCAUGGCCACAGCAUGAGGCAAGAGAGCCUAGGAUUAUUUCUUUGCCUUGGAUUAUGCACAUGUGAAAAUCCACAAUCAAAAGGGGUGUGUGUGUGUGUGUGUGUGUGUCCGUGUCCGUUCAUCCCUUGGUCUUAACUUUGAUUACAUUACUUGAGUGUUGAGAUUGGGGCAGUUAAGAAAUAGAUUUAAUUUGGUUGCUAGCCUUUCUAUUUUGCGGCCACAGAAUGCUGUUGCUUCCUUGUGUACCUACCCACCUUUGCUCAUCGGUUCCCUGCUCCCAUGGCUUUUCGAUAUAUUAUUUGAGGUUUAUACUCAGAACUCUUUAUUCUCUUUACUAAUUGCUUUCAGCAAACUCACACUUCCUUAUUUUGGUCUGUUCAUAUACAAGGUUGCUAAUAUUCCUUUCUCUUUUUGUAUACACAUUUCUUUGCAUGGUAAUUUGUAGGUGCAACUGGGGCUUUUUGUUUUCUUAACUGUUUUAACUGUGAUACAGAAAAAGGUCAGCAUAAACGUAAGCAUUUACUGGAGAACCUGUGUGAAAACCUGUUCUUUGAAAUGUUUCAUCUAGAACUAUUACCUUUCCCUCAGCACAACAGCAUAUUUUAAGGCCUAUGGUAGCAAAACUGAAAUACUGGCUGUUUUGGAAAAGAAUGAAGCCUAGGUGUGUGUCUUUUUCACACACAUAGAAGUGAAGUGCUUAAGAACUGGCCCCAAAUCAGGCUGUCCAGUUUUGGCUACAGUGUCCUGUGUAUACUUACCUGUACCAUUGAUAAACAACAACUACUUAUGAGUAGUUACAUUCAGGAUUGCACUGUAAAUAAAUUAUCUUUUAAAACAACCUUUUAAAAUUGCUUCCCAUUUUUAGAGACCUAGUUUAAAUUAGGGCUGUACAAGAAAUGUUUCUAAAUUCAGACUGCACUCCCAUUGUUCCUCCCUGCUCUGAAAGCAGCUCUGGUAUUUUUCCACAACUGAAACUCAACUCUUCACAAGGCCUGCAUCUUAAAAAGAGCCGAAUGUGAUAGGGUUAAUGGACAGGAAGCUGCAGCUGCAGCAGACUAAUAGGCAAGCGAGAUUUUUGUUUAACUGACAACUUUAGAAGGCCUUAGGGAUGAGGGAAGGGCAGUUUGUGAAAACAGCAUGCAGCAUACUACUGAAAAACGUAGCUAUUUUCUGCAUCCUUUAUAUUUAAUUAGGAAAGGGACUUUGUAAGUGAUUAGGAAAUCAGAAUCCUGGUUAAUAAUCCAACUUUUGUUAGGCACUGCAACGUAUGUUGGGUAAAAAUCCAGAAUGUGGGUUCUUACAGCUCACAGCAAUCCUGUGUGUAUGUGUGUGUGUGUGUGUGGGAGAGAGAAUCAUAUUUGCUUUUUGAGCUGUGUAGAUGUUAUAUAAUAGCUGAACUACAGCACUAACCUUGAUCCUUUAUUAUAUGUUUAUGUAUCUGACUGUAUCUGUGUCUGUGUGUUAUGCUUCAAAACAUUUUCCUUCCUUUAUGUACUGUGCUUUUCACAGUGUUAUUCAGAAUCGCUGUUUCUCUGUAGCAAAAACAGCUUUUGUGACCUGGGGAAACCUCCAUGUUUAGAAAACCUCAAGCAGAAGCAACAGAUGUGGUUUGAGAAAUUCUUUAUUUAGACUAGCACUUAGUGUUCACUUUAUUCUUCUUGAAAAUCUGCUUUCUGCAAGGAGUUUGUAUGUGUGUGGCUCUUUUUUUAAGUUUCUUUUGCUGAAACAGGCCUAGUUUAGCCUGUCUUCUCUGUGCACAGGAUGGCUCCUGCUUGCCAGAGCUGCACAAAGAUAAUAGCUCAGGAAGUGUUUCAGCCAAUCCCCUGAAGCUUUACAUUCAGAUUUUCCAAAGUAGCCAAUCCAGGAUUAGCUUUUAUUAGGAAGACAGAUCAUCAAGCUGAAGUGCCAAGCCCUUUCUGUCUGAGUACUGAGAGCCUGUCCUCCAUGUUUUAUAAGUAUUGACAUAACACUGUGUUAACAAUGCAUCCACAGAGGUAAGCUUUACUUUUUUACAUUUUUUUCCUCUAAAACCUAUGAGUUGUGGUUUAACAGUGUGAUUCUCUGUGAUUUGUCGCGCAAAACUCACCCCACAGCACUUUAUUAAGUUGAAAAUGUUUAAAUUUGCUUUCUUGGGUCACAUGAUUUAGUAGCCAUUAGCCAUAGCUUUAUUUUACAGACUGGCAAAACGUUUGCAUACAUACUUCUUCACAAGGGGAUGGUGGUUUUUAGAGUUUGUCAAGAUACUGUUCUUCCAAAGCAGCUUUCUGUGUCUGAGCAGUUUGCCUGCACUAUUGUCUGUUGUGUCACAUGCCUGCUGAAGAGAAAAUGGAAGCUAGGGAGCAGAUGCAUUUAACUGCCCUACAGGGAGACAAGCAGGGAUAAUGGCAGACAGCAGAACAGGCAAGUUUACCUUUUCAAACAGUGAAAAGAAGAGCUAUGCUAAGUUAUCCCUGAUAAAAUAUGGGAUUUUUAGCAGCCUAGACUGCAGUAAAUAGUGCUAAUGGUAGAUUGAAGAUACUGGGCCUAACUGGUGGAUUGCUAUUGCAUCAUGUUUUUUGUGCAGUUUUGCCUUAACUUAAAAUGGAUAUUUAACUCUCUCUUUUUUAACAGGAUCCUUAGAAGCAGUGUGUGCAUUUUUCUGGAUGAGAAUAUAUAGCUUACAAGCUGUCUCUUUAAAAAUGACUUUCUUAUUGUAGGUUUUAGAAAUAGUUAAGGUCUAGGUCUGAAUCCACCAGGCAUAGCUAUGCAUCUCUUCCAGUGUCUUACCUAUUUAAAGACAAUUCAAUUUUUAACUAUUAUCUACCUUUUAUUUAGUACAGAUAAAACGAUUUGACUUUUUAACUGUGCUUUUCUCAUCUGUAAAAAAUCAGGCACAGUUCUCAGAGGUGGAGUGAUAUAAAAUCAUGUGUGGUUCAUGAGAGCAUUACAUGUUCAUUUUUUCCCUCCUUUUCGGGCUUUUCUGGUUUUUGGCAUGAUGCUACGUAAUUAUUUCAAAAAUUUCCUUUUGGUCAAAUCCCAAAUCUGCCAGCUUCUUGUAUCCUAUUUACUGGGGGAAAUGAGAUGGUUGCUUGAACACUUGGUAAGUAAACUUGUAUACUAUUCUUUGAUAAUUUUAAACAGUUCUCAAUCUUUUGCUUUUAACAGGGCAAAAUUAAUCCAGCCAGUGAAUUUUUGUGGCUAGCUAGUUCAGUAAAAAUAAAUAUUGUUGUAUUCUCAAAAUUCUGUUCAUUCAAACAGAGUGCUUUUCACAAUGUUCUGCCACACAUGAAAUGUAUACUUCCUGUUUUCCUCUGAAAACAAAAUUCUGCUUAUUCUUUGUUCCUAGACCCCCUUAAUUAAUGCAUUUGCAGGUUAAAGCUCAAUUCAGACUUUCCUCAGGCUUUUGAAGUGUGAUGAAUGUGCUAGUUCUCAGCAAAGUAAUUUACUACAUUGUUAUAAGGCUAUCCUUCAGUAACUCUAUGCUUUUGUUAUCCUAUGAUAUAUCAUCCAGCAUGAAAUUUGGUUUUAGAACCACUUUUGAGUAUCUUGUGCUUUUAAAAUAAUCUGGAACUGAGACAUUUUGUAUGCAUGUCUCAACAAGCAGCUUUUCAUUUAACAUUUUCUCACAGCAUUACACUCUGCUGUGUGUUCAGUUUGUGCAUAGUUUUGUAACAGUGCAAUUCACAAUAUUAUACAAAUGUAUCUUCUGAAAGAAUGCCUUGUCACCAUUUGUGCAGGGGCCUCAUGAUGAUUAUAAACUGCUAUCUAGUAUCCCUUUUACUGUGAUUUUUGUCCUUAAGCUCUAUCGCUUGUUGAAAAGCUCCAAAGUAUGUACCAUUAAGAAUACCUAAUUCAGAUUAUUCUCUUCCCCUCCCCUCAUUUCUAAAGAAGCUGACAUUUAUUAUCGGGCUUUUAUGCUAUUUUAGAAUUUAUUACCAAUAUACCUUAAAUGUUUAGUUCCAAUGGUUGUCAAAACUGUGCUCAGAUGUAUUUUUCUUGCAGCACUUUAUUACACGUUAGCAGCUGGGUGUGGAAUCUUAACAUUACACAAUAUGAUCUUAUGAAGAAGCUGGAGAAAAUGAGCUUGAAUUAAAAUGGCUCCCCUAGGUUUUGUUGAAGAAGGAUGUGUCUCAAAUCUGCACCUUCAGAGGUAUUGUUGACAGGGGGAGGCAUAUUUGCAUGGACUACCCUUGUGCACAUAAUGAAACACAGCAUCACAAGUCCCCUGAAGUUCACCCUUUUAAAUGUUCAAAUGCUAAUUCUUUCAUAGUUCACAAAAUAUAAAUGUCUGCAUUGCAGCAAGAUGUCUGAGGCAAGGAGAGACAGCAGUGUUGUUUCCAGAUCAGACCAAUCAUGCUGUUCUUUCGAGAGCCUGAGCCAAUAGAAACAGAGGAUAGGUUAAAGAUUGGCAAAUACUGUAGCAAGGCUAAGAGAGGCCUUCUGGAAAUUUCUCCCAUCUUUGUUCCAUCAAAGUAAAGCAAAUUCAGCCAAACUGAGGAAUUCCAAUUAAAAAGAAAUGUUUUUGCAAAGUAUAACAGUCACUUUUAUGGAUGCCAUAUCCUUAGAAGCACGGUGUGCCAACCCAUCCCACCCUUUUUGAGCCAGGUGAUGUUUUUGUCUUUAAACAACAGAGGGUGGGUAGAUGAAUACUUAAAUCAUUUUGCCCAGGCAGUACUGAAUCUUGAAAGUUUUGUUGUUGACUGUAGUUUGUAUGAAGCAACAUAACUGUGAUUUGGUCUUCUGAUAGAAAACAAUAGUUUUGGCAAUAAGGAAGUAUUAUAAUUCCAAUUUAUUUAUUUUUAGCAGCUACAUAUUUUUUUAGCUUGGCCAGUAUGAAUAUAAUUCACCACUAUUAUUUAGACAUCAUUCGGUUACUUUUGUAAUUGACUCUGCAGAGAUCAGAACUGAAAAACAAAGCGUUCUGGUUUAGAAAAUAAAAUAAAAACAUUAGCUUUAAAAAGACCACAUGCCUUUCAUUCUGAGUAGCAGUACUAUUUUAGUUUUGAGCUAAAUGGAAGUGGGUAAGCUUAUUGAUAGCAUUUGACAUUGCAGGGAAAGGAAAGGGUUCCUUAUGUAAAGUGUCCAAAAAGGAAUGCUUCUCUCCGCCCCCCCCUUCCUUCAGCAGCUGCUUUGCUGACAUUGGAAGAACCAUAUGCAAAACAGCCCCUAGGUUUUCCAACACAUUUGUAAAUAUGACAUCCAUGUACAUGAGCUUCUCUGUAUAAUGGCCACUCUCCCCCCUCCCUCGUUCAGAAAAGCAGCCAUGUUUGUUUUAUACCUGGCAAGAAAUAAAAGAAAUUCAAUCCCCUCUAAGACAGGUGCUACUUUGUAGUCAUCCGCUCUAGAGUGAUAAGUCUCAGUGCCAGCUAUGCCCUAGAUUCUGCUGAGCCAAGAGUAUCAACUUAAAGAGCCCCAGAUGGCAUCUUGGCAUUCUGGGAGCUGUGCUUGUACCAAAUUCUCUACAUAGCACCACAAAAUAGGUGCACUAGGCCUUAAGAUUGGACUUUCAAAACCUGUUGUUAGAAACCAGGGCCCAAUGUAUUUCCCCCCACAGAAUCUGUUACUGAGUUUAACAUAUUUUGCUACAAUCAGACAUGUUUUUCCCCUUCAGUGAUAACAAUUUAUUGUCAGAGCCCAUGACGUUGAGUGAUUCAAAAUAUGAUAAAAAGAAACCUUUAUCCUGAGGUAAUAUUCACAGCACUAAUCGAGUGUUGGUUGUGCACAAAGGAAUAUACUCAGUUAUGUUUCCAUAUUUUGGAGGUGUUCAGCCGGAGUUGGCUUAGGCAUGUCAACUUCUCCAUGGGAUUGAGCUGUUAGUAUUAUAAGAAACCUAUUAUGCCAUAUAAGUCUUAAUUAAACAGUUGCUUGCAAGAUCCUGUAAUAUGUGAACAUUAUUACCACUUUCUCAUGCUUUUAAGGAAAAAGCACAUUUAAAAUGUAUGUAUGCAUCUGGAUUUAAACUGCUUAAUUUGUCUUGUACGUGUUGUCAGUAUUAUUUAAAUUUAAUACACAUUAGGCUUUUUGCAGGGUAGCUGGAGAAACAUUUUCAGUGCUUGCACAUGCAGACUGAAGCCAGCAUCUAAAAUGGAAGGAUUUCCUUAGUAACCUGUGACUUCAUAGAGCUCCCUGUCUUCUGAAUUUUAGUUACACAUUAGGUUGUCAGAUAUCACUGUGUCAUCUUUUACCAUUUUUUCUGCUACCGAGAUGAUUGCUUUGAAUACAGUACUGCUGUUUAAACAAGGGACAUAGUUAUUGAAUAAAUUGCUACCAUUUUAGCUUUCAGUAUAGGAAUGAGGCAAUGCAGUGCUGCCAGACGCCAUUUUAAGAAUCCCUGCAUAAAUAGCAUAGCUACCGAUGAGUAAGAGACUGUUAUAGGUGAGUGCUUAUACACAGAUGCUAUUUAUUCAGUAAUGGCAUGCAAAAUACUUUGUCCAAUUUCUUAUUAAAUGCAAUUUCUGGACAUUUUAUUUUAUGAUUGCUGCUCACAAUCUGAGAGCAGCAAUUAUUACUUUGAAGCUAAAAAUGAAUUUAAAUGUUUAUGAUGUUAAAACAUUGUUUUUCAUUUAAAUGAAAUAGCUUCCAGAAAUGUAUAGUGCUUGAGAUUAACUUAAAUACAGUAAUUUCCAUAACUGAUACUAUUAUAUAUGUGGGCAAUAUCUUCUAGGUAGAUUUCCAUAUCAGAUUUCCUGGUUUAAAUGUCAAGGUGCAGCAGUUCAUCUACAACUUUUGAUUGCUGUCUAUAGUUAACCUAGGAUAAGGGAAUAUGCAGAUGUUUCUACAUUCAUAUUUUUAUUAUUCAGGGUGUAAUGAAAUGAUACUCUCUGAAGGAUAUAUCUUAUUUGUAUAAAUAAAAAAAACCUAUAAUACCUUAUGGAGGCAAAUUGGAAAUAUGAUUCUUUUUUUAGUUGUGAUAAAGAUAGAUAUGCUGCAAACCCAUAGGGUAUGUUUGUGUUCAUUUAUAACCCUCCUUUUUACUUCCCAUCUCCCAGCUUCCCUGUAAAAAUAAAGGAGGGGGAGAGCUUCCAUUUGCAAAUCAUCUCUGUCAUGCAAGUUAAAAAGUAUAUGAAGAACAACUUAGUUUUGUUUUAACAUUUGAGACUUAAUUGAGUGUGUGUUACUGAACCUGAUAAAUGCUGUAGUUAAUAUAAAUUUUAGUCAGUUAUGUUGUUGGCAAAGAUUUCCUCACAGAAGUGCUCUCUUCAGUGUCUUUUUCUAAGAAAAGAAUUCCCUCACAGAAUAUAUAUAUUUGUGGUGGUAGAAACUUCAAUACUAUUUGUGGUACACAGCUCUAGACUAGUAUAUUCUUAAAUGCACAGUAAAAGGCAAGAAAUAUCAGAUUACUAAAAUGAGCUGAAUGAAUUGUUGGUGAAUGUGGUAGGAAAGAUGUUGUAUAUUUACCCCUCAGUUUUUUACUGGUUUUCUUUAACAUUAUCUUUAAUAUUUUCUUUCUGGUUACAUUUCAUUUGAUGUCAAAGUGCACUUCCAUUUUUAAAAAAGCAAAAGAAUAGAAAGGAGUAUUAGGGAAAAGAAAAGCAUUGCAAAAGUACUGAAUCACAGCUGUUUGGGAAAUGUUUUCUUUUGAGAUUGUCUCUUUAAAUCUUUUAUUUAAACUGCUGGUGAGAUGAAUGAGAUAUUGUAUUUAAACAGCCUGCAAACAAUUCUUAUGGAGAAUUAAAGGCUAGAACCUUUAUUUUUUUAAAUAGAAACAUAAGAAGCUGCAGUGUACAGAAGCAGAUCAUUGGUCUGUCCAGUUCAUUGGUCCAUUUAGCUCAGUAUUGUCUGCACUGACUGGCAGUGAUUCUCCAGGGUGUCAAAGUCUUUGCCAGCUCUACCUGGAGAGGCAAGUGAUUGAAUUUGGGACCUUUUCCAUGCACAGUGUGUUCUCCACUAUGAAGUUAUGCCCCCGCCCCCCCGGUAUUUAGGACUUGGAAAGCUGCUAUAAUUCAGAAGAGUAUCACAAAAAUCCUGACUUCAAGAACCCAGCAUAAUUUACACUGUCUUAAGUUAAAACUGUGUAAAUUACCCCAUUCCUAACUCUGUUCAAGAGCAGGGCUACUGCCAGCUGAGCUGGCCUGAGACUGGCAGUGGGAAAACAAAAAUAGAAUUUGACUUACACCAGUAUGCCACCCCUUUUGAUGUUAUAGGUUUGGCGCGGUCACCAGCUCUUGUGACCAAGUGCAACGGUGUUCAGAUUCUGCCCACCCCACCCCAAAACACCCAUUUUAAAGGGCUUAUUCUCAUGGAAGAUAUACCAGUCUCAGUUCAGCCAGCAUAGUCAGUUUGAGGGAGUUAUGCCAGUGUAUCUCUGGCUAAACCAGAAUGUGGGGCAUAUGCCGACAUGGCCUGGUUGAGCUGUAGAUCCUCUGGAUCCUCACUUAGCCAUCCCAGCGAACCUUGGGUUUGGAACGUUCCUUAAAUUACAUAUAGUGUGAUUAAAAUUAAAAUGGAAGGUUAUUCUCUAUGUACAAAAUUUCACCACUAUAACCCCAGUUGAUAAGUGGAACGAGUGUGUGUUUAUAGCUGCCAGAAAAUGCAGGGUUAUUCUAGCCCCAUAAUGCAAAACCAUUGUGACAAUUGGUAAACAUAUAUCUGUAUAAUGUUUCGCUGAUCUUGGGAUUCUGAUAGAGUAGUGUAUAUAACAGAGAUGUGAAGUCAAAUCUAUGGUCCUAUCCUUAAUCUAUUUACAAAAAAGUAUUCUGUUUUCGAUGUAAUUAAUUACCACUAAAAUGUGUUAACUGUUGUCUUGCACAAUUUUAGAAAAUUGAGAAAUUUCAGAACUGUGGGGCAUUUGGAAGAGCAGCAGAGAAGAGGCAGAAGUAAUUUAUUGUAUCUAUUUCUGUCAUGCCUGCAAAGAGAACAUUAUCUUAUCUGCAAAUAUGUAGAUAGAAAUUAGCUCAGAGUAUUCUAAAUACUUCGAAAAAGAUUUUUGACAGUUGACUCCUAAAGAAUGAAUUAGGGCAUUGUAUGCGGGUGGCGCUGUGGGUUAAACCACAGAGCCUAGGACUUGCCGAUCAGAAGGUCGGCGGUUCGAAUCCCCGCGACGGAGUGAGCUCCCAUUGCUCGGUCCCUGCUCCUGCCAACCUAGCAGUUCGAAAGCACGUCAAAGUACAAGCAGAUAAAUAGUUACCACUCCGGCGGUAAGAUAAACGGCGUUUCCGUGCGCUGCUCUGGUUCACCAGAAGUGGCUUAGUCAUGCUGGCCACAUGACCUGGAAGCUGUAUGCCGGCUCCCUCAGCCAAUAAAGUGAGAUGAGCGCCGCAACCCCAGAGUCGGCCACGACUGGACCUAAUGGUCAGGGGUCCCUUUACCUUUACCUUACAGAUCAUUAGUUGCUUAAAAACGAGCAGAAGGGCAUAGUGGGCUUCCCCAAGAAUUGUUAUGGAAUUUGUAUAAUUUAAGCUAUGCAUAAAUGAUCUAGUCAUGGAUAAAGAACCAAGUUCUCAAGUUUAACAAUGACUACCAAGUUAUUCUGGAUACCAAGCAACCGGCAAAGAUUCCCAAAGCAAGCUCUGUAUGCUGUUACUGUGUUCUCCUUGUCAUGUUGGCUCUUCUAGAGCUGGAGCUGGUGUAGACCAGGCAUAGGCAAACUCAGCCCUCCAGAUGUUUUGAGACUACAACUCCCAUCAUCCCUAGCUAACAGGACCAGUGGUCAGGGAUGAUGAGAUUUAUAGUCCCAAAACAUCUGGAGAGACGAGUUUGCCUAUGCCUGGUGUAGACAAUAGCAAAUGGAAUAAUAAAGACACAGUCUUAGUUGUAAGGAAGGCUAAAGAGGAUGAACUGCCCUGAGACCUCCAGGCAUAGGGCGGUAUAUAAAUUCAAUAAAUAAAUAAAUAAAUAAAAUAUAGCUUUUGCGUAGUUCCUUAUACCAGAUGGAUGUGAAAUUGCCAGCUCUGGAUGGGGUUACACUCUCUCUAAAGGAGCAGUCACAUAGCUUGGGGAUACUUCUGGUUCCAUCACUGUUACUUGAGGCUUAAGUGACUUUGGUGGCGUGGAGUGGCCCACCAAUGUGGAGCUCCAAUAUGCUCCAAUGUGGAGACGAAGAGCCUAGUUUCUGUUUUCUACACUCUGGUAAUCUCUAGGUUAAUUACUUCAAUCUAUUGCACUUGGGGCUGCCUUUGAAGAUCGUUUGGAAACUGCAGGUAGUAUAGAAUUCAGCUUCCUGGAUGCUCACCAGGACAAUAUGUAUGGUCUGAGCAUAUAACACUAAUCUUGGUCUGUCUGCUCUGGCUUCCAAUUAGUUUCUGGGCCAAUUUCAAAUUGCUGGUUUUGACCUAUAGAAUGUUGUGUAGCUCAGGACCUCAAGGACCAGCUGUCUCCAUAUAAACCAACCCAGACCCUGCAAUUGUCAUCUGAGACCCUUCUUCAUGUGCCACCUCCACAGGAGGCCCAUAGAGUGGCAACACAAGAAUUAACCUUUUUAGUAGCUGCUCCCUUAUGGAAUGUUCUCCCUAGGGCACCAUCAUUAAAAUAUUAGACAAUUUCUACAGGACAGAUUUGAUAGCCAUUAGACAUGAUAGUUAAAAAUGGGAACUUCCAGUUCAUAUGUGGUAUAUAUUGAUUACUAAGUGCAAGAGGUGAUCAAAGACAGAAUGACUAUUGCCAUCAUGCCUUCAGUGGCCACCUUUAGGCAUUUGUCUUUAGGCAUGGUUUACAUGGUUUACAAAGCCAUGGGUGCAAAGGCUUCUCUCACCCCUCUUCUUCCCACUGUGCACUAGGUUCAAUGUGGAAAUCCAUUAAGUCAGAGUUACCCAUUUUGCUUGAAACUGGGAGCUCUGGCUUAAUGUCAUUUAACACACUGGGCUAAUAAGGCAUGAAUUAUGAAGCCAUGGAUGAUUGCCUUUUGUGAGCUUCCCAGAGACAUAUGGCCAACUGUUUUUAGAAACAGAAUGCAGGGCCUUGAAUUCUUGUUAUUUCAUGACCUUAAGUAUUCCUGCUGUGUCCUAUUUGAACCUCUGCCAUCUAAUCAUUUAUAUUCCGUAUUAUUCUGGUUGGUGGCACCUGGGCAGGUUUCACAGGUGUUGGCAGCUCCAAUGAGUCUCAGACAUUUGGAGAGCCAUAAGACAAUUUCCUGCUUUUUGACUGAAGCAUAUUGCAAUAAGAAUAAACUCCCAUGUUUCCCCUCAGCUAUGGAGACAAACUGGACUUGUAUAACCAAAGCCUGGAAAGCAGGGAAGGGGUGGUUUUUCCAAGUUGUGUCUGCCAGGGUUUUUAGUUCAUCACCAGAGCAGAUCUAAGGCUUGAGGAAGUUGUCUGUAUAAAUUGAUACUUCUCUUUCUAGUUUCUAUUUCUGAGUUCCUGGUGUUGUGCCUGGCAUUGGAUGAACAGGACAGAUUAGGGAUUGUGUUUGUAUAACACCCACCUUGCUCCCGACAGUCUCCCCGCCUGAGCAUCUGGGAUGUAGUGUGGAGAUUCUCCAGGCUUUCAGUCCUGGGGUAUUUUAACAUCCAUGCUGAGGCUGCUGUUUCUGGGGCAGCUCAAGACUUCACAGGGUUGUCCCAACCUGUCUUCAACCCAACACACUUAGCUGAUCACACACCAGACCUGAUUUUCUUGGUGGGGUAGGAAGAGAGUGAUCUGAAGGUGAUCACUUUUGAUACCAUUUCCUUGGCAUGAUCAGCUCACCUGUUGAGGUUCAGAUUAACAGCAACUUUUCCCCCUCUGCUAGAAUGGUCUGCCCUAAUGUAUCCUAUUAGUUUCCUGUUGGCUCUGGGGUCUUCUCCAGAUGACAAGGUCUUGCAACCAUAUCAAAGAUCUGGUCACUCUGACGGAUAUAGAAAUGAUCCAGGCAGAUGACAUGAUUGCUCCUGAGUAUUCUCUUCCACUUAGCCAAGCCUGGGGUGGCACUGUGGUAUACCACAAAGCAGAAGGCAGUGAUACCAGUUGGAAAACAGCUAGAAUGCAAAUGGAGAAAGUCUCCAAACAAUAUAAUUGAACUCAAGUGCAUGCUCGUAUAGUGUUAGAAACUGAGAUAUGAAAGCUAGGAGCUAAAUGGCACCCUAAACCUAGGUUAUGGGCACAAAAACAAAAUGUCUAGACACACUUGUUUAUAAGAACAUCACAAAGCUGAAAAUGAAAGAACUACAGCUAAAAUAUUCAUUUUUCACAUGGUCUAAUCUUUUCCCUGAUUACCCUCCUAAUAUUCUUAAGAGGGGUCUCUUCUCCAGUCUUCAGAGAGUAGCCAGGAGUGGGGAGACAGAAAAAGGUCCUCCUUUCCUUCCACUCUGCAGUUUUUAUCUGAAAUCUUUGGUGCAGUAUUGUGCCCAGAGCUCAGAAACUGCUCGCACUUAGGAAAUUCCCUGUUGAGCCUGCUUUGUGGUGGAAAGCAUCAAGGAAGAGUUGCUUCUCUGCCUCCAUUGCACCCUUGGUGUCAUAUUCAGUGGAGCUUUAUAGAGUAGUACAGUAUGGAGCUUUUACAUAGUGGCUGAAAGGAAGUGGUAGGACACAUAGUCGUCUGCACUGACUUUUUGCAAGGCUUUUGAGAAUAAAAUUGCUUGUAUUCAUGGGGACCUAGACUCCACUAUUGUAGUGGAUCAGUAGUAAGGGGUACCUUGUGCUUUCAGGUCAGUUGUUGGAAAAUUUGUUUCAAUUGAUAAGGUUCAAGGAUGUGGAUGGGAGUGGUUGACCAUUUGUGUUCUUGGCCCUUGACCCUUGUGGUUGAUAACAUAUGACAGGGAGAGGACUGCUAGCUGACCAAGGAGUGGUGCCCCGCAAGAUGAAUGCCUCGCAAGACGAAGCCUCGCAAGACGAAAAACUCGCUAGACGAAAGACUUUUCCGUUUUUUGAGUCGUUCCGCAAGACGAAUUUCCCUAUGGGCUUACUUCGCAAGACGAAACGUCUUGCGAGUUUGUUUCCUUUUUCUUAAAGCCGCUAAGCCGUUAAUAGCCGUUAAGCCGCUAAUAGCCGCUAAGCCGCUAAUAGCCGUGCUUCGCAAGACGAAGAGACUCGCGGAACGGAUUAAUUUCGCCUUGCGAGGCACCACUGUAUAUUAGUCCCUCUCUAAAAGAAGGAGUGGUCCCAGGCUGCCUGAAAGAAGUGAGAGUUAGACCACACCUUAAGAAAGCUUUCUUGUUACUACAUGAUCUUAAUAACUAAUGGCCAGUAAGCGCUAAUGGUUUUAAUUAUGCUAUAAAUUACUUUUUUAAAAAAAUCACAAAUAGUUUCCAUGAAAAAUGUGUCCAUUUUCACUAAACCUCAUUCUGUGUCUCAGGGUUAGGGUUCACCAUGGCAAUUUGUUUUCUGUGGGCAACUCAUUUAUUCUCAUUUUGUUUCAGAUUUAAAAAAUAUAUUUAAUGUGCUGCAAUGGUAUUUUAGAAAACAAAUUUCCAGACUAGGCUCUAAGAAAUGCAGUCACCAUAGUGCCUUGAAUAUUAUCUCUGUAUAUUUGUCAUUUACAGAAUUGCAAUAGAAACCCAUACAACUCUUACCUUCUCUGCUUUCUACCAACUUUCUUAGCCUGAACAUUGUAUUUAUUUAUUUAUUGGAUUUAUAUACCAUAUUUCUUCCAAAGUGCCCAAAUCAAACACCAAUGUAAUUUAUUGUAUCAAUACUUCUGAAAUGUACCUAAUACAUCUUUGUAUUCAACAUUUCUUAUAGGAGUUGACAUUACUACUACUCAGAACUGUCAAUUCUUGAUAGGUAACAUAAAUUAUUUCUUGCAAAGGUGGAUUCAGGAUCUUAGCCAAGCGCAGAACUAUUUUGACCCCUCCUCUUUCCUGUCCCCAUUGCUCAGUACCCUUGGUAUGUGUAGGUGAUAGCAUACCAGAGAUCCUUAUGAGGUUGGUGUGUACUCUAGUGUUGAAAUUUGGAUGAGAGUAUUAACUCCACUGUUGCCACCCUACCCAUCCACUGCAGUAGCACAUGGAAGUGAGAAUCAGGCUGCUAGUCAGCUUCCCUUCCUCUUUAAGGCCGCAAUAUGUAAACUACAGUGUGAAAAUAAUAAUCUUAAGUAUCUCUUUCCUUUCUUAGCUUGGCUGAAGAAGAAAUAAAGGCAGAGCAGGAGGUGGUGGAAGGGAUGGAUAUCUCCACUCGAUCUAAAGGUGAGUUAAAACAGUGUUUCUGUUCCUCAGAGCAUAAGGUGAAUACUGGCGAACGUUGCUUCAUCUGGUGACUUGGAACCUUUGACAUUGAUUUGACCUAUGCUCCUGCUCCUAUGAGUACUGUGGCAUAACUCUUUUACAAAUGCCAUUCUUUUGGUUCCUGCCCAAACACUUAAUAUUUAUUAUUAGAUCAUUAAUCUUAUUUUGUCCUGUAUCUCAGUGAAUGAACAUCAUUAAAAGGUCACCAUCCACUCUUUAAAUACUGUAGUUUUAUCGUUGUUUCCCAUAUUCAUUAUAUUGCCACCAUGUUCUUUCUCCCAAACCUUCUGCUCAGCUAAAGCUCUGUGUUAUGCUCUGGUCAUAUUCUGCUAUGACUCACAUUGAGCUGUUUUUCAUCUUAUCUAACACAAAUCUGGCAAAAUCAUUCAUCUUUCUCAGUGUUCAGGCCAUGUGACAACUUUUCUCAAAUUCUUAUGCUGGCAUUCCCUUUCCCUUCUACAUCCAGUACAAAGUACUUGCUUUUUUAAAGCUCCCGUCACAAAGCUUUGUUUUCAUAACCCAGUAUUUCUGUCAAUGAUCAUCACUUCUCCAGCUCUACCAUACUGAGUUGCCUUAAAGUCUCUCUUUCUUGUAAAAGCUCUACCCAGUCUCCCUUGCUGCCUCUUAGGUAUAACUACCUCCAAGAAUACCUAUAGGUUUCUACCUGCAUUUGCCCCCAUUCAUCCCUUGUUGUUCCCACCCCUGCCCCCCACGAUCUAAAUUUAGAUUGUGUAUGAGUUCCUUAGGGCACACAUUAUUCCCUUAAGCACUAUAUACUCUGGUGGUGGUAUAUGCUAAUACACCUAAUAUAACAGUUCUUCUGUGCCUCUCUGUGGGAUAUUGGGGAGAAGACUUCCAUUUGGGAGCCCUCUUAGUUAUACCAAGUCAUAGCCAGCCAGACUCACACUCUCAGUUUCUCCUUUCUAGCAUUGGAGAGUAUGGCUCCAUGACUUGGAAUGGAGGAAGUAGACUGCAGUAUUAAUCCCUUUUUAGUCUUGCUCUUUCUGUGACUUGUUCACCCUUUGUGCAAAGAAAUGCAAUUUUAGUUUUGCUAGUUGCACUGUGGAGCACUUACUGUUGUUACACUGUAUUGCAAAUAAUUGGGGAAAGGGGCACCUAAAGCCUUUUCUUUUGGCAAAUUUGGACAUUAUACUUGCAUCAAUAAGCAUCUAUUUAGCACUUUUCCUUGUUGUUCAAAGUGCUUUACAUAUUGAGAGGAUAUGAUUUUCACAACAACUCCGAAAGGCAAGCCAGAAUUAUUAUUUUUGUUAUCAGUUGUGAGUGCUGUAACUAAGAUACACAGUGGCUCGUCUACUACCUUAUGAAUUUAUUGAUGAGGUAAGAUUUGAACUGGAGACUUUGCUGCUCAUUCUUGGUUAGUACAUCAUGUCAUGUCAACACAGCUCAGUUAUGCCUUUGAUAAUGUGAAAAUUAAAUGAGUUCCCAUCUCCUCUCAAUUUAAAUAGUUCCAAAGUAGCAAAUCUCUAAUUAUAGGCCACAACAAGUGCAAAGUAUACAUUGAAUUCUCUCAUAUUUUUUUCUCCUAAGUUAUUCAUUUUUCAUGUAACAAAAUAUAAUAUUGGAAACCUAUGGGACUGUUUACAUUUUCCUUCAUGGAGAAUAUUUUGCUGGAAUCCAAGAUCAUGAAUGAUGGCUGUUUAUAAAUAAGUUGUGACACUACAUAAAGUUGCAUUUUAUUUUUGUCAUUUCGGUAAUUAUUUUGGGUAAAAAAGCACGGACCCUCUUCUGAAAGGUGGGCUGCCAUAUGUCCAUUUUUCCCCAGACACACCAGCUUUUUUAGACUUAACAUUUCUGUCCAGGUGGAUUUUUAAAAUUUGGCAAAAUGUCCAGGUGUUGUUGUUUGCUGUCAUCAUGGGUAGGGAGAGGGUUUGUGGCUGAAGCACAAAUAAAAGGAAAGGGAAGUCCCAUUUCAUGAGCAGAAGACAAAUCUGCAAGUGGGCUGACACUGUUGGAUGAAAAUCAAUUGCAUCUGGACUUCUGGCAAGGCAAGAUGGCAACCGCCACAGGAUCGGCAAGCUGCUAGGAAAAAUACAAUACCAGCGGGAGCGUCUGGCUGGUCCUUGCACCUCCAAAGCUGUUGUUGCAGCUGUUGCUGCAGGCAGAGAGGAGCCCAAUGGGAGUGAGGGAACUGGAGAGUUCGUGGAGAAAUGUGUCUCCCUGGGCGCCUCUCAUCCUGGGAUGGAGACAGACCCAGCUGGUGGCCUGAUAGAACCUGGAGGCCCAGGAGAACUGUGUGGUAGGACAGGAACAACAGGAGCCUCUCCCUUGUACUGAGUGGCCGCUGAGCUGCUGCUACUGCCGCCUUUACAGAGGAGAGGCCGAGAGGGAUCAGAGACGGGUGGAGCAGGCCAUGUGGAGGCGUGCCACCAGGACUGACCUGCUGAGGAGGAGCGCAGUAGCCUCUGGGGGACUGUGUGGGAAGUGGAGGAAGAGACUGUUCAGGCAAGGGACACGCUGAUCAGAUUCCCGCCAUCCACUACCCCACUGUUUCCUGGGACCUGGAGCAGAUGGAAGAGGCAAAUGCAGCAGCAACUUCCUUGUGUAGGAGAAGUGACUGUUACUUGUCCACACUCCAUAAUAUGAGGAUACUUAAGCACACGGUGGGGGCGUGGUCCCACUUUAAAUGUGUGGUUUUGUCAUUACAGAAUUUAACUACCAGCCAUUUGUUCUCUUUGCUUGGGUGUGUUCAGGACAAACUGGUAUUCAGAAGCAUUAUUGUCACACAUAACAGUAAAUCAUGGUGUAACAGUUUAGUGCUACAUGAACGAGUCUGCAUGUGCAAAGCAUUGGGCUUGCAUGCUCCCCCUUUCCCUAUCCUCUUUCCAGUGUUACAGAAUCCUUAUGAGAAAAGGUUGCAGCAUUUGAGACUGUUUAGUUUAGAGAAAAGGUAAGAGAGAGAAAUUUAUAAAAUUAUGUAUGGAGAAAGUGGAUAGAGAACUCCCCCCCCCAAUAACACUAGAACUCAUGGACACCCAAUGAAACUCAAUGUUGGAAGAUUCAGAACAGAUAAAAUGAAAUAUUUAUUCACACAGUUAGACUAUGGAACCCACUCCCACAGGAGGCAGUGAUGGCCACCAACCUAGAUGGCUUUAAAAGAGUUUUGGACAAAUUCAUGGAGCAGAGGACUAUCAAUGGCUUCUAGCCAUGAUGCCUAUGCUCUACCUCCACAGUUGAAGGAACCAAUGCUCUUGAAAACAAGUUGCUGGAGGGGAGAGUGCUCUUGUGCUGGAAUCCAGCUUGCAGGUUUCCCACAAACAUCUGGUUGACCACUGGGAAAACAGGAUGCUAGACUGGAUGUGCCAUUGACCUGAUCCAUCAGGCUCUUAUAUGCUUAUGUUUUGUUUUAGACCAUGAUCCUUGGUUCAAAUAUAACAGUAAACUGGGGUUCUGUAAAACUAAACUUAGCUGAUGUCAUAUUCCCAGCCAUGCUGGAGGAAAAGGAGACAGGAGCUUGCAUGCUCAGCAUUUUGCUGGAGUUUAACACUCAUCCACAGAUCAUGAACUAUGGUUUAGCAAUGCAUUACAUGCAAACAUGACCAUUGAGUUUGUAUUGUCACUUGGAAGUAUUCAUAGUCCUUUUCUCCUUUAGACAGCUUUUGUAGUGAUGAAUUUGGUGUUUGUUGUGAUGGGAUGAUGAGCUGCUUGUGCGUAAAAUGAUAUCCCCUCAGAGUUUGUUCAAGUCCACAAACCUCUGUCUGUGACGGAGCCCCUCAGACAUGGCUGCUCUAGUCACUAGCAGAUUCCGACAGUGGUUGCUUUCGUAAUCGCUUCCAACAUAAAAGCUCCUUAACGGAAACACGUCUUCUGGAAUCUCUGCGUGACAGUUUCCGGCGAGGAGUGGGUGUUCUUACAGGAGGUCCUGAAACCUCCCCACUGUUUUCGCUGGAAGUGUCUCUGAGCCAUCCCUCCAGCUCAGCUCCUCUCCCCUGCUGGUUCCUUCUUCAGCUGCUGCGUCUCUCCCAACCUGUGUGAGCCCUUUCACCUCCCUGUUGGUUCCCUCUUCAGCUGCUGCGUCUCUCCCAACCUGUGUGAGCCCUUUCACCUCCCUUCCGUCCGAUGGCAGUUCCCUGACAUCCACCUCCCCUCCAGGGCCCCCUUCCCCUCCUCUACGGGCGGUGAGGAGGCAAAACCCCGGAAUGAACUUCCUUCAUCUUCCGAUGUCUCGAACACUUCUCUCAACCUGUUGCGGUUCCUGGUCUCGAAGUACACCUCCUCCUCAGAGUCCAUCUCCCCUUCCCCUUCCGAGUCCGGGAAUCCUUCCAACUCCUCCCCUUCAUCAGUGGUCCCAAAGUAUUCCCUCCGGAACCUCUCCACAGGCUGAGGUUUCCUUGGGAACCUUUGAUGGAACGUUUCUAUCAAUACCUCGUCAUUGAUAUCUUCAGCCAUUACCCAAGUGUUUUCUGACUCCGGUUCUCCUUCCCACGCUACCAAAUACUCCACCUGAUCCCCCUUCCACCUGGCGUCGAGGAUUUCAGCCACAUGGCUGCUGCAUUCUCUUUCUUCUACGACCGGUCCCCGAGUGGCCAGCCCUUCUCGUCCCCUUCGUACGGUGACAGUAACGACCUGUGAAAUACUGGGUGCAGUUUCAUGUGGUUGGGUAACCGGAGCCUGAAAGCCACUGGGUUGACCUGUUGAAUGACCUCAAAGGGACCCAACCUCCUGGGUCUUAAUUUCUUACAACCUCCUUUGAACGGCAACCCUUGGGUUGACAGCCACACCCUAUCUCCCACCCUUAUGGUUUCACCUUCCCUUCGGUUCUUGUCUGCCUGCCUCUUGUAUUCUUCCUUCGCCCUUUCUAAGUUGAGUUGGAGCUGACGAUGGAUUGCUUCCAUUUCUUCCACAAAAUGUUCGGCUGCCGGGACGCUCCAUCUCUCCCCUCCCCCCUGGGAAAGCCCUGGGAUGACACCCAUAAUUAGCCAAGAAGGGGCUCAUCCCUGUGGACACAUUCUCGGCAUUGUUGUAGGCAAAUUCCGCCAGCGCCAACUUUUCUACCCAGUCAUUCUCUCUGUCAUUGACAUAACACCUCAGGUAUUGCUGGAGGACACCGCGUGCUCUUUCCGCCUGCCCGUUGGUUUCAGGGUGCCGGGCAGUCGAAAAAUUGACCUCCACCUGCAGUAAGCUCAUGAGCUUCCUCCAGAACCUGGAAGUAAAUUGUUUUCCUCGGUCUGAGACCACCCUCAAUGGCACCCCGUGCAACCUAAAAAUGUUUUCUACAAAUAACUUCGCUGUCUCUUCCGCCGUGACUGCAUGCGAGCAAGCUACAAAGUGGCACAUCUUUGUUAGUAGGUCUACCACCACCAUGAUGGCUGUUUUCCCUUUGGACUUCGGCAGAUCAGUCAUAAAAUCUAUCGACACUGCCUCCCAAGGUCGCUCUGGGGUUGGUAAGGGUUCUAACAGCCCCGCCGGCGCCCGCCUUUCCCUUUGGCUCGCUGGCAUUGCUCGCACCCUCUUACAUACUCACGUACAUCUUCCCUCACCUUAGGCCACCAAAAUUCCCUGGUGACCAACCACAUGGUUUUGUGUUGUCCAAAAUGCCCCGCCGUAGGGCUGUCGUGCAACUGCUUGAGUACCCUCCCCUUUAACUCUCCUUCAGGGAUAUACAGUGCCCCUUUGUAAUACAAAGCUCCAUUUCUUUCCUCGAAACCCCUGGUUCCUCUCCAUCACCCCUAAGACCUCUGAGCUUAUUCUGGGCGUAUUCAUCAUUCUCUGUUUCCUCUACCAGUUCUCUUUGUCCCACCAAUGCCGCCCCACACACCCAGCGGUCUUCUGGAAUGACAUGUCUCUCUUCGGGUGCCCCCUCCUCCAAAUAUUCAGGUUUGCGUGAGAGAGCGUCCGCCCUAAUGUUCUCUGGGCCUGGCACGUAACUAAUCUCAAAGUUAAAUUUGGAGAACUCCUGGGCCCAUCUCACUUGCCGUUGGUUGAGCACUCGUGCCGUCCUCCAAUACUCUAGGUUCUUGUGGUCGGUGCACACUUGCACCUUAUGUUGUGCGCCAAUUAGCAGGUGCCUCCAUCUCCGGAACGCCUCAUAAAUGGCUAGUAGUUCUCGGUCAUACACCGUGUAGUUCCUCUCGGAUUUGUUCAGCUUUCGCGAAAAAAGGCACACGGUCUCCACUCUGACCCCUUCUUGCCUGGCUGCAGAAGCACCGCCCCAAUCGCUCUGUCUGAUGCGUCAGUUUCCACUCUCAUCGGUUUUUGUAAAUCCACAUGCAGGAGUUGUUGUUCCGAGGCGAAGGCCCUUUUAGUUCCUCAAAUGCUCGCUCCGCCUCCUCAGUCCACACGAACUUCUUCUUACUGCUGAGACAGUCCGUAAUGGGCGCCGUCAGGUGGGCAAAGUUUCGGAUGAACUUACGAUAGAAGUUCCCAAAUCCUAGGAACCUCUGCACAUCCUUCUUUGUUUUGGGUGUUUUCCAUUCCAGUACCGCCUGGACCUUGCCGGGAUCCAUGGCCAAUCCCUUGUCUGACAGGCGAUACCCCAGGAAUUCCACCUCCUUGGUAUGAAACUGACACUUCUCCAGUUUCACCCACAGCAGGCUGGCUUGCAGCCUGCUCAACACUUCUCUGACGUCUCUCACAUGCUGCUCCUCAUUCUCAGAAUACACCAACACGUCGUCUAAAAAGGCCACACAAUUCUUGUAAAGCAAAGGCCCCAGGACGUGGUUCAUAAACGAUUGAAAUGUUGCGGAGCCUGCUUGUAGGCCGAAGGGCAUAACCAAAUAUUCAAAUGCCCCUAAAGGGGUGAACAUAGUGGUUUUCCAUUCAUCCCCCUUCCUUAUUCGUACCAGGUUGUACGCCCCCCUUAGGUCCAGCUUUGUGAAAAUCUUUCCCUUCCGCACCCUUGUCAAAAUGUCGUCAAUCCUGGGCAUAGGGAAGGCUACUGGUUCUGACACUGCAUUUAAGGCCCUGAAGUCACACACCAGCCUCGGCUUGUUCGUGUUUUUCUUAUCCACAAAAACACUGGGCUGCCCCCACCGCCCUGGACUCUCUGAUGAACCCUCUCUUCAGGUUCUUGUCAAUGAACUCUCUUAACUCCUGCAUCUCUCUGUCUGACAUGGCGUACAGCUUGCCUACAGGGAGCUGUGCUCCAGGGAGUAAGUUGAUUUGACAGUCAAAGGGUCUAUGCGGGGUAGUUGGUCAGCUUCCCUUUCGCUGAAGACGUCACGGAGAUCUGCAUAUUGUCGUGGUACCUUCACGUUCUCUGUUACUUCAGUCCCUGCUAGGGCGGCUUGGACCCCUGCCAAACCCUUUCCCUCUUUGCAGUGUUCUAAGCAAUGUGCUGAACCAAAAGAAACCACUCUCUGAUGCCAGCCCACCAGCGGAUCAUGUAACGCUAGCCAGCUCAUCCCCAAUAUAAUGGGAGCUCCUCCCAAGGUGGCCACAUUAAAAGCUAUCAGUUCGGUGUGCCUUGCUACCUUCAUUAUCAUUGGGACGGUCUGCAAGCUGACUUCUCCACCCAACAGCUCCCUGCCAUCGAUCGUGGUAACCUGCAGGGGGCUGCUUAAAGGGAUUGUCUGUAUCUGGUGUUCAGCUGCAAACUCUUUGCUCAUGAAAUUGCAGGAGCUGCCUGAGUCCAACAGCGCCUUUAUCUUUAGAGGGUGUCCGUUUGGCAGCUCUAGCGUCACUUCUAUCACUAGGGCGGGUUUAGGAGGUUCUGGCGUGGGCACUCUCACUGCUCUUUGGCCUGGCUGCUGUGCCCUGACAGUGGCAGCCAGGCGUUGGCUUUACUUGCUCCGGUAUUUUUCCUCUCUUCCAUCCACAGCUCCUACCAUCCCUUGCCAUUCUUUCCUCUGGGGGCAGACUCUGGCAAAGUGACCUGGCUGUUGGCAGAGAUAGCAUUUCCGGGCGCCUUUUCCCUCCUUCUUUGCCCCUCACUGGGCUUUGAAACUGCGCGCGCGCGCUGUUCCGAUUUCCAUCGGCUCUGCCGGUGGGAAAGUUGGCUCUGGAAUGUCUGGAAUGCGGAACUCCUUCCAACGUUCCCCUUCCCUUCCCGCCUCUCCAAUGCUCUCGCCUCCUGGCGCGCCUCCUAUGGCCAGCGCUGAUUUGGUCAGCUGGUCCAUAGACUCCGCCCUGGGCGCCCGGGAAAGUUCGUCUUUCACAGCCGAAGAAAGCCCUUCUUCAAAGAGCAUUUGAAUGGGUUCCGCCGAUAAGUCCCACCCCAAUCUGUGAACAAGCAUGGUGAACUCAGUCCAGUACUCACGGACAGAUCGGCUCCCUGUUUGCAACCCAUUAACUGUCUGCGCACCACUCCCUUUUCAAUAUCGCUGGAAAACAUCAGAUCCAUGGCGCGAAAGAACUUCAUCGUGUCCUUUAAGACGUCACUAUUCGCUGCCAUCAGGGGUCUAACCCAGUCUCUCGCCCCUUUUCAAGAUGCUCAAUCACGAAAGCCACUCGUGAUUCCUCGUCAGGGAAUUCAUCAAACUGCAGAUUGAGGGCAUAUUGCAUUUCUGUCCGAAAACCAUGAUAGUUUUUGGGCUCCCCAAACUUCUGCACCAAUCCUGGUACCUUUCUGGCGAACUGGGUGGCUUUCCCCUUUUGUCUGCAUCCUGAGCCCUCCUCUCCUCAAGCCUCGCCGUCUGCAUCGCUAGCUGGACCUCCAACAUCUGGUACCUUUCUUCCAGGCUUGGACCCGCUCCAGCUCCUGCUUCUCCGGUUCCUGCUGGGUUGCUCAUGAUGCCUUCUCCUGCACAAGCUGCUUUCAAAGACUGUCGGAAUGCUGUGAUGGGAUGAUGAGCUGCUUGUGCGUAAAAUCGAUAUCCCCUCAGAUUUUGUUCAAGUCCAAAAUACUCUGUCUGUGACGUUGAGACUCAGACAUGGCUGCUCUAGUCACUAGCAGAUUCCGACAGUGGUUGCUUUCGUAAUCGCUUCCAACAUAAAAGCUCCUUAACGGAAACACGUCUUCUGGAAUCUCUGCGUGACAGUUUCCGGCGAGGAGUGGGUGUUCUUACAGGAGGUUCUGAAACCUCCCCACUGUUUUCGCUGGAAGUGUCUCUGAGCCAUCCCUCCAGCUCAGCUCCUCUCCCCUGCUGGUUCCUUCUUCAGCUGCUGCGUCUCUCCCAACCUGUGUGAGCCCUUUCACCUCCCUGUUGGUUCCCUCUUCAGCUGCUGCGUCUCUCCCAACCUGUGUGAGCCCUUUCACCUCCCUUCCGUCCGAUGGCAGUUCCCUGACAUUUGUGUUCUAUGAUAUUUGACUGUGAACACAAUAUGGGUUGGUUUAAUGGCUUUUUAAUAUUUUUAUUGACACUGUAAGCUACCUAAAGUCUGUUGAUUGAGUAGAGUAUAAUGUAAAUAAGAAAUAUUUAAGAGGGCAUAAUUAUGAGGGUGUGGAAAAUGUUCUCCCUUACUAAACAAUUGAAUUAGGAUACAUAAUUUGGUAGGAUUUUAAUGGGAAAGUGACUGUUACUAAUAUAAUGUAAUUAGCUCCAAGCUGUGUUGGCAAGCUGAACUUUAUUUUAGCAGUUCUGCCAAGGGAUCUUCAACAAGACUAUUUUUUUCUUGUGUUCUUGACUUUGCUGUACCUCAGUUUUUCAGGCUCCUAAACUGGAAAGGCAAAAAUGUCAAUAUAUUUACAAGUGGCUUGAGUGGAGAACUGAGAAUGUUCCUUUUUGCACAUCAGGAAGGAUGUGGAAGUGAGAUAUUUCUCUAAAAAUAACGUAGCUAGUCCUGCCAUCAUCACAAAGGCUGACUGUGAACAUUGCCACAGUGCACAGUCACAGUAUACUAGUUUUUGGAAUCUGGUUGUUAUAACCUCAUUUCCAUAGUGGAUUCAGAUAUUUUGCUGUUUCCUUGCAGUUAUAUAGUUAGUCAACAUAGAGCUAUAUUAUACUGUCAAGGAGAUUUGCCUUGGCAGGUUCUGAGCUAGAUAAUCUGGGUGCAAGGAGCAAUGACUCUAUUCUCAUGCGUGCACUAGAGUGUGGUGUUGCCACCUUGUAUGUUUUUUCUUGGUACUGGGGAGUGCUCUCUGUUUUAGACUGCAAUAACAUCAGUGUGUGGAAAGCGAAUCAAUAGUGUGUGAACUCCACAAUUGGGACCAACAGGACAUAGGUGACUUCCUAAGGCAAGCAUGAGCUUGUCCAGGGGACAAUGGGGAGUACAACAACAGCUGUACUUUAAUUUUGUGUUAUGCCAUGCCCCCAUGGCCACCAUUUUAUGAUAGUGCCCAUAGCAGUUUCUCAAAAUUCAAAAUGUGUCCAUUGGUUGAAAUUGAUUAGUAAAUCCUGGUAUUCAAAAUACCAAGCGAGGUGGGCCUAUGAUAUGAUUUGGUAUAAGGCAACUUUCAUGCUCAUCAUGUUUUGCUUUUGAUCCAAUAUAUUUGUGCUGUGGUUGCUCUUAGUGGGUGAUUAUAGGAACUUUGAUUACAUUUGAUAACACACAACUUUCUAGGACAUAUUUGAAUACAAAUGUGAAGUGACAUAAAAAAUAAUAAUUCUACCAUAGAAAGUACAUUUUGUAACCCUGUCACCCAACAGUACAUUUUGUAUGCUGUCAAUACCUCAAACCCAAAGAAUGUUAAUUUUCAUGCUAAUUUUUAAAAAAGUACAGCACAUACAUAAAUACAUUUUUUUUCUUGCUGAUUCAGAAAGGUCUUGUUGCAUACAGUGGUCAAAACAGCAUCAUUGACCAUAUUACAUGUAUGGGAAACAAAAUAGCUUUGACCAUAUCAUUGCAGAAGUGUUUUGUUUUUAUUCAAUAAUCAAUAAAACUUAAUUUUAAAAAUAUAUCAGAUGACAUUGUAACAUAAGAGGGUACAAUUUUAACUAUUCUUAUGAAUGUGUGAUACCAAAAUAAGCCCAAUUGGUUGAAAAAUAAGCAAAACAGGAGAAAUUUCAUUGGCCUAAAUCACGUGAAAAUAGAAAUCUUCAAAAAAUUAUCCUGCGCCCAAUUUUGGACCAAAAAAUCUUAAAAAAAUAAUUUGAGGCUAUCUCAUAGGUAUCUACAUAUAAAAAUUUUUUUGAAGAAAAUCUGAGUUGUGAGAGCACAUGGCAUCAGGUGAUUUGGCGUGGAAUGACCCACAAAUAAGUAAUACAGUGGUAGGGAAAUUGUCAUGUGAAGAUUAAAAAUUUGGGUAGCUACAUUCCAAACUGAAUUUCUACUUGGUGUGUUUUUCUCUGGGUAUUUAUAUAGUAUGCAAUAUUAAAAUAAAUUUAUUUUCCAAAGGCAUGCUUUGGAACCCUUCUGGAACACUUUCUAAUUAUGCUUAAUCAGUAGAAUUAAAUCACAUCAUCCUCUCAGCAUUUACUGUUCUUAAGCUGUUGACUUUUCACAGUUGUGCCCAGCAGUAUUGUUUAGGUUCUGUAUAACCAUUUCACAAGACCAAUGACCAAGCGUGAUGUUAGGUAAUAAUCAUUCUGGAACUUUCCAAGGUGUGUAAUAUUUGCCUGCUUGGCCUCAGUUUCAUACUUUCUUGUAUAGGCUGAUUCCUCUUGGCUUGGUGGUGAUAGCCAUGUAGCUGAGUAAGUGGAGAGCUAGAUUAUACAUUUAGAAAUUACUUGCAUGUAGUAUUUGAUACUUGCUGGCUAUAUCUUAAAUAAAUUUCUUUUAAAUUGGUGGCAAGGGGAAAUUGGUGGAAUUGUUCACAAUACUGUACAAGAAAAAGUAGUUCUGAGAGUCCACAGAGAGCCUUCCUGGCAUUCUGUCUCUUUACUGCAUAAUUACCUGUAUUAUUAUGUCCUGUUCAUUGAAAUACUAAAAAGUGCUAGUACAUUAGUGGUAUGUUAGGGGUGCUUAAUGUUGGUAUAAUUUUUGUUAUAGAUCCUGGCUCUGCUGAACGUACAGCACAAAAAAGGAAGUUUCCAAGUCCUCCACACUCUUCCAAUGGCCACUCCCCAGAGGAUGCAUCAUCAAGCCCUAUUAAAAAGAAAAAGAAACCUGGCUUAUUGAACAGUAAUAAUAAAGAGCAGGUAAUAGAAGUCGUGGAUUUGAUGCAGUGUUUUAUAUGAAACCAUUGGAGAUUACUAGGUGCUCUACUUUUUCCUUGGUCCAGUAUCUGUACUUAUGGUAAUAGUUCUGCAUUGGCUGUAGGGUCUACUGAAGAUGGAGAUUACUGUUUUAUUUCUAGUUUCUACAGCAGCCAAGAUUUAUCUGAAACUAAGAAGUGAAGUCUAAAUGAGUGCUAUUUUUGUAAGUAAACAGAAUUCUGGUUAAACAGACUCUAAUGUCAGUCAAAUUUUCUUGACCCUUAUAUUGAAUAGACACCCCGCCCCCCGUACUUCCAGGGUUUGACCAACCUAAACAAAGGAAUAGUUUAUUCUUUCUUUAUUUAAAAUAAUGAAUUCACAUAACUUAUGAAGAGGUCUACUGAAUCAAGGCGAAAGCUUAUCUAGUUCAGCAUCUUACUUCCAGACAUGGCCAACCGGUGUUUCUCCAUCGCUUUGGCUCUGGUAGCCGGUCCUGCUCCUCUCUUCUCAGUUCCCACACUCAACAAAAGUAUAGGUGCAGUUCAAGGGAAAUAAUAGUACCACUCUAUUCUGCCUUGGUCAGACCUCACCUGGAAUACUGUGUCCACUUCUGGGCUCCGUGUGUGCAGAGAAGGGGCAACCAAAAUGAUCAGGGAUCUGGAAACUAAACCUUAUGAUGAGUGCUUGAAGGAGCUGGGUAUGUUUAGUGUGGAAAAGAGGAGACUGAGAGAAGAUGUGAUAGCCAACUUCAAAUACCUUAAGGGAUGUCACAUGGAAGAGGGAACAAGCUUGUUUUCUCCUGCUCUGGAGGGUAGGACUCAAAACAAUGGCUUCAAGUUGCAAGAAAGGAGGUUCCGACUAAACAUUCGAAAAACCUUUCUGACAGUAAGAGAUGUUUGGCAGUGGAACAGGCUCCCACUAGAGGUGGUGGACUCUCCUUCCUUGGAGGUUUUUAAGCAGAGAUUGGAUGGCCAUCUGUCAUGGGUGCUUUAGCUGAGAUUCCUGCAAUGCAGGGGGUUGGACUAGAUGACCCUUGGGUUCCUUCCAACUCUAAGAUUCUAUGGUUCUAGGACUCCUAUGCUAAGCACCACUUACUUGCUGCUUGCUGGGUGUUCUGCUGGCUUUAACUUGGAGAAACCCAAGUAACUGAAGGGGAUGAAAACAGCCUCAUGUGGCUGUUGUUCAAGAACUCUGGAGAUGGACUUAGGGCAGAGCAGCAAUUAGCAAUUUCAGUGGAACAGGCUAUCAUGAGGAGGGGGUGUUAUAUUGCUCUGUCUACCAUUUGCCCCACUCUGCUUGUUGCGCUCGUUAUAACACAUUAAAUGACAGUGUCUCCCAAAGUGUGCUUCUGCCAGCCCUAAUGGCAACGGCCUUCAUGGGUGCCUUGCCAGCAGGCUACUUAGCUCUUUUUCAAGUAAACUGGACAGGGCUGGGAACUUCUGGAGCUGUAUGUUUUGAGAGAAAUACAAUGCUGGAGUGCUAAAGUGCUGCUGAUCGUUCAUUUGCUGAAAUAUCCUACUCAGAAAGUGUUUUGUCUGUGAUGGCAAAAUACCUUCUACAUUGCUACUCCAGUUGCUACUUUUGUAUCUGUAUUGCUAAAAUGAAACAACAAAUGCACCACUAACAACUAAUGCUACUUAGUAAAUAAAUAUAGCAAGAGAAUAUCCAAGAGAUAAUUUUAGAAUGCUUAUAUUUAGAUUGCUAAAUAGUUCCAGGAAAACUAGGAAUUUUUUCUACAUUAUCAUGCUCUAAAUUAUUGAUAACUAUGUAAGCACACUAAAAGCAACUUUUUCCUAGUAAUAAUGAUUUCAAGUAAAUGAGUCAAAGCCCAGGUAUACUUAAGCAAAUGUAAUAUUUAUGCAUUUAUUUGUUUAUUUCAACCAAAGUUCUCAGAAUACAUAGAGAAUAUCUAUUACAGCUUAAUCCUAACCGGCUAAUCAUUGGAUGCUUACUGUGUUAAACAGUUUCUCCAUGCCUUGGAGAAACUCCAUGUUCAGCUGUGGUAUUAGUUUCCCUGAUGCUGUAGCAUUUGUUGAAAAAUGGUAUCUCCUGAUGGAGAUUUCCUAUUUUCUGCAUACUCAUCUCCUAGUCUGUCUUCUAUUAAUAGAAAAUAAUUAGGGCAUCAUGUGGCACUGCCCAAAUUUUUGAGGUGGCAAUUGAAGACAAUGAGUAUGUGGUUGCUAUAUUUGUAUGAUUGCAAUAACCAUCUUCUUGUGAUUGUAGUAUUCAUAAUGUAACUACAACCACUAAAGCACUUUUAGAUGAAGUAUAAGUAAGCAGUGAUUAUUUCUGGUAGGCUAAGCAACCACAACAAAAAGUGAACAAAGCAUUCUUGGAAAAUACUGUAAAAUUCUUCAUACAUUUUACAGUAAAAAAGAAAGAUCUACGUUUGAAUUUUUGCAGUAUUCUACAAAGCACUAAUCUUGCUUAAAUAACAGCAGUGCUAUUGUUGUUUUGAAGCAACUGCAAAGUCAUUCUAAACCAUCGGUACCACAUUUGUCAUUUUUAGUAUUCUAGUUUUUUAUACAGUAAGAACUGAAACUAAGUCUUCCUAUCAUGAAGCUGCUGAGAGAGAACAUAACCAAAUGUCUCUUUUGGUAUUUCUGAUACAUGUGUUCCUUCUCUAUUUCUAUGGGAGUAAAUCAGGAGAGUGUAACAUUUUUUGUAUUGGCAUAUAGUUGGUGAUAAUACUAAUGCUAUUUGUUGGCACACUUAUCAAUGUAAGAAUUAAUACUGUAAGUGGGAACAGCAGCAGUAGCAAUUUGGGUAUGGUAAUCUUAACGUGUUACCCAUAGUGUUGAAGUAGGAUUUGUAAUGGGAAGUCUCUCUCAAACAGCAAUGUAGUUAGGACUAUUUAUGUAUUAAAUAUUUCUAUCUUACUUUUCUAUGGAUCAUGCCUAAGGCAGCUGCCAACAACUGGUACAAAAACAUGAGUAAAACUAUCAUAUAUUUUAGAACUAAAUACAUUAAAGAAGUGGAAUAAAAUAUAAUGAAAGAGCAGAACAAAUAAUGACAAUAACAUGCCAGAGAGAAUGGAAAGGAGAGAAAAAGCUGUCUUGUUAUUAGCAUGCUGAUGGUACAACAUUUAAAUCUCCAAACAGCCUCGCCCAGUGAUUUUGUGCAGAUGUUGAAAAGCUUAGAUGACAAGAUGGAACACUCUGAGUUACUAUAGCCUAAUUGCAAGCAGUGAUUUUCAGCAUUGUGUUCUGGAACAGACCCUCCAGGAAAGACUGGAGCCACUAUUAAAACAAUGUCCCCAAGUCCCAUCCUGGCCAGGCUAUGCAAAUGGAUACCGUGUCUGAUUCUAUCAGAAGCCACUGAAUGGAUGUAGAAAAUCUACCUCAUCCAGGAAAACCUGGAGUUGAUAAGUCAUCACAUGCUCAGUCAGCUUAACCAGGAAUGGAAUGUUGGCGACUGGCUAGAAAUGAUCAAUGAGAGUUUUUUCCAAGAAACGUUUUACUACCACUUCCUUAAUACCAUAUUGGACCAUGCAAGAAGGACGUUUACCACUCUUCUGACCUACUUGGCUAGUUUUUAUCUGGCAAUCUUAAUAAAUUGUAUGUGGUAGGCCCUAGCCUUCAAAGAAUCUUGUCCAUGUCCUCAGGUUCUACAAAAUGAAAAAUAUCCAUAACAGUUAGGCAAGCAGUUAUUUAGAGGUGCAUCCUGCAGUACAUACUAAGCCUGCAGCAUCUAAGUUGGAGCAGGUCCAAGCAACUUUUAACUGAAGUGCCUCAGGUGUCACCUAGUGGUCAUAACUAUUACUAACCUAUUGCAGCAAAAAGAAAAAAGACACAUUUAGCUAUGUAACUGUUUCUAGAAUUGAAUUAAUAUUUAUAGAGUAUCUCUAGUGUUACAGCUAUUUUCAAGUUGCUGUGAAAAUAAGGAAAGGAACCUUUUUUGAGCUGAAAAGUUUUUGCAGCAGGUUGUCCAACAGGCAAGACACAAAAGGACCUUGAGAACAGAGUAUGAUAUGAUUAAGUUAGGGUUGUUUAUCUUGUAAAACAUGUCAGAGGUGGUGAAUUCAAGGUGGUUGUUCUCAGUAAAUAUACUUUAUUUACAUGGAUGUGAAAUCCAGGAUGAUUACUGUCCUAGAUUGCAAGCAACAUAUUUCAUGCCUUCAUAGAAGUCUAUAAACUUCAUCUCUAGCAGCAGCCAAAUAAUUGUUUGAACUUCAGAGUCACUGAUUUCUAUAUGAAGCAAUAGUUACUUCCAAGAACUACUGAUUUCCCAGUGGCAAACUGAACUUCAGUUUUUGAUUGAAUACUGUAAAUGAGUUUGAGGUUGCAGUAAUGUUCAGUUGUGUAACAUUUUAAAAUAUAUAAAGAAGGCUAAAAUUGUAUAGAGUAGCCUUUCUCAACCAUUGGUCCUGAGAUGUUGUUGGACUACAACUCUCAUCAUCCCUAGCUAGCAGGAUCAGUGGUCAGGGAUGAUGAGACUUGUAGUCCAACAGCAUCUGAGAACUGAAGGUUGAGAGAGGCUGGUAUAGAGAGUUCAAAGACUGAAACUAUAUAAGAGUUUUAAGUUUCUCCUUGGGUCUGUUUAUUUGGUUUUCUAACUUUGGAAAUAUUGGGAAUGUCAGGUCUCAAGUGUGGUCUUUUUGUUUUGCUGAAGGUGUUCCUUGGAGGCUCAAGGAAUGUGAAUGAGGAGCACUCUCAGGACAAAUCUCGUCUGCACUAAAGAAUUGCUCCUAAUUGGAGCAGUGGGGCCACUUUAGUUUUAGUAAUAAUGUUUGGCAUUUGCCCUCUGUCUUUGCUUAUUUUGCCAAUCAGUGUUGUGUAUUCAUUAUCCUUUUGACACACUACUGCAGUUUAUGUUGCAGCAUAUUUUAUGAUACCUACUGGACCACAUUUAGAAUUGUACACUAGGAAAUGAUGUUAGGUUGGGUCAUAUUAGUGACCUCUUUUCACAUUGACAUGCCUUAUUGUAGUAACUAGAUUAUAAUGUAUGUUUGGUGCAUUUUGGUGUGAGCAAAACAACUAGCCGAAACCCAGCCAGAUGGGCGGGGUAUAAAUAAAUUUAUUUAUUGUUAUUAUUAUUAUUAUUAUUAUUAUUAUUAUUAUUAUUAUAACAUAUUUUGAACACACGCUGCUGGAACUGCAGCGGUGUUGGAAUCAUGUGUUUCUUUGGAGUUGACGUGGGUUUACAUGCCCUGUUUCUUUUGGGCUUUUAUUGAAUGUGCUCAUAUACAAAAUGGCUAAAGACCAAAAUAUGUUUUGCUUUGAAGCCAACUUCCACUGUUAAUUAAUUUAGAAUCAAUGUUUUCUGAAGUGAUAGCUGAGCAACUAUUGAGUUGGCCCAGUUGUCUUUUAAAAAUAUGUUAAUGGUUUUGAGCAAGAAGGACUAGCAUUGGAAGGGUAAAGGGUCAACAUCUAUUUAAAGCAUUUUAUCUGAGCUGAAAGGACUCCCUAAACUUCUGGAAGCUAAAUGACAAAGAAGUCUGCCCUCAGACUUGUAAUCAAAAAGAAAAGUCAUGUAAAGGGAAAUAAGCUAACACAAGCAUAUAUUUUUAAAGGUACAAAGUUCUUGUAACAACAAAUUUGAAUAGAAGCAGAGCAGGAAGAUAUUCUUUUCCCCAUCUCUCGCUUGGCUAUAGCCUGAUGGAAUGGCACAUUUAUUUCCAGACAGAUACUUGUAAAGAGAGGUAUACAGUGGUACCUUGGUUUGCAUACAUUUUGGAUUACAAACAUGUCAAACCCGGAAGUGCGUGUCCCGGUUUGCAACCUUUUUUGGGAAUACAACCCAUCUUUUUUGGAUUACGAACAAUAUAUUUUUUUGAGGCCCCAUUGGCGAAAGCGCACCUUGGGUUACAUCCUGUUUUGGUUUACAAACAGACCUCCGGAAUGGAUUAUGGUUGUAAACCAAGGUAUCACUGUAUGUCCUCUCCCUUCCCCUUUCUAAAUUUUUCACAAAUGUGCUCAAGGUUUACUACUGUCCUGCACCUUCCUGUUCAAACAUUCACACAUUUAAAGCACAUGAAAUGUCGGGAAGCUUAUGUUUAUAUAACUAUUGAUUGUAUAAAUACAAAUAAGUUAAAUUCGGAUUUUUCUGGUGAAGGUUGUCCGAUAGAAAGAGUCAUCUGCUCCAUAAAUAUAGUUAAUUAUGCUUAUCUAUGUACCAUUGCAGCUAAUGCAAGUUUCUUUCCCAAUGCAAGUAUUGGAUGUGGUGUAGGGUGUCUGAUAUAUUUCUGGACAAUGGGUUGAUUCUCCCCUCAACCCACCCAUGGUAUUUGCUUAAAAAACAAACAAACAACUAUACAAUUACUAACUGCAUCUAGUUUGGUUCUAAUUAAAGUACAUUAGAGUACAUCAGACUACAUUAAAGUACAUUUAAGUUGAGACAACUGUACUUGCCUGAGGGAGAUAUAUGUAGCUCUGGUUUCAAAUGCUUAUUAUGUACUGAAUGAGAGAAGUAAUCUGAAUUAAUAUUAGGUGGGCUGUAUCAAAUGCUGGUGGGGGCUGGUUGGUCAUGUGUGAUCAUCAUAUUUAUUUUAAAAUACAAAUUUGUUUUGAAACCAAACCUGUCUUUCUUGCCUACAUUUCAGUCAGAACUAAGACAUGGUCCGUUUUACUAUAUGAAGCAGCCACUCACCACAGACCCUGUUGAUGUUGUACCGCAGGAUGGACGGAAUGAUUUCUAUUGCUGGGUUUGUCAUCGGGAAGGCCAAGUCCUCUGCUGUGAACUCUGCCCUCGGGUUUAUCAUGCUAAGUGUCUGAAACUGACAGCGGAGCCAGAGGGGGAUUGGUUUUGCCCAGAAUGUGAGGUUAGUCUGUCUGAGGUGAAUAUGUGUCUCAUUGCUACUGGUUUUCACCUCUCAGAACCAUGUUUUUUCUUUCCAGUGUGACUUCCUGGUCACUUUUUGGAAAGGCAGAGAAGCAAUGCAAAGUUGCAUCCAAAAUAAGGCUAUUGCCAAUAUUUACCAUUCUGUUUGUUUUUCUUUGAUUAAUGUUUCUCCCCAUCCUUAUCACCUACAUCCUCUGUGCUCAUCGUGUCUUGUACCACUGUAUGGGGAUAGCAGGGGCACUUGUCUCCAUUUGUGCCUCCCAAGCAACACUUAGCAUGUUGUGGUGAAAGCAGUUUAUGUAUGAUAUCUUCCUCGCAUCACUUUGGUGUGUGCAAGGCCAGUUGUAUGAUUCCUUUCUGCCUUAUUCUUUCCCUGCUGGGAAGGAUUAGCCUUCCCUACCUGUUUUCUGCAUUCAAAUACUUACUGAGGCAGUGUAAAAAAACUUCACAGGGAAGCAGGUUCCAGACCACUAGCAUGAAGUAUGAAGGGGGAUUUAGUCAUUGCCUCUGAGAUUAUUAGUAUAAAGAGCAAAGGGGGAAAAACUUGGCAAAGUAAUACUGUACAGGAUAGAUACCAGCAAUCAUUCUAGGUAUGGCAAGACUGAUAGCCUUGCACACCAACAGGUAGAUGCCUUAGUAUAAUGAAAAAUGGUACACUUCAUUUAGAAAGAGUGUAAUUACAGUGCUCUACAUUUGGAAGCAUUUUCAGCUGUAUUUGUUAGGGGGGAAAUAGGACCUAAAUAGGUUAUUCGGAGUGAUUAUUGCCACUCACACAGAUUCCAUUAUCCCCUAUGGCACCAUGAUUCUUUCCUGUUAACCAUGAUUCUCUGGUUCACAAUCUUCCUUCCUGUCCAAGACAAGUGGUGCAAAAUCCUAAGCUCCUUGGGCAUAAUGGUGGAAAUAAGGAAGAUUUGGGCAAGUGCCCAGCCACAUUUAACUUCAGGAUUCAUAAUUCAGUAGCAUUUGGGGGGUCAAUCAGAAACUGCCAGCAAAGCCAGCCUGUCUUCAUCCUCCCCCAUCCCCACGUGAAUCUUUUUAGGGUACCAUUUCUGAACCAAUAGGACAUUUUCAUGAACACAGGACUGUUGCAAUAUUCAUUGCACCACUUAAGGGAAAAUUAAUUAUCAACAUCCAUGUCUGCAUGUGGCAUUAAUCUUCAUGUUCCACAAUAAUGAAGGGGUGAUGGGGUGCUCAUCUGCACACAUUUUGCAAUUUUUUCAGUAUUUUCAAUCUUUACUUUUAGAAAAUUACUGUAGCGGAAUGCAUAGAAACACAGAGUAAAGCUAUGACAAUGCUCACUAUUGAACAGCUAUCCUACUUGCUCAAGUUUGCACUACAGAAAAUGAAACAGCCAGGGGUAAGAAUAAUAUGUGUUACUGUUUCACUCCACUGGAUAUUGUCUGUUCAGCCUUUAGAUUUCUGACUACAUGUAAAGCUCCCUAGAAUUUUCUUACCCUAUCUAAUGUAUAGUGGGGGGAAAAUGGUUUCCUGCCACCAUGGGAGGGGGGCGGGGAAGGGAGAAGGAAUUUACUAUUAAGACCAGCAGACUGCCAUCUAUAAUUUCAUGGCAGAUGUUUGUUCACAAGAUGUUGGUUUAUGUCUAAUUUGCACAAUCACUUUUGAAUAAUUUUUAGCCAAUUAUGUAAAAGAGUUUAGAUGAUUUGAUAUCUAUAAAUUUAAAAGAGUAAAAACAAUAGUUCUGAAGUGAAAGGCAAGCUUUCUUUGUUUUAGAUUAUUUAUCUCUCUGUCAUAGCAUGUAAAAUUUUAAAGGUGGUGUUCCCCUAUUUCUCUCACUGGAGGCACUUGGUUGUAUCCAACUGAGUUAUGCUCAGAGUACACCCAUUGAAAUCAAUGGGCUUAAGUUAGUCUAUUGAUUUCAGUGGUCUGUUCAGAGCAUGAUUGAAUUGGAUGCAACCCGAUGGUUCGAAAAUAUCCUUGCCACUUGCUGUUUUUACGAGUACUUGUACUACUGUUGCUUUUGCUUCUGCUAAAUAAUAUUAGAUAAUGUGUCAUCAGCCUGUUUGGGCAACUUUUUACUUUGACAAAAGUUUUAAUUGAUUAGUUGAAACCAGUUUUAAUACAAUAAAUGUUGCAGUCCUGACUCUAUUUUUGCUUUUAUUUAAACAGACAGAGCCAUUUCAAAAGCCAGUUUCACUUGAUCAGCAUCCAGAUUAUGCAGAAUACAUAUUUCAUCCAAUGGACCUUUGUACAUUAGAAAAGGUUGGUUGAUAGCAAGGAGAAAAAUCCUAUUCAAUUCUACUAAAUUGUUACUGUGCUCAUAACUAUAUGUAUUGUCUCAUUCUAAAAUCCAUGCAGUUUUCCCUUUAGAUGAUGAGCAAGCUUGCCCAAUAGCUAUACUGAAAAUAUUGGCCUUUAUUAUCCUUUGUGCUAUUAUUAUUAUUAUUAUUAUUAUUAUUAUUAUUAUUAUACCCACCCUUAACCACAAGGUCCCAAGACAGGUUAUAGCAAUUUAAAACAUUAAUAUUAAAACACAAUAUUAAAAACAGCUUAAAACAACUUAAAAUUACAAAAAUAAGGUAGGUCUUGGUCUUGCUGCUGUGGUAACUUUUCUCUAUUAUUUUAUCUCUUUGUCGUCAAUAACUAUUUUCUUUUAGAACACAACAAACCUGUUUCCCCCUCUUUUUAUAUGGGUGAAAAUUGGCAUCACAAUAAUUUUUAAAAGAGUUUAUUUUGCCCCCAUCUUUCUGGGGUUUCCUUCUUUGUGUUACAACUUUUAUCCUGUAUUAUAUGUAUACCAUUUAGAGGUUUAGUGAAUAAACGGUAUAUAAAUCCUUUUAAAUAAAUAAAUAUAUCCAGAUAUAACUAUUAUUUCCCACAGUCUAUAAGAGCCACGCUCUUUCUAGAUGUAUUCUCGCAUGACAGCAAGCCAUGAUUAAUGGUUUGCUAUGAAUGCACAGAUAGCUCUUCCUUCACCCUGCCUUGCUAGUAUUUAAGUGAAACAACCACAAUUUUUGUCUUAGUAUUUAUGUCUGAACCAGGGGCUGUGGUUUGUUUCACUCCCAACAGCUAUGAUUGAUAAGCCAAGAAAAAAAAACUUUGCUUCAGAUUGUGGUUUUGUUUGGGGGUUGCAAUUGUUCCACUCCAAUUUGUAGGUAAUGCCAAUCCAGGCACUGUGGUUCUUGCUCCCAUUCUCUAGUAAUGAGGAGUGAAGCAGGAGUGAACAGCUUGUCCAUGGUGAACUGUUUUCAUUGUUUGUUUGUUUGUUUGUUUGUUUAUCCAUGUUAACCAUGCCUUACUGUGACACAUGGACACAACUUCUGUUUCUCCCAUAUCUGUCAUGUGCCUCAACAGUUACAAACUAUUAAGGUUAAUUUGAUGGAAUUUAGGAGAAUAUGGCAGAUUCUGGAAACAGGCAUAAAAGGGCCCGUUGUAGAUGAAUUUUCUCUAUUUUUAAAAUGGCUGUAAACUACACUAGAAUGUCCAGUUUACAAAAUGUUGACAAUUUUGAGGAUGGCAUACGUAACUAUGAAUACCAAUUUUAUUGCCAACAUUUAAAAAAUUGUGAUCCUACUCCACCAAUAUUUUGUCAAGCUGUCUUUUACCUGAUUUCGUAUAUGAAACCGAAAUUACCUCUGCAGCAAUUGUUUUGAGUAUCUUUUGACUUCCAAAACUCUUAGUCAUAUUAUGCUAUUAUGAUAUGUAAAUAAAUUACAUUUGUGUCAAAUUAGUGCCAAGUUGAUUAUGUCAACUAAGUUCUUGACUAUGAACAAACUAAAACACUUUUGACAGUAAUCUCACUUUUGGUAAACUCUAAUUAGACACAGCUUUUCAUUAAUAUGUAUGGAAUAAAAUGUGAACUUAGUUUCUGGAUUUUCGAUUUUCAAUACAUUUUCAAUAUUUUCUUUUGCAGAAUGUUAAAAAGAAGAUGUAUGGAUGCACAGAAGCUUUUUUGGCUGAUGCCAAAUGGAUUUUGCACAAUUGCAUUAUUUACAAUGGAGGUAAGUAUGUGUAAGAUAAACUGUAUCAUUUGAUCAUGAGGCCACAUUAUGGUAAUGCCGCACCAAAUGGCAGGCGAAGCAUCCAUAAAUAAGAACUUGAAAUCUAAAUAAGUUGAGGGCUUUAAACACCAAGAAAGAAGAUAUUUCUAGUUGAUUUUUUCAUACUGGCCUGACUUACAAUAUAUGUUAAGUUGGCUUGCUUUGUAUGAGGCCAAGUUAAAAAAUGUGGUUCUGAAAUGCAGAAUGCUAACACUAAAAGGGACUGCUACCCAUUAAUUACUAUUUAAAGAGAGGAUUCUUUCCAAAAUGUUGUGGCCAUGCCUGGGUUCAGGAAAGGAUGAAAGCCUUAUUUUUGCAAACCGUUCUUUGUCCUGUUAGUUUUCAAUAUACCAAUAAUUUUCCUUUAAUAAAUAUUUUGAAUACCAACCAAUAGAAAUAUUUAGAUUGUAGUACAAAAUAACAUGUUUUUACAAUGGAGAUUUUAUUAGACAUCUCUGCUUAUCUGUUUCCUCAGGAAAUCACAAAUUAACACAAACAGCAAAAGUCAUAAUCAAAAUCUGUGAGCAUGAGGUAUGUAUUACCUAGUUAGUUUUCAUACUGUAUACAUAUUUUCACAGUAGUAAGUUCCACUGAGACUUGCUCUCACUUUAAUCAGUGUAGGAUUGCAGCCUUAGUAUGCUUAGUAUGCUUAAAUUUCAGAAUUCACAGACUGGCAAAAUAUAUUAUUCUCUGCAGUAGAAAAUUAUGAAUGACUGCUCUUCUUACUCUGGAUUCCUUCUAAUAGAACAGUUCGAAUAAUUAAAAUUGAAUAACACACUCCCAACUCCUACAGUAGCUGAUGUUUCUCUUUACAGAUGAAUGAAAUCGAAGUAUGUCCAGAAUGUUAUUUAGCUGCUUGCCAAAAACGAGAGAAUUGGUUUUGUGAGCCUUGUGUAAGUAAAAUCUUUUUUUUAAGUCCACACUUAAUCCAGUUUAAGUUUGGAGUUAUUCUUUUGCUUCUUACUUUAAAUCUGUAAGUGACCUAGAGAAAUCUACUUCAGUUUAUAAGUAUGCAUUUUAAAGCUACAUUUGAUGUGUAAAUCCAGUAGUUGAAUUUGUUCAUGGUCCUCCUGCUUCUUGGCAGACCCAAGCACUCCAGCCUUUUGUGAAAAACAGGAAUUUUGCUAAAACAUCCAUUCUUUAAAAUCAGUCUUCAGUUUUGCACUUGUUCCUGUUUUAAUUUAUGUGAAUUAAAUGUCAAAUAUAUGGUUUGAUUGUCAAUGUGCAAACUACUUCAACAGGAAACAGAAACUUAAUGUAGUGGCCAAGAGUACAAGCACAGUUCAAAUUCUCAGCCACUGUCUCUUGUAGGGACUUCGGUAAGCAAGCAACUGAGGAUCAAAAACAGCCGUAAAGAAAAUGUUUUUGGGUUCCUAACACAUUUUGAGAUAGGGCAUUUCUUUCAGUAUAUAUCUGCUUAGGUGAACUGAAAGAAAUUUCCCCAAGCAGUCCUAUUAAGAAGCAUUAAAAGAAAUUCAUUUGUUAAAGAUGUUUUCUUGAAAUGUAUUGGGAAACCCAAUCACCUGUAUAGCUAUCUUUCCCAUUUUAACACCUUGACAAGCCCCUGUUCUCCGUCUCUUUAAUUCUCCUGCCCUCUAAUAUGCAACACAUGGAUAAUGGAAAAGCCUCCCUUAAAUGACUGUUGUAAUAGAGACUGAAGUAAAGGCCUCAGUUCUGCGUCACAUAGUAUGAAAUAAAGAAUGGUUCACUGUACCCUCAUUCUCAUAUAACUCAAGCCAAACCUUGACUUAGCACAAACAAGCAGGCUCCUGAAACAGAGAUCAUACCUGCUUUGCUCCUCUACAGUCAUUUUGCUGUUGUCCGGAGCUAAGCCAUGGCUUUGCUCAGCAUCUUGUCUGAAUUCAGGCUUGUGGUUUAAUGCUCUCCAUACAAACCAUGAGCAUUGUUCGUCUUGUUUUCAUGGAGAUUCAGCAAACCCCAUUCUAAGCAACUUCCAGAAGUGAUGCAAAACUUUCAAUUUUGGGUGAGUUUUGCUAGCCAUAGAAAUAACAUAAUUUCUAGGGCAAGCCUUCUGAAUUCCCUUCACUACCAUCACAAACAGGACUGAGAUUUCAAGGGAAGGCAAGGCAAGCAUUUCUCUUCAUAACAUACAAAGAAUGGGAAAACUUAAAGCUAUGCAAUUAUCUGAACAAACACUACCCUUUCUGCAUAAGGAAGGUACAUUGCAAUAUCUGAAAUAUGCAAUCCAUAUCGUAUUUUAAAGUAUUGUCUUGCAUGCCAGUAAUUAGAAAGUACUAUAUGUCUUUAAAUAGUUUCUCACUGUGUGGUCUCUGUGCACUUUCCUCUAGAGCAAUCCACACCCGUUGGUCUGGGCUAAGCUCAAAGGUUUCCCAUUCUGGCCUGCUAAAGCACUGAGGGAUAAAGACGGUCAAGUUGAUGCUCGUUUCUUUGGUCAGCAUGACAGGUGGGAGUUCAGUCAAAAGGUGGUUGAAUGGUUCAAUGACUCUUCUUUUUAAAAUAUAUAUCUAUUACCACACAGUGGUUGCUAUUGCAUAGUUCACAUGUUAUUAUUCUGCUUUGUAGUGCUUCAUAUUAGUAGCAUGUAUAGUACAUUCCAUUUCCCCAUUAAUUAUCAUAUUUUUAUGUUUCAUACCAAAUGGUUGCCACAAUGGCAAUGCAAGCUUACUAAACAUAUUUUGAAUAUGUAAAGUUAAUCAAUAUGUUGUUUUUGUAUACACAACAUUGAGGCAAUGUUUUACUCCAGUCGCAUUUACUCUCUGGGACAUUAUAAAGCCUAUGUUAAAUUUUGUGGCAGGAGUAACUCAUUAUCAUUAGAUCAAACUUACGUUUUUAUGCCUUAUACACGUUAUGUAGUUACUCUAACAUUUUAGCUUCACUGUAAUAUUGUUAAUUGAGGGGGUCACAAAAACACAACUUUGGAACAUAUAAACUUGAAAGACAAAUAUGUUGAUGCUCCAUGAGAAUUUGUGUGAUGUGGGGGCUCAGCCUUCCUUUCCCCUUGAAACAACUUAGGAGCAUAAAAAUGAUGGUGUGUGAAUGGUGGAAGCAGCUCCUAAACUGUGUGCUGCAGUACUACAGAGCAAAAUUUCAAGGAUGGUUGUAUUAGAACCCCUAAAUUUGAAAAGACAGGUAGGGAUACUUGUUACAUUGACGAGACUUUUCCCCGUUGCUAUCAUUGAACUUGGGUGGGGACCCUGGCUUCACCCACCAACUAUUUAUCAUGCUCUAUACCUGCAGAAAUGCUUUGUGUAUGUGCUACUCUCUCAGAAGGAGAUAUGGCAACAUUCUUUCAAAAAAGAAAGUAAUACUAUUAGUAUUUUACUAUAUACCUGGGGAAUCACCCUACCCCCACCCCACAAAGCAUGCAGGAAUUCCUAAACUUCCUGUAGUUGGCCUGCUCUCACUGCCCUUUUGGUUACCAUGGGGCCACCAAGUUUGCCAGUCAAAUAACUGAUUGUGUAAUAGUGUGGUAUUCAUGGUCUGUCAUAUGAACAGGUCUUAACAAUCUAGUCCUACGACGUCAUGUAAGUGCUUGUGGUGAGGUGUUUAAUAAGUACAGUAUAUUAGUGCAGCGUUGCAAAAGACAUGCCAACACUACAGGAAAAUUACAGCCUGCUGGAUAAUAAUUUCCUGGUUAAUUGUGACUGAAAGUUCAGUCAGAAGGUGUUUUGAAUGGCUCAGUGUCCCCUUUUUGAUACUGUCAAUGUUGAAUUUACUUAAUCAAAUUGUUUUGAAAGCAAAACAUACACCUGGAAUGGUUUUGUCUAAACUGCAGUAUGUAUUGCAUAGAUUGGAAGUAUCCUUAAGUUUGUCUUAAAUGAAGGUUUCAAUCUCAAACAGGCAUAAUUUUAUGUAAUUCAUUCAUAGGAUUGUUAUUCAGAUUCUAAACAUACUUGAAAGACUUAGACACAAUCUACAUGAAAUGUCAUGUCAUGUCCCCUCAUUAUUUUACUGCCUUAAAUGCAGGGCCUGGGUUCCAGUAAAUAAUUGCUACCUCAUGUCUAAAGAAAUUCCUUUUUCCGUGAAAAAGACUAAAAGCAUAUUCAACAGUGCAAUGCAAGAGAUGGAGGUUUAUGUGGAGAAUAUCCGCAGAAAGUUUGGAGUAUUUAAUUAUGCACCUUUCCGGACACCGUAUACUCCCAACAACCAAUACCAAAUGUUGUUAGACCCUUCAAAUCCUGGUGCUGGAACUGCUAAGACUGACAAACAAGAGAAAAUUAAACUUAACUUUGAUAUGACAGCAUCACCCAAGAUUUUAAUGAGCAAGCCAAUGCUGAGUACCAGUACUGGGCGAAGGAUUUCCUUAACAGACAUGCCACGUUCCCCAAUGAGUACAAAUUCAUCUGUUCAUACGGGAUCUGAUGUUGAACAGGAUGCAGAGAAAAAGGCAACCUCCAGUCACUUUAGUGCAAGUGAAGAGUCCAUGGACUUCAUUGAUAAGAAUACAGGUAAGGAGGGCAGGGGGAAAAAGAUGCUUCUUCAAUGGCUAUAUUCAAACUUUAUCAUCAUGCAGAACAAGGAAGGUCAGAAAACUGGAAGGAAAUAAUCUGGUGUUCAUUAUCAAAAUACUUGUAGGAGGUAUUGUUGGACUCAGGUGCAGCUCUGCUCCUAAGCAUCUGCACAGCUACCUUGGGAACAAUUAAAAGAUUGGGUCAGAGCCAGGAAGGUUGUUGCCCAUGCUAAUAGCAGAGGAUUUGUGUUAACUUCAAGGUGGGUCAAAUGCACCUGGGAAGAGUAUCAUUUAGGAAAGAAUCCAGAGCAAUUGUUCAACAAAGGAUGUCAGGUCAGACUGGCAUUGCACUGGAGAACUAAGAACCAGGGAGGUGGGGCAUGAUCUGAGCAUCUGGAUCAGUAGGAACAGGUAGAAAUGUGUUUCUGAUACUUCAGUGUGUUGAUGGGAUGAGAAGAAGGAUGCAUUGUUUGGUCCAGAGAGUCAGGUUUUCAUACUAACCUUCUCUAGGUGCAAUGGGGAAUACGAUGUCUUGGUGUCUCCUUGGAUAGGAGCUAUUGUUUAAAGUUACUGGAAGUGUCAUUGCAAGGAACACGUCAGUGGGACUGGGUAACUUUGGGAGGGGGUGUCUGCCCCAGUAUCAGCAGUGGUUUGCAAGGAAGGCUCCUACAACUCACAGAAUACUGAAUUUUGAAAGGUAGUGCAGAGUGACAAGUUAGGGACUAGAAUACAAAGACCAUUUUGCCAUGGUGUUCUUUUAUUUUUAGCCAGCUUUUAAAAAUCUCGUCUAGAAUUUAGCUUCACAUGCUUACCAUUAAGAGGCAAGGAAGCAACAAUAUCUAGCACUAUAAGCUAAAAAAAUUGCAAAAAUAGAUUGUGUAUAACGCAAAUUGUUUACAGACUCUUCAUUCCCCCCUCAGGGCUAUUUAUGUGUAGUGUCAGCACAUUACUUUACAAAAAAGCUGUAUUAGAUCCAAUAUUGGUAUCCUAAUUUGUUCAUUCAUGAAUGUCUUCUCUCUUCAUUAGGCAUGGCUGAAUUUUCUAUUUGUUAUGUUAAUAACAUCAGGAAGUUUUCAUAACAUUUACUAUUGUGCUAGGCUCUUGCAUAUUUGCUUAAUUCUUUGCAAGAGUGACUGCUUUCCAUUUUUUAAAUAUUACACAACUUCUUCUCAUUUGAACAUAUAAUAUGAAGAAUCUUGCUCUGCAUUUAAAAUUUGAAUUGGAGGAGAAUCAGAUAAUUUUUGAAGUUUAUGAUCACCUUCCUUUUUGGAAUGUAGACCAAGUACCCAGUAAUCUCUAAUCUGCUGCCACCUACCAAGUUACAGAGAGCAAUAGGAAUCUUCCUUUAUUUGCUUAAUUGUGCACAUCAAAGUAAGCCUAUGGGGGAAAUGUAUUAUUUCUAGAAUCGACCUAGACCAGAACACAUAGAUAAAUUUAAGAACCUUUAAAGUUUAUAAAAUAAACAAGAAAAAAUAGUUACUUAGUUAUGAAUAACAAGUAAUACUUCUAAGUCCCUUUUUCAACAUCUACCCUAACUGCCAGCCUUUCACCUAUGCCUUUCCUCUCUGAUCUUACCUGCUCACCAUAUUCUCUUAACUUUUUAACUGUCCUUUCUCAGAACUCCUUCACUUGUAACUCACUCUGAUUCCUGCCAUCACACAUCUUUCCCCUCAUUACUCUAUUACAGAAACACUCUGAACUUGAGAUCUUUACCUGGGGAGCAAAUUAUCUUGGACCUGGUAUUAUGCAGUGUAUCAGUAGCAUGCAUUUUCAAACAUAAGGGCACGCUGGCUUUUAAUUUGAUGCAUAUAUUAGGUGUACGAUGAUGCACUAGAAAAAUGGAAUUUUGAGCCUGAAUGUGCCAUUAUUUGUUCCGGUAAUGAUAUCCGGGUUCUGGAAAGGCAUAUUUUAGGCAGCAGUCCAAACUUCUGUAACGCUAGGAUGAGGAGACAUCCCUCUACUUGCUUCUGCUGGCUCAACCAGUCUCCUGAUAGAGGAACGCUUGUGCUAUUCUACUAGUGCAAAUCUCCCCCUUCUUGCCACCAAAUGGGAGGGCACAGGGGUUGGACCUGAUCUGUUGCCCUCCCCACCUUCUGCCACCAUUGUAAGUGGGUGGGUUGCAGAUAUGGUGGUAGCUCUAGAGAGCUGCAGCAGAAGGUUUAGAUUGCAGUCUUAAGGCUGUAAAACAGUCUCUUGCUCUGUGGAGGUUAUGAAAUAUAGACCUGAAGGAAAUUUGGGCUUGCCCCCAAUUUUCAAGUUCCAUGGACAUGCAGUUCCCACUAACUCAUCCUCACUAUUUCAUAUAAAGGCAAGAAAACUGGUACAGAUAUUUCUAUUGAUGUGUAUUCAGGACUAUGACCUGAAAGAAUACAAACUUCGACCUGCAAAACACUGCAACAUUUUGUCCUUCCACAUAAAAGAAGCUCCUGCUCAGGUCCCAGCCAGCCAUUCCCUCCAAACAAGGCAUUUCUCCCUUCUCUCCCCGCCCAUUGUUCCAUUUUUCUUUUUCAGAUGUCAUUCUUUAUUCUAUAAGUACUAAGCAUGCUCAGUCCUCAUUGGACUAUUCAUUUUGUUGCCACUUUAGUUUGCUUUUUUUAAAAAAAAAAUACUUCUUCAGACCAUGGCAUUCUUCCAAGCAUGCUGAUAUCUCCUUGUUUCUCGGUGACCCUGUUUGGCUACAGUCUUGUUGCUAUUCUCCACCUGAGUUUGCUAUUAGAAGAAGUGAUGACAUGAAGCAUCUUAAAUUUGAAGGCUAAAUAGUAUAAUGAAAGAUUUCUCUGCUUUGCAAAUAUUAAUCUAGGGUUCUUUGGCUUAACUUGCUGGCAAAAGAGCAUGUUAGAAUUUGAUAAAUACUUUUUUUGCAAGACAUUAAAUUUAAACUAUCUUAAUAAGUAAGCAAACAAGCUGUAAAACCUGUAGAGAAGCUCAGUCAUGUUUCAAAAUAGUUCGUUUUAAUUUAGCAAGUUGGAACAAUGUCUUGAGAAUAAUAUGGUAUAGGAAAUCCACAUACAGGUGAAAUUUACCAGAAUCUAAGGUGGGUAGAGAUAAAUGGGGAAGUAGUCCUAAAACUUUCCAAAGUGAGAGCUGGCAAGUUGAUAGUAUCUGAAAGCAUUCCUAACUAAUUAGUGAUCUGUGUUAAUCAACACAUCAUUGGUAUAAUUAAUCUUCUUACUUGACAUAAUAAAAGAGAAUUUUACUCUCAGUUGAAAUUGUUUAAAUAAAUUCACAAUUUUUGCACUCUUUUUAUUCCAGUGCAGCUACUGGAUAAGGGCCCUCGUAUUUUCUAACACUUACGCUGUGGAAGGAUUAGGGAUGAAUCAAGCAGCCUACCUCUUUCCUGUUUCAUUUCAUUUUCAUUGGCACUCCUGUCCUGUCCUUCUGACUUUUCUGAAAGGACAUGCAAAGUCUGCAUUUAAUUGGUACACAUUUUGUAUAAAGUAAACAUUUUUCAGUGUAUUUUCUCAUAAAAUGUAUUUUUAAUGUAAAAUACUGAUUUAUUUAUUUUUGCUCUUUGCACACCUAAUCUGCAAUGCAAAAUCCAGUAAGUGCAAACCACAACUGGGGUGGGGGGGGUUCCUGUUCAAAGCAAAAAUGCUACAAAUUACACAGAGUGGACCCAAGACCUUGGUCAUACCUGAAUAAGGGGUUUCAGUCAUAUUUUGAAAUGGCAGUUAUGUCAAUUGUCUACUUUGUCAGCUUCUCCAGCACCAACAAGGACAGGCCAAGCAGGGAGCUUAUCUGGCAGCCCCAAACCUUUCUCUCCUCAAGUCUCAACGCCUGCUAAACAAGAAAGAACAUCCACCCCAGGAAGCAUUCUGAAUCUGAAUCUUGGUGAGUUAAAAUUGUCAGUACCAACUUUCAUUUUAUCAAUGCUAUUUGCUAUACAUAUGAGAAGUUUCAAGGUGAUUCUAUGAGUGCAGAAUCAUAAAUGUGGACAGGUACACUUUCUGUUUCCCAACUGAAGCAAUUUCAUUCAAUUUAAGGAUAUUUUAAAUGCUUUUAAAAUAUCUGGGAAAGUACAUAGUUAAGCAGAUACAGGAUUUUGAGAACUAAAUGAUAUUUGCUUACUUGCUCUACUACCAAAAACCAUAGUUCCUUAUUCUUGUAUAAAACUAAAUAUUUCUGACAAAAUCCUCUGGUCCUUGGAUAGCAUGAACAUAUAGGUGAUACCAGUGAUUUUCCCAAUCAGCCUGACUUCAAAAAAGCCCCCUGGCAUAUUUGGGCAAUUUGUAUAACUUUGAUGGAUAGGUUUUGUGAGAGCACUGACUAGGGCUUGACAAAGCAUUAUGCUAAGUAUGCGACAGUAUAAGGUUUUCACAUCAGCAUAAUCAAGGAUCAGAGCUGGACUCUUCUUUAAUUCUCACUCAAUACAGCUUUGAUUAUAGAAGGAGUUUAUACUCAAUUAUACUCCUUGACUGCAAACCUUCACAGCAACUUCAGUGAAAAUUAAAUCUGAAAUUGAAAUCUGAUCAACUUCUGUGAAAUUUAAGCAGCCUAAUUGUUUCUGGGAAUGCAGACAUGCUUCCAAAUAGUCGUUCAGCAUUUAUUUUGAUAUGUUGUAAUAUAUGUGGUAAAUAUUACCAAGUAUUAAUACUGAAUGUGGACUGAUUGAAUUAGGUUUUUUUCUUGACAUAAACAAUUUCUGUUUAAGCUGUGUUAUGUACUGAAAACACUUUUAUUUAAUAUUCUAGAUCGUAGUAAAGCUGAGAUGGAUCUGAAAGAGUUGAGUGAAUCAGUCCAGCAGCAAUCCACACCUGCGCCACUGAUUUCCCCAAAGCGGCAAAUUCGCAGCAGGUUCCAGCUUAAUCUUGACAAGACAAUAGAGAGCUGUAAAGCACAGUUAGGUAUGCACAUGGUAAUAUCAAAUUUGCGUUGAAGGCAUUAGAGUUGAAACAUAGUUCAUUUUAACAUAAAUGGGGGGAAAUCUUAAAUAUGGUGCGUUGUCCAUUGUGCAGAGAGUUUGGCUUACAUCUUAACAGACCAGGGUUCAAAGCUUCUUUAUUUGGAGAGGCAAAUGAGCCUUGCUUGCAAAACUAAUACUUGAACAACCCCCUUCACAGAAUUAUUAUAAGUAUGGUAUAUAAUUAGUCUGUUACAACGUAUGUGUGCUCAUUAUUUUAUAUCUAUGUCUUAAUUCUUUAUAUAAGCCUCAAUAAUUGUAAAGAGAUGUGUGGUAGAAAUAUAUGAAUAAAUAAAUAGUCUUCUUUUGUACUUAGGGAUCAAUGAAAUAUCUGAAGAUGUUGCAGUAGAACAUAGCGACUCAGAGGACUCUGAAAAGUCAGAUUCUAGUGAUAGUGAAUAUAUCAGUGAUGAUGAACAGAAAUCCAAGAACGAUCAGGAAGAAGAAGAAAAAGAAGGUGUAAGAAGUGACAAAGAAUCCUUGGCCAUGAAAAAAAAACCAAAACCACCAACGCCAACUGAAGAAAAAGAAGAAAUUAAAAGUACAGUCUCAGAAGUGGAGAAAACAGAUACCCCUGUCAAAGAAAAGGCAAAUGUAGACUCUGAUAAAGAAGUUUCUGAAAAGGGGAAAAGUUUGUCACAUCCUACAAAAGAGAAGUUGAAAGGUAAAGAUGAGACUGACUCGCCAACAGUACAUCUUGGUCUGGACUCUGACUCAGAAAGUGAACUUGUUAUUGACCUAGGUGAAGAUCAGUGUGGGCGUGAGGGACGCAAAAAUAAAAAAGAACCCAAGGAAUCUCCUCCUAAGCAAGAAGGUAAAAAAAUAUACUUUUUCCUGUUAUGCGUAUUGGCAAUCUAAGAUUAAGCACUUUGCUGUCUGUGGUGUUCAGUCCCAGAAAUCCUGAUACCUUAUGUGGUGUGUGUGUGAACGUGUGCUUCUAGAAUGGGGUGGAAAUAAUUGUAUUUUCCUUAAAAAUCUAACAGUGCAGCUAUUUUGAGGAUUACUUCUCAAAUAAUAUUUGCUCAAUGUUGUCAAACAUGCACAUACAGAUAUCGAUUUUGGAACCUUUAUUGCACAAGGUUCAAAUGCUGUCUUUGUAUUUUCUCACUGUUUGAGCAUUGAGGAAAUACUUGUGCUUAUUGUAAAAACAGAAAGGGAUCAAAGUACCACAAAUCCCCACUGUAGGACCAUUAACAAAUCAGCUCCUAACCCAUGAAUAUAGCUCAUGCAUUCCACAAGGUGCCAGAAAUAGAGGCCUGCAAAGCAAAUUGUUCUGCAUUUUAAAAUGAGCCAUACUCCACAGGAGAACAGCAUGUUUAGGUAUAGCAGACUGUGAUCAGUCUGAUUUCAACGUAAGAUACUGAUGUGCUUUUCUCUAAAAGUCUUAAAAAGAAGUGUAGAGUUGAAAGGGAUCCCAAGGAUCAUCUAGUCCAAUCCCCUGUAAUGCAGGCAUCUCAGCUAAAGCAUCCAUGACAGAUGGCCAUCCAACCUCUGCUUAAAAACCUCCAGUGAAUGAGAGUCCACCACCUUCCAAGGGAGUCCAUUCCACUGUCCAACAGAGCUGUCCAACAGCUCUUACUAUGAGAAAGUUCCUUCUCAACAAAUAUUUUGAAGAAUAAGGUUAGAAUAAAAAUUAUCAGAGUUUUGAAUAUUUUAAAAUAAUCAAAGUAGACUGUUUCAGUUGCAUGCACAGACAUGUGAUGAGUGCUGCUGGAAUGAAUAGGGUUAGGGAUGCACAACUGAGUGCUAAACUGCAGCCCAGGAAGCAGGGCUGCUAGGGGCAGUUCACGCAGCCGCAAAUGGGAAAUGGGUGUGCAUAGUAGGGAAGCAGCCUCCCCCAUGUGCCACUGUAUGCACUGUGUGUACUUUGAAUAUACCUGAAGUCAUCCCACUGUGCUGUACAGAGCCAGGUGGCCUGUGCCCCUGCUUCUGCAGCUUCUACAACUGCGGGGGGUGAGGGUGAGGAAGGAGAGAUGCAGGAAUCAGCCUGCUGAACAAAGCAAGGCAUUAGUAAUACAGUGGUACCUCCACUUGUGGACGGGAUCCGUUCCAGAGGUCCGGUCGGAUCCCAAGGUUUCCACAACCUGAGGACCACUUCUGUGCAUGCGUGCGCAGCGAAACCCAGUAAAAUACUUCUGGGUUUGCCGCACGCAUCCCGAAAUUUACGAAACCAGAGGAUUAUGUAAAUGGAGGUUCAACUGUAUCUUCCAAAAAUGUAUCUUUGCUACAGUGGCUUGAAGACAUGCAGCUGUACUCUAGAUUGCACUAGCUUUUGUCAGUAUGUACAGAGUAUUAGUAUCUUAUCACCCUUCAGAUGUUGGACUCCCAUAAGCCCCUAAUAGUCUGGCCAAUGGUCUUGGAUGAUGGGAGUUUGAGUUCAACAACAUCUGGAGGGACCAUUGGUUUCCAAUCCCUGAUCUGUAUUCUGCAAUGCUCAGACAAGGCAGAUGGUAGAUAGAAAGGUUAGAAACCCUUCAAGAAGUUUUUUUGGAGCUUAUUUCAAACCUUUCGGUAUUUAAUGUGAGAGAGGGAGAGUUGAAUUUGUGUCACUGUUGCUGGUGUUAUUUGUAAGUGAAUUCUGUGUUUUGUUCUAUAGUUUCUGAGUUUUAUUUAAUUUUUGGUUUGGACUGCAUAUAUUACAAUUAGUUUAAAUAAACAAAUGAAUACAUUCUUACUUAAAUUUCAUCUUCCCUGGCUUUCGGCAGCAUGUAUAUGACUUGUGUUGUUUAUACAGUGGUACCUUGUCUAGCGUCCACCUUGUCGCAUGCCAGUUCCAUCAAACAUCCGCAGCAAACCUGGAAGUACUGGAACGGGUUACUUCUGGGUUCGCCGCUUGUGCAUGUGCAGAAGCACAAACUGCUCCACUUGCAUGUGCAGACGCGGCUCUUUGUCCAGCGUCCUUUUUGGCCCGUGACUAGGGCUCUGGAACGGAUCCUGGUCGCAAAACGAGGUACUACUGUAGUAGUAUUCAAUCACCAAGGAACAUGUGAUCACGAGAGUCUUGAAAUCUUGGUGUGUGCUACCUAUAGUAGCAAAUUCCUGAAACUUAUGCUGAGAAUGCAAUAAUUAAGGGUGCUUUCAUAAUCUGAAUGAAGACGUUUCAAAACCUAAUAUAUGUCAGUGUAAAACAAGGAUAAAGAGCAGCUCUUAGGCAUCAUCUACAUGAUGUGAGGGACUAAAAAUACCGUAUUUUUCGCUCUAUAGGACGCACUUUUUCCCCUCCAAAAAUGAAGGGGAAAUGUGUGUGCGUCCUAUGGGGCAAAUGCAGGCUUUCACUGAAGGCUGGAGAGCGAGAGGCGUCGGUGCGCACCGACCCCUCUCGCUCUCCAGGCUUCAGGAAGCUAUCUGCAAGCCUUGGGAGCCCGGCGGGAGUGCCCGCCGGGCUCCCAAGGCUUGCUGGCAGCAGCCCGAAGCACGGGGUGCGCUGCGGAGCACGCCCCGUGCUUCGGGCAGAUGUCCGCAAGGCUUGCGCGUCCAGCGGGAGGUCCCGCCUGGCGCGCAAGGCUUGGGGCGGCAGCCUGCAGCCCGAAGCACAGGGCGCGCUGCGGACAUCUGCGGGCAGAUGUCCGCAAGGCUUGCGGGUGGCAGCCUGUUCUGGGGGCUGGGGUGGGGGAAGCUCCCCCGACCCCAGCCCCGCAAGCUCCCAGAGCGAUGCCGAAGCUGCACACAGCUUCGGCAUCACUCUGGCUCCCGUUCUGGGGGCUGGGGUUGGGGGAAGCUUGGGCUUCUCCUGUGCGCAGCUUCGGCAUCGCUCUGGCUCCCAUUCUGUGGGCUGGGAGUGGGGGAGACCCGAGCUUCCCCCGCCCCAGCCCCGCGCCUGGGGGCGGGGGAAUAAUUUUUUCCCCCUUUAUUCCCCCCCCCCAAAUCUAGGUGUGUUCUAUGGGCCGGUGCAUCCUAUAGGGCGAAAAAUACGGUAGUUCAAGAGUAGAUGUUUUAAGGGUCAAAAUGAAAGUUUAGAGGCUCCUAGAGUGACAAACAUAUACCCCACAGGACUCGGUUUACUUUCUUUUACUUCAUCACGUCUUCUCUGCAGGCAGAAAGAUGGCAUUUGUUCGGUCUGUGAUGUGUAAAUUGCUUUUGAAAGUCAGCUGGCAACGAACAAUGCAACUUUCACCCACUGAAAAAUAAUUAUGUCCACAGAUAUCUGUUGUACUAUGUUCCUCACAGUAACUGGGUUUUGUAUUACCUGAAUUGUCAGUAAAAAAAUUUUUUUUCCCUACCCACUUAGCUGCAGCUAAAACCCCACCUUCUUCAACAGUAAGUAGUCAGCCUCCAACUGAAACUCAGGUGCUUACUCGAUCCGCAUCCCAGACUCCUCCAGCUGGUGUCACAGCUACAACAAGCACUACUUCUGCUGCCAGCACUCCAGCUGCAGCCACCGGCAGCCCAGUGAAGAAGCAGAGGCCGCUUCUACCAAAGGAAACUGCCCCAGCUGUCCAACGGGUAGUAUGGAAUUCUUCAAACAAAUUUCAGACUUCUUCUCAGAAAUGGCAUAUGCAGAAGGUGCAAAGGCAACAGCAGCAGCAACAGAGUCAGCAGCAGCAACCUCAGUCCUCCCAAGGAACAAGAUAUCAGACAAGACAAGCCGUGAAAGGUAUUAUCACCUUUCCCAUUUUGUUCUCACUGCUGUAUUUUUGCUGUGGUCAUUGUGCUCAAGUACUUCAAACUAUUCUUCCAAAAAUACGGGUCCUGUAAAGAUAUGAAAAUGCAAAAUCGCUCCACCAGUGUGGUCCUUAAGUGUACAGUGGUACUUCAGAAGUCCAUUCGACUUCCAAAACGUUUGGAAACCAAGGCGCAGCUUCCGAUUGGCUGCAGGAAGCUCCUGCAGCCAAUCAGAAGCUAUGGAAGCUGCACCGGACUUUCGGGUUCCAAAGAACGUUUGCAAACCAGAACACUCACUUCCAGGUUUGUGGCGUUUGGGAGCCAAGGUACAACAGUACUUAGAAUAAUUUCUUUAUCUGCAGCAUUUUAGUUGGAAUGUGAACUGCAAUAUCUUUCCACUGUAGUUUUAAUUAUAUCGUAAGUAUUAUAAAAUGAAAUGUAUCUAUAACUGAAAAAUGAGCUGUCUUAAGUGGAAAUAACCAUAUGAAGGGAAAUGAUUGCAAUCACCAAUAUUUAUUAGUGGAAGAAAGUGAACUACUUCAGGGAUAAGGCAUAGCUUAUCUUGUAUCAAUAUGGAGAUGCACAAUAUAGGUUGUAUCUAAUGCUGUCUGUGCUUGAGUCCCUUUCUCUAUAACCCCCCACAGACUUAAAAUCUGCUAUGGAGAGUUAGAAAACCCUCCCGUGCAAAUUGUUUGUGUGACAGGGGACUAGGGCAUGGCUGCAGUGAAGAGGUGAGGAAAAUAACGUCCCAUUGUGCAAUGUUAGAUUCCACCAUAUAAUUUUAAUUGGUUAUAAAGCUGUCCUUAAAGAACAUGUUGAUCCCUUGUUAUGUGAUGACAGAAGGUUUUUUAUUUUCUGUGAAACAUGGUUAUGAAAAUAAAGAGUGCCAACCUUUUAAGAGGAUAGAUCCAAGUAACUUCUAGAUUUCUUAUUUUCCAAAAAUGGGGAAACAGCCAUCAUUAUUAUUGUCCAAGCAGUUCUUAAUCUAAUUAAUUAUGAAAUUUAAUUUGCACCUAAUUAAAUCUUCCUAAUAUCUUUAGACAGAUGCAAUCUGUAGAUUUUGGGGCGUCAACCUAAUUUGCAGCCCUCCUCCUUCCUCCCUGCCCCAUUUUGCUUAAUAUCAUACUGGAACAGUUCCUAAUAACUCAACAGCUUGUUCACUACUUUGUGACAUUUUACUUGGCCAUAAUCAAGGUAUUAUCCCACUAUGGUACAUUUUAAGGAGUAUUUUCCAGUGGCUGGUGAAACCAGCAUAGACACUCACUAAAAGUUGCCCUAAGAAUCCUUAACUGCCUUCUUUUUUGCACUGGUUUACACAGUUAUGCCAGCAUAAUGUCACAGAAUAAGGUAUGUCACCACUGCAAGAAGUAUUAUGGGAGCAUCACACACCAAUCCACCAACACAAAUGUUCAAGACUGAGCUGUGAAAGGCUAUUGAACAGCAUUUAUUUAGCAUUGGUUUGCCUGUUUUUUGACAUUUCAAACACGUUGAAAUCUGCAGUGAUUCACUUGUGGGUUUGUUUUGUGUCCUUAGCUGUACAGCAAAAAGAAAUUACUCAGAGUACUUCAACGUCAACCAUUACCUUGGUUACAAGCACUCAACCUGUUUCCAUAGUAACCAGUUCUGGAUCAGCAAGUACACUUUCAUCUUCAGUUAAUACAGACUUACCAAUAGCAACAGCUUCAGCAGAUGUGGCUGCAGAUAUUGCUAAGUAUACUAGUAAAGUAAGUUUUAUGUUUUCGUUUUUUAAAAGCAUUACAUUCUUACAAGUUUUACUUUGAAGUUAAUGCAGUUGCUGAUGUGCAACAAAGCAAAGCACUUGCCUGAACAUUUUUCCUCAUCCUGUGAUGUGGAUAAGUUUAACCUUUGAACACGUGGAAGAACCUUAACAGCAAUAUUUUAAACUGGCUGCUGGUGUGUAGCUAGAAGCACUGCAACUUUUCCUGCCGUAGUUCUCCAAAAACAGAAGCUUGGGUUUUGGGGUCAGGGAUGGAGGGAAGAGACAAAAACAGCCCGAAUGUAUGCAUGGUUAACAUACAUUUAUGGAUAAAUUUUAUUAACCCAACAUGUGUGGAUAUAUGUAUGCACAUCAUAAUUUUAUUAGUACUUAUCAGAUUUAUUUGUAAUGUUUGACAAAGCUUUUUUUUCUACUUCGUGCGUGUUUCUUUUAGCAUAGUCAACAAUCUGUAUGGUCUAUUAAAAUAGUAAGGGCAAAACAAAUGCAAGUGCUUGCCUCAAGGAGCCUAAAAUCUGUAUUUAAGCAGUAGGAGAAAAGUAGAGGAAAAUUAAUACAAGGAAAUAUAGUUUCAUGUCCUUAAACUUUGCUCCAGUUGGAGAUGAGGAUCUAAAGAUUAAGCCUGAGGCUUAAUAGAAAGGGGGGCCUUUGUGGAAUUUGAAGGAAGACUCUGAGAUGGCACCAUGUAGAUGUUCUAGCGUAAAGGCUGAUAUUCUGUUGGGAAAAAAAUGGUAUUCUGAGCUGAGUAUUUUCCACUUCAGUGUACAGAGGAAUGAUGUCACAGCAAUAGCCUUAAACCUUGCACUUCUUGGGACAGAGUAGUCUUACAGAUAUGUAAAGCUAUCUCUAUAGAAGCUAUUGGUACAGGAGCCCAUUGGAUACAGCUGUAUGGGAGUAGCUGAGCUAUAUGAGUUUCUGGCAGCCGAGGAAGCUGAUGCUUUUGCUUGGCCUAUCUGGGCAAGUGGUGUGCCACAGUGACCAAUUGGGUCUUGCUCGGGAAAGCCAGCAUCUUUAGACAAGCGCUUUCAGCUACAGUUGCCAAACAUGGCUGCCAAACAGAUAUGGGGGCUUUGGUGGUGGAGUGGGGAUAGAGGAUGAACUGUCCUGUAAUUAGUGUGUGCAAGGUGUGACACAACAGUUCCAAAGGCUUUAGGCUGGUACACAUGUGGUAGAUAAAGGACUGUAUAUGAAGGGUUGACAUUUUUAUUUUUAGGCAGGGCUGUAAAGCCUAGUCUUGCAUACCUACUCCCUGAAAAACUUGCUACACAUUCUGUGUAUGCAAGAGAGAAAUAGUAGAUUUCAAAUCACUUGUAAGUCAUAAAGUUCAUUGGUUGGGCUUGGGCAAGUCAGCAUCUUUCAGCCAUACUUUCUUGCCUGGGUAAACUAGCCUUGUGUACUACCUGAACUCCUUCAAGGAAGACAAAGGAGAAGUGGCCAGAAUGAGAACUGAGCAGGCAAGGCUGUAAACAGGUGCUUCAUUGAACAUCAAGCUUAAGUGCAUAGCUGGCCAGUUUAAAAUACUGCUGUGAAAGUUUCCCCGUGUGUUACAGCUGGCGUACCUUAACACCACUAGUGAGACUACACAGGGGCAGCACAACUGGAAGAACAAUUAAUGGCAAGUAAGUAAUUCCAUUUUUGUUCAGGUACCAAAAUCAUGAAGUAAAAACAACUCCUACUUCUUGUGUGAAGUGGUUCUUCUAAAAUGUGUUAAUUUAAACAUAAUGAGAGGUUUUAGAAUGAUGAAAAAUGAGCCACCCAAGGGUGGUGCUUUAAAUGCUUACAAAGUGUAUUUGCCCCCUCCAGGGUCUUUAUUUUAAGAAGCCAUUCCAAUUUCUAUUGAUGUAACUUUAUUUAAUUAAGAUAUUUAGGCAGAGAGCUAAAUUGAACCUUACUUUUUUAAAAAAAAGACAUGAAAAGCAAAAAUGAGGAAUUCCUCACAUCAUUUUCCAAAGUAGCCAUUUGCAUGAAGUGGAGAGAAACACAGGUAACUGGCCUGUUUAUCUAAACCGCUCAGUGAGUUGAAGCCAUUUAUAAGGUCACAAAUGAUGUUUAGAAAGUUCAUGCAGUUUCUUUCUCCCAUCUCAGUCCUGUAGGUAUCUUGAUCCAUUUUACUACCUCAUGAAUGCUGACAUCUGAUCCUGCGUCAGCAACUUGCAUGGUAGAUUGUGAACAGAUUCCCAGAGUACUCCAUUUCAGACUCUCAAUGCAUAAAUUAGGACUAAAAUUAAAAGUAAACGGCUCCAAAAUGCUUCGUUGGUGUCUGGUGUAUGCAAGCGAAUAGAGUUGGAUUCUGAUUGUCAUUUUGAGAUCUAACUGCUAAAAUAAUUCCAACAUGGAAUUCUGUGUUUCGACAUGGUGAUUGGUGAUUUGAAUCCUCUGAUGGCAUUACAGAUACAUGGCAAUAUUGUAAUUUAACACCAUCUAGAGAGAACCUAUGGCAUUCAGGUUGAACAAGUAAAUAGUGAACUAUGAACUCGCCACAUAUCUGAGAGUCCAGUUGUCUGGCUACCAAACUAAACAUACUGUAAAGUGAUUUAACCAUAGCACGUGGCACCCCACAUUGUUGUCUGAGGUACACACAGAUACACCCCCCCCGGCAGGUAUGCAAUCAUGUUGCAUGCAAUCAUUUAUAAUGGCUCUGUAUAAUCACUUUUAUUUGAUUCCUGAGAUUUUACUCAUAGUGAGAUUAGAAACUGAUACCAAAAGAACUAAAUGGAGAGGUGAUAUCGUUAUUCACACACAGAAUCCUACCCAAGUUCAUAGAAUCAUAGAAAUAUAGUGUGAAGCAACCCAAAGGGCCAUCUAGCCCAAUCACUUGCAAUGCAGAAAUCAUUGCUAAAGAAUCCCUGACAGAUGGCCAUCUAACUUCUGUGUAAAAACCUCCAGUCAGGGAGAGUCCGCAACCCUUCAAGGUAGUUCGUUCCACUACUGAGCAGCAUUUAUUGCAGAAAGUUCUUCCUAAAGCUCAGUUGUUCACUUCUAUUCAUUGUGUGUGGAGUGGAUGAAUCUCAGAGGUCAAGAGGUAUCAAUACGACCUAAGAUACAGUGGUUGCUGGAUUUCUUUUAUAUUAUUGAUAUGAUUUACAAAAUCCACUCAAAGAAAAAUGUGUCAGUAGUUUUUAUAAUAUCCUACAUAAGAAAUUAUGGAAUGUUCCCGGGAUAAAGAAAUUUAAAAAGCAAGAUCAUUUUUAAUACCUUAAUAAACUUUUUUUUUUAACAGAUGAUGGAAGCCAUAAAAGGAACAAUGACAGAAAUAUACAAUGACCUUUCAAAAAAUACCACUGGAAGCACAAUAGCUGAGGUCAGUGUCUUUUGCCAUCAGCAAGUCACAUUUUUUUCUUUAAAAAAUAAAAUGUGAAACACUUUUAAAAUAAGUAGAAAUCUGCCUUUUAAAUAUUCUGCAGAUAUGUAUUUGAGUUCUGGCCUCUUGUAUGAUCUAAUACCAACUAUUGUGAAAACUACUGGUUGCAUACUGUGAGAGAGAGGAGCUCAUUAAAGUUUAUAGCCUGAAAUUUUAACUAGGUUGCUCUUGCUAAAAGCUGCUACUACUGUGCCAGACGAUGACAAUAUAAUAGCUCUACAGUGGUACCUCGGGAUACAGACGCUCCAGGUUACAGAGUCCGCUAACCCAGAAAUAGUACCUCAGGUUAAGAACUUUGCUUCAGGAUGAAAGCAGAAAUCGCAUGACGGCGGCAGCGGGAGGCCCCAUUAGCUAAAGUGGUUCCUCAGGUUAAGAACAGUUUCAGGUUAAGAAUGGACCUCCAGAAUGAAUUAAGUUCUUAACCAGAGGUACCACUGUACUUCCUUAAAUGCACAGCAGGCAUUUCCAUCAGACCUUCUAAAUCUAACUUGUUUUACGCAAGCAAAAUAUUUUAGGUCCAGUUUACAAUUUGAAAUACUCAAUUGACAGGGAGCUUAUUCUGGCUUGCACACAUAGCGCUAAACCAUUGUUUAGCAUUACGUAAGAGUACAGCCAGUGUCACCACCUCAAUUUGUUUAGUGAAUAUAUUGUUUUCAUGGAGCAUGAAAAACAGGAAGGAAAGGAUGAGGGAAAAUGAGUUCCAAUAUCUUAUCUUUUUUCUUUCCUGUGAUUCAGGCACAUUAACUAACCCUUCUCUUUUUCAUGCCACAUAGCAAGGGAGGGGAGAGAGUGACUGUGCGAUGCCCAUGUUACUCAGAGUUCUGUAGGCAACUAAUGAUUUACAGAAGCAUGCUGAUCGUGACAUUGCAUUAAAAAACAGCCUUCUCUCUCUCUCUUUUUUUAAAAAAGGCAGUUAUUUUUCUUUAAAGUCAAUUUUUCUGAAUGCUUAUUUAUUUACUAACUACCUUUAUAGCCUGUGUUAUAACAAAACUUUUUCAGAGCAGCUUACAACAUAAAACAAGCAAAACUUUUAAUAUCAGUAAAAUGAAAAUUAAAUCAGUUGGGGCACUUUACUUUUGUCAUUCCCUGUGGUGCUAACAAUAUUAAUCCUGGUCCAUAUACUGUACGAAACAUUAAAAAAAAUGAGUUCUUCAUGUAGAACCUUUCUUUUAAAUUCUGCUGGAUACAUAUUUAAUAUAUGUAGGUUCCUCUUAAGGUCUCUCAUUUUUUUGUGUACAGAUUCCCUAUCAGUAUUAUUAGAGAAAAAUUGCUCCAUUUGCUAUCCAUUUUGCUGAUGAAUUUUGCUAAAAUCUCUUAUUAUGAGUUGUUAUUUUUUAUCAGUCUCCUAGUUUCCUCUCUGUUUACUGUUUGAAAUACCAGAAGGACAAAAUUUGCCAUGUUUUAAGCGCUUGUUUCUCAUCACUGUUGACAUAAUUCCUAGUGCUCUUUUUGAAUCAUGCACUAACUGGUUAAAACCAGCAAACUAAGCACUUCUAUUUAUUUAUGUAUUAUUGGUGUGUGUGUGUGUGUGUGUGUGUGUGUGUUUUACUUUAUUUUAUUUGAAAUUUUAUUUAGAAGAAGGGAAAUCUAAAGUAUGAAUCAUGGAACUCUAAAGUCCAUAUUUUUUUCUGGGGCUCAUUUAGUCAAUUUAAAUAUACCCUUCAUUAGUUGAGCCAUGGGUUAUAAAAAAUGUUAGUUAUUUUUAAUAGUAAAUAGAUACAAAUCCAUAGGAAUCAUUCCUCCCUUUUUACACACAGGUUUUGAUAUGGUGAUUAUUGGGAAACAGAAAUGUAUCAUCUAAAAACCAAGAGAGGGUGCUUUUUUCCCUUCAGAAUCAUUUUGUUCAUAUGCAAACUUAUGCAAAUUAAAUCCAAAACUCAUAGGGUUGAAAAGGCUUUUUUUUAAUCAAGUGACCUAAUUAUUUCUUUGAUAUUCCAGAUUCGUCGUUUGAGAAUUGAAAUAGAAAAGCUUCAGUGGUUACAUCAGCAGGAACUUUCAGAAAUGAAACACAAUCUGGGUAUAAAAAAUGCAGUUCAAAAUAAUGAUGUUGCCACUUAUUUUUUAAAAGGCCAUGGCAGUAUCUCAGCUGCAACUCUGUGAUAGUACAAAUUGUCCUCCCUGGAAAGAGUAGAAAAUGUGAUGGAACAUGCCAUCUUAGACUGUUCCUCACAUGUACGGUCAGUUAGGGUUUGGCCAGUUCAGACAUCUGAACCAGCUCAAUAUAGUAUUUCCUGAACCACAAUUUAAAUAUGUACUGUUUUGAGAAUGGAAAUAUGCUUACUCUUUUUGAAAUCCAGAAAGCAAGUUAAACUGCAAAUUGGAUAGUAAUUGUUCAUUUAUAGUUCAUUCGUGAGAACCAAUAAUCACUAGUGUGGUAGAUAUGUUGCCUAAUGCUGCACUUGCAGUUACAGAAUGAAGCUGUUGUUUUUCAUCUAAAAGUCACUAAUGCAUCUAGAGCUAAAACUUAAAUUUCUAAAUUACCAUUUGGACCCACUGUUGACUAUAUGCUGUCUGUCUGUUGACUAGAACUCACAAUGGCUGAAAUGCGUCAGAGUUUGGAACAGGAAAGAGAUCGUUUGAUUGCCGAAGUGAAGAAGCAGCUGGAACUGGAAAAGCAGCAAGCUGUGGAUGAAACCAAAAAGAAGCAGUGGUGUGCCAACUGCAAAAAAGAAGCAAUUUUCUACUGUUGUUGGAAUACCAGUUACUGUGACUACCCUUGCCAGCAAGCCCAUUGGCCGGAACACAUGAAGUCCUGCACACAGUCAGGUAAACAAUGUGGGAAACCUUUGACCUUCUAGAUGUUACCACGCUACAAUUCCCAUGAGUUCCAUGAAGCCUGGCCAAUACCCAGGGAUGGUGAGAGUUGUAGUUUAGUAACAUCUGGAGGGCCAAAGGUUCCUCACAACUGUUUUAACUUAUUUGUGAGUGAACAUCAUCCAGUUACAUAAUUUAGAAAUCCUUUUGUUUUCAUUUUAGCAACUGCAACACAGCAAGAAACGGAUCCUGAAAUUAGCACAGAAACAUUAAAUAAAUCAUCCCAGCCUACCUCCAGUGCACAACCGGCACCUACAGAAACUGCCAGUACUCCAAAAGAAAAAGAGGCAGCUGUUGAAAAGAGCAAGGAGAGUGUUACAGUAAGUAUUUCAGUCAGUCAUUUUACUUGUAUGCCGCCUUUCCAAAGUUAAAACAAUGCUUGAGGUGGCUUACGACAUACUUCUUUACUUAACCACAACCCCCUUCAUGUAAAAUUUGUGAGAAUGUAUAAACACUGAAUUCUGGUUUCCUGUUAACAUUCUUGAGGGUUCAUAAGAAUUAAAACACAUUUUGGAGAUUUGUCUUUAAUCUUACAAAGUUGUUUCUUAAGGGAAGGGACCAAAAUGUAUCUAGGCUCUCUCAUAUUUCAUUUCAUUUAUUUGUGUCCAGUCUUCCUUCCUUUAAGAGGGCCCAGGGCAGCUGACAACAUGAAAUUUUAUAAGACCAAUUCCAAAAUCAGUAAUUAAAAUGACAGUGCCCAAAUAAUCCUAUCUCCUUCCAAAGGCCUGGGCAAAUAAAAAUGUGUUUUACAUUCUAGCUGUACUACCACAGAGGAAACCCCUCUCAUACUUUUUCACCCUCCUUGGUAUCCACAGUGUUGGUACUGCAAGAAGGCCCCCUCCCAUUGUAAACUGUGUGCUUAGACAUAUGGCAGAAGACACUCCUUCAGGAACUUUAGGGCUUUGUAUACUAGUACCAACACUUUGAAUUGGACCCUGAAGCUCACUGGCAACCCGUGUAGUGCUCUCAGAACCUGGAGUGAUACGCACUCUUCUGGCUACUCUCAAUACUAGUUGCAGCCUCCAGACUGUUAUUAAGGACUCAUGUAAAGCACAUUGCAUUAAUGUGUGUGCUUAUCAGAGCAUGGAUUACUGAUGCCAAACUAUCUCAGUCCUGGAACAGCCACAGCUGAUGAACCAGCCAGAGCUGGGUAUAGGCCCCACCAAAGCCACCUGUAUAUUCAGUGACACUUUGGCCUGUAGGAGUACCCCAGACUUCGAAGCUGCUCCAUCAAGGGUGGGGGGAUGCCACCCCAUCCAGAACAAGCCAACCCCUUAAUUCCUGGACCAGAGACCACCCACACACAGGACCUCCAUCUUAACUAGAUUCAAUUUCCAUUUAUCAGCCCUAGUCCAACCCAUCACUGUAUCCAAACACUGACUCAGUGCCUGCACAGCCUCUCCAGGUGGUACUGUAGAUAUUGAACAGCAUGAGGGAUAAGAUGGAGCCCUGUGGGACUCCAUAAGAUAAAUCCAUGGGUCCAGCCAGUGCUGCUCUCUGGAAGUGACUCUGCAGGUAGGAGUAGUUCAUGGUACCCAUCUCUCAGUGAAAUUCUAGGAGAAACAACAGCACUUUGCUAUAUAGCUUUGUCCUUCACCAUGCCAUGCCCUAAUGAAAUUUCAUGCAAUAUUCUGCCACUCUCAUUGAAUCUUAUUGAGUCAAAGCUAUUGCUCUGGGUGCAUGAGUUUCCAUCAACCUUUCUCUAUUCUAGCCCCUUUGAAUCGCAGAUUGUAUAUGCCCUGUAGAUACACUCAUACAGCAUGCACCGACACUUCUACCAUGCACCUAAAACUCAGCUUUGAAACUGUUGCUCAAAUUACCAUAUCCUCAAAUAAUUCUGUACCCUAACUUCUCCACAGAAAUGGUAGGCAUUGGAAUACAUAAGAUGUCAUUGGCUACAUAAGCCUUGUAUUUAUCAAUUAACAUUCUUCAGAUGGUGUGGAUUAGGAUAUGAUUUCUAAUCAGAGAUGUAAAUAACCAUUGUCGCACUGAUAAUUAAUUAAACCAGUAUCUUUAUGAAGAGCUGGAAUUGCAUAUUUAUUCCUUCGCUCCCAAACCCUGUGUGUUUAGUAAAAUAACAAUAUAUUAUUUACUUCACCAAUGCUUUAAUUGUAUCAUGUUUCAUUUGAACUAUUAUUGGAGAACAGGACUCAAGGUAUACUCAUGAGCUCACACUUUCUGUGAACCUAGCUCAUAAAACUUUAUAAGUUUUUCUCUAGAUUUUAUGUUUUUUCAUUGAGGGGGAUGCUUGAAAUGCAUUGGAAAUUGGUGAUGAGCCUUACAAAAAACCUUGACUGAUUAAUUAGGUACACACAUGUUUAGGGUAUUUUUAAAAGAGCAGUCUCUUGUGCUUGUAGCAGUGCUGUGUUUUGCUAUGAUCUGGCAUUAUUUGCAAAGAAAAUGUUGGGUGCCUACAAUUUCUACCAUGGAACAUUUUGCUUGAAAAUCUCAAAUUGCUUUCACAUAAUUGUUACACCUUUUUGAAACAUCAAGCUGUAUACAUUGCUCACAUUCAUAUUUUGAAUUUUGGUUUCAUUAACAAAAAAAGUAACCUGUGAAUUCAUUGAGAUGCAAAUUUUAACGCAAGCCAAACAUCUGACAAAUUUCUAUGAUAAUAAUAAAUAGGUGGCAUUUAUGUAAAAGCUGAACCUUUUGCUGAGGUUGCCUGUGCUGUCUCUGCAGAUAGCAACAGGUGUGACAAGCAGCCAGCCUAUAAAACUGGUCCAGGUCCCGCAGACCACCACCUAUAUACCAACUACUCAACCCACAAUUGUAAGUACUGCUUUUGGCAUUGAAACCGCUCAUUAUCUAUUGUGGGGGGCGGGGUUUUCUCCUGUGUUAUCAGGACAUGAAUUCACCGGUCCCAAGUCUAUAUUUGCAGUGUAAAACGCCUUAUUUUGCCGUACAACAUCUCCAUUUCCCUCAUGCCAUAUAAUUUCAUCAUAGAGCCAACCAAGGAUUCAAAGACUAGCCAACAUUCACACAUAGUUACAGCUGCAUUUUUGGGGGGUGGGGGGGGGAACAUUACUUCAGAUAUGGCGAGCUCUUCCUUUGUGCAAUGCGAACAAGUUUUAUUUUAGCACUAUCCAGGUUAUGCCAAACAAACCGAGCCCUAACAAAAUUGCAUAUAUGUUCCGUGUUUCUGGAAUUGCCGCAUUGCCAUUGUACGUCACGAUCUUUUGAUGCUGAGAUAGGAAAUGUUGGCUGUGAUGUAGGAAUUAGGCCACUGUUCCACAUCCAUUUAAUCCCUCAGGCUUCUUAAUUUCAUUUGUGCAAUCACCAUGUGGUAAGCAAAAGUUUACCUAUUCAUCCCGUGCUCUUCAGGCCCAAAAAUGCUCAACAGAGAGACUGAGCUAGAGUUCUUCAUAACAAAGUGAACUUGGAGCUUCUUGUUUCAAAAAAGCUUUCCGCCACAAUUAGAAGAUGGAGGGUGGUGUUGGGAUUUACCUCUGCCUAAAAUGAUUUUACCUUAGAAAGUUCUGUUGGUUGAGUUUUACCUUGCUUUGCUGAUCAUGUUUGAUCCCUCCGGGAUCAUGUUUUCCUCAAAAUUAGAUGUCGUGGUGAUCCUGUUUUAAUUUUUAACAAUACUGCCUUAAAGCAGAAGGGAGAGCCUUGGUGAUUUUUCACCCUACUUGACAUUUAAUUCUAUAAUUUACAAUGGUCAGUACCAAAUGUUCCAUGUACAUUUACUGACCUACUGUGGUCAUAAUGCUAACGAUCGUACUGUUCCAAGGCACAGUGCCCAAAUCCACUAAUUCUCUUACUAUGUGAGUAUUAGACAUGUUUUAUUAGCAACAUCUGACCUAAUGCUAUUGUGGAAUGCAUAUAUGAGUUUAGUAAUAAAUCCUAAUGCCUUAAAGGGGCUCAACACAUCAGCAUGGUUCAAUAUUCAUCCUACAGUUUGUGUGAAGAAAGCACUGGAUCAGUUCCUGGUACAUGUGAUGGAAGUCUCCAGGUUACUACAUUUUGAAAACAACACAAUCAUGGUUUCUUUUUUUAGCUGUUGUGCCCAUUGUCUCCUGUAAAUUGUUGGUUUGUGAGCACUUUGAAGACCAGGAUUUACCAUCUGAUUUGAGUGAACACACAUUGUUUAAACAAUGCAUAGAGUUUGUUUUCUAGUGACUAGACAGAAUAUUUGUGUAAUACAGAAACUGUAAACACUUUUAAUCAGAUUUCUACUGUUUAAGGGAAUGCUUGCAAUUAUAUUGAGAGGAAAGUUACACACAGGUCUGAGGCUAUAUAGCAAGGAAUAGGAAAACUCAUUUUUUUGACUCGGUACUGAAUAUCUUGCACCCGGCUCAGAGUGCUUAUUAUGUACAGUAGUGUAUUAUUAUGUAUUAUGCCCUUUAUUUCCCUGGUAGUAUCAUGCUGAGGGUUUCUCAUGACAGGCAAUCCUACGUUUCUGUGCUUGUGGUUGCUGACAUGUGUGUUUUGGUUUUAAUCCACAGACCAUUCCUGUAGUAGUAAGCCCUACAGCUGGGACCGUGGCAAUGAGAACAGGAGUUCAGUAUGUUCAGACCACAAUGCCUGUCCAAGUACGGAGAGUCUAACUGCUAACAAAGGAAUCCAGGCAGCUGUUGGAGUAUAUAAUCGUCUCUGUAAUAGAAAUGUUUUUUUAAAAAUCCCCGCAGUUCAUUGGAUUAACCUCAAAGGUUCAGACUUUUAGCUUUGUACAGGUGUACAAAGCAUUUAUUACACUACAUUAAUGUAAAGCAUUAGCGCUGGCUUUAAAAAGCUUGAGGACUGGUAAAAUUCAUGGUAAAUCUAUGCUUCUGUUGUAAAUUAUGUACAUUUUGUGGAUGAUGUUAGAGUACCAUCUCCUUUUUAUAUUUGUAUUGACUUCGACGUAUAAGGAGUGUUGGAAGCUGGUGAAGGAAAGGUUAAAUCAGACUUGCCACAAACACCACCAAGAGAAAUGGUUUUCUGGGAACUGCAGUUGCACACAUAAAUCAAGAAUGAGAAGACUGAACCACUUGCCUUGCCUUUGGAGACGGAAAAAAACACACGCCUGCACAUUGGUUUGUGCAACUGAAGCUGGAACUUGCCGUUUUAAAUUUGUUAAAUCAAGCAUUUCCAAUCUUAAGGCUCCUCGUACAUUAAAGGACAUAUUUUGUGUUUCAUAUUUAAAAUGAGAGAGAUUGUUUACAAAAAGGGGGGGUUAAAUUUCAUUCAUGCUAAGAGAAAAGGAAAGUCGGAAGCUAAAUAUCAGAUCAAUAUUUCCAGAGAUAAUGAAAAUGGAUUUUGGGGCGUAUGCUUCCUACUAGGUUAUGUUUCAGUUGUAUUGCUGCUGCUUCUUUUUUUAAGUGUCCAAAGGACUUUGAAAUUGUUUUCAAAGGGAACAAGAGCUAUAGAUGGAGAAGACUCUUUACCAGGAAACGAGGGCAAAGGACAUUGAUGCUGGAAUAGAGCAUGUAUUAUGGGAUUUUUAUGUUUUUAUGUAAGCAUGAAACAGUACAGUAUGAGAGAGAAAGUAACCCAUGAAAACACUGUCUGUUACACUUAAACUGUAGUACCAUUUUGUAUGUUGUGUAAACAAAGCAUUGAACAAACCAAGGUGAUGUAUGUAUAUGAGCAAAUUAAUUGUAUUAUAUCAUUCCAGUACAUUUUGUUGUACAUUUUAGUCAUAUUGAUUUCUCCCAUUGUUUAUAAAGGAUGCAGUUUGUACAGUCUCCAGCUAGUACACACAUUAGAAGAAAGAAGAAGAAAAAAGCUAGAAGGAAAAAAAAAUCAGGAGCAGAAUAUUUGUGAAUUGCAUUGUGUCAAAGAUAGCCUAGCUGGCCUUAUUUGUGAAGCAUAAUUGCUUUUAGCAUAUGGAAGUAUUUUUUCACAUUUUCUUUGUAUAAAAUUUGUAUUAAACUAAAUAUCUUUUUUGAUUAUUGUGUUUCUUUUACUAAAGCAGGUGACGCACAAUAUGCUUUGGGAUUUCCCAAUUUUUUCAGGGCUCUUUUAAGUUUCUUUAAUUCUUUUUUUAAUUAAACUGUUU